AUGUCAACACAGGCGCCGACGUUCACACAGCCGCUGCAGAGCGUCGUGGCACUAGAGGGUAGUGCCGCGACGUUCGAGGCUCAAGUUAGUGGUUCUCCAGUUCCUGAGGUGAGCUGGUUCCGUGAUGGCCAGGUUCUUUCCGCCGCCGCUUUGCCCGGCAUUCAGAUCUCGUUCAGCGACGGCCGCGCUGUUCUGAGGAUCCCCGCUGUGACCGCCGCACACAGCGGGAGAUUUUCUAUCAGAGCCACCAACGGCGCUGGACAAGCCACGAGCACCGCCGAACUCCUGGUUACAGCCGAGACGGCGCCUCCAAACUUCCUUCAGAGACUGCAGAGCUCCACGGUGAGACAGGGCAGCCAGGUGAGGCUGGACGUCCGAGUCACAGGAAUCCCAACACCUGUGGUGAAGUUCUACAGAGAGGGAGCCGAGAUCCAGAGCUCGGCGGACUUCAGGAUCCUCCAGGAGGGAGACCUGUACAGUCUGCUGAUCGCUGAGGCCUUCCCAGAGGAUUCUGGGACGUAUUCUGUGACCGCCACCAACAGCAGCGGACGGGCCACGUCCACCGCCGAGCUGCUGGUUCAGGGUGAAGAAGCUGUACCUGCUAAGAAAACCAAGACUAUUGUGUCCACAUCCCAGAUGACGACUUCCCAGACCCGAGCACAGAGGAAGGUGGAGGCGAGUUUCCAAGCCACCACCAUGAUGGAGAUGCACGUGGAAGGAGGAAUGAUGACUCAGCAUUUGGCUCACAAGACUCCCCCGCGGGUUCCCCCGAAGCCGACCUCCAGGUCCCCGCCGUCCUUCGUUUCCAAGGUGGCGGGAGGACGCCAGCAGUCGCCUUCACCUGUCAGACACGUGAAAGGGCCGACGCCCGCAGCCGUCAGACCCGUCUCUCCUUCCGCCAGACUGUCCGUCUCUCCCAUCAGACCGGUCAAGUCCCCCAUCAUGACCCGCAAACAGAUUUCUGCCUCUGCGGAGGUCCUGCCUCCCUGGAAGCAGGGCGACUACGUGGCUGAAGCCAGCUACACCAGCAUGUCCAGCAUGUCCAGCAUGACCAGCGUGAGCAGCGCCGCCCAGCUUCACAUGGAGAAGCACUGGGAGCAGCAGGUCACCGCCACCAGAGAGGACCAUAAGACCGUGGCGGUGGCUACCGUGGUGGCGGCCGUGGAUCAGGCUCGCAGCCGGGGCCCGCAUGAGGCCGGCGUGUCCGGAGAGCAGGCUGAGGGAGGGGUGAAAGCCGGGGCGGUGGCCACGGUGGUGGCGGCCGUUGACCUCGCUCGGGUCCGCCUGCCCGUGCGUGUGGAGGGCGGGCGAGCUGAGGAGGAGGAGGCCGUAGAGGCGGAGCUGAAGCAGCAGGCGGCGGCGACUGCAGUGAAACAUGUCGUCGUAGCUAAAACGCUGCCUGCUGAACCGCCGGCUGCCGUCGCUGCCGCCUCAGAGCAGCGCCGGGUCCAGGUCUCCCAGAUUCAGACAACAACAGAGAUCUCCACCCACGUGGACUCCGGCGUCGCCCCGUCUCCAGUCCCACAUUUCACAGUUUCUAAAGUUUCUGUUCCUAAACAUGAACCGAGCCACGAGGUGUCCAUCGCUGGCUCUGCUAUCGCCACUCUGCAGAAAGAGCUAAGAUCCUCCUCUCCCAGGAAGAUCAUCAAGCCCGUCAAGUCUCCCAGUCCGUCACGCAGAGCGGUGGAGGUGCGGGCGACGCCGGAGCCCCUCCCACCGCCGUUUAAAGACGUCCGAUACCAGAGUCAGUUUGAGUUACAGCCGGGCGGAGCUUAUGCAGUGAGUGAGGAGGAGUUUGAGGACUGGGAGCCACAGGAGGCGGCUGCAGUUCCCACCAGAGCUCAGGAGCCCGUCGUUCCUCCCACUCUGAUCGCUAGCCUGAAGAAUGUGACGGUGACAGAGGGCGAGUCGGUGACUCUGGAGUGCCAGAUCAGCGGCCACCCCGCUCCCGUUAUCAUGUGGUUCAGGGAGGACUACAAGAUCGAGAGCUCUAUCGACUUCCAGAUCAGCUACACGAACGGAUACGCCCGGAUGGUGAUCCGCGAGGCGUUCGCCGAAGACAGCGGGCGCUUCACCUGCACCGCCACCAGCGAGGCGGGCACCGUCAGCACCUCCUGCUACCUGCUCGUCAAAGUUUCAGAAGAAAUCGAGAGCAGAGAGGAAACGACCGUCACUGAGAUUGGAAUCACUCAGGAGAAAACUGUUGCCGUGGAGACAAAGGAACAGGUGGUGGCGGAGGUGAGUGCCGGAGAGGCCGCCGCUCCCUUCUUCAUCAAGAAGCCGAGCGCUCAGAAGCUGGUGGAGGGGGGAAGCGUCGUCUUCGAAUGCCAGAUCGGAGGAGUCCCCAAACCUCACAUCAUCUGGAAGAAGAGCGGAGUGCCGCUCACCACUGGAUACAGAUACAAAGUCGCCUACAAGAAGGAGACCGGAGAAUGCAAACUGGAGAUCUCCAUGACCUUCGCUGAUGAUGCUGGCGAAUACUCCGUCUUUGCCAAGAAUCAACAUGGAGAAGCCUCAGCCUCCGCCAGCCUGCUGGAGGAAGGGGAAUAUGAAGCCUACAUGAAGCAGCAUGACGUGACCUAUAAAACUGAAGUGACGACGACGGUGGUUCAGGAGCCCUCUGUGGUCGUGAGUCAAUAUGAGCUGGAACAGAGGAGAGUGACCACCCCCAUGAGCUUUGUCUCAGAAACGGAAUUUCUUAUUUCUGCCUUUGAAGAGAGGAUCAUCCAGGAGAUUGAGCUCCGUAUCAUGAGGAUCACCUACAGAGAGCUGGUGAUUGAGGACGGAGAGCUGAUUGUGACUGCAGCAGAGGAGGAGGCGGUGCAGCCGGCCUUCGACACGCCGGUCAAAAACUACAGGAUCAUGGAGGGAAUGGGUGUCAUUUUCCACUGCAAGACAGGUGGAAACCCACUGCCAAAGAUUGCUUGGUACAAAGACGGCCAGCGCAUCAGGCCUGGUGGCCGUUACCAGAUGGAGGUUCUUCAGGAUGGACGAGCCAGCCUUCGUCUGCCCGUGGUCCUGCCGGAGGACGAGGGCGUGUACACCGCCUUCGCCACCAACAUGAAGGGAAAUGCCGUCAGCUCUGGGAAGCUCUACGUGGAGCCGUCCGGAGCUGUAACCCCUCAAAGAUACACACCACAGCCAGCUAUGCAGAGGAUCAGAUCCACAUCUCCUCGUUCUAUGAGCCGCUCCCCCGGCCGUUCUCCCAGCCGUUCUCCCAGCCGUUCUCCCGCCCGCAGGCUUGACGAGACAGAUGAGGCUCAGCUGGAAAGACUCUACAAGCCUGUGUUUGUCCUGAAACCUUCCUCAAUAAAAUGCUCUGAGGGGCAAACUGCCAGAUUCGACUUAAAGGUUGUUGGCAGACCCAUGCCCGACACAUACUGGUUCCACAACGGACAACAAGCGGUCAACGACUACACCCACAAGAUAGUGAUUAAAGAGGACGGUACCCAGUCCCUGAUCAUCGUCCCAGCCUUGCCACAAGACUCUGGAGAGUGGACAGUUGUCGCUCAGAACAGAGCUGGACGGACUUCUGUCUCUGUAACUCUUACUGUUGAUGCUCGAGAAAGCCUGGCACGCCCUCAGUUUGUUGAGAAGCUGAAGAACAUCAGUGUAAAGCAGGGCACUCUGGUUGAGUUGGCCGUCAAAGCCAUUGGAAACCCCCUGCCUGACAUUGUCUGGCUGAAAAACAGUGACAUUAUCAGCCCACACAAACACCCACACAUCAAGAUUGAUGGAACUAAAGGAGAGGCCAAAUUCCAGAUUCCCUCAGCUGCAGGCACAGACAGCGCCUGGUACACUGCUACAGCCAUCAACAGGGCUGGCAGAGACACCACCCGCUGCAGAGUCAAUGUAGAGGUGGACUUUGCUGCUCCUCAAGCUGAGAGAAGGCUCAUUAUCACCAAAGGAACCUACAAGGCCAAGGAGAUCGCUGCUCCAGAGUUGGAGCCCCUUCAUAUGCGAUAUGGUCAAGAGCAGUGGGAGGAGGGCGACCUUUACGACAAAGAGAAGCAGCAGAAACCACAGUUCAAGAAGAAGUUGACCUCUGUCCGCAUGAAGCGCUUUGGUCCGGCUCAUUUCGAGUGCAGACUGACCCCCAUCGGUGACCCCACGAUGGUAGUGGAGUGGCUGCAUGACGGCAAACCCCUGGAAGCUGCAAACAGGUUGCGCAUGGUCAAUGAAUUUGGCUACUGCAGUCUUGACUAUGAAGUUGCUUACGCUAGAGACAGCGGCGUCAUCACCUGCAGAGCUACUAACAAGUUUGGAGUCGACCAGACCUCGGCCACCCUGAUUGUGAAAGAUGAGAAGGGCCUUGUUGAGGAAACACAGCUUCCUGAAGGCAGGAAGGGAGCGCACCGGAUGGACGAGAUGGAGCGCCUGGCUCACGAGGGAGGACCUGCAGGAGUCAGCACUGAUGAUGAAUUUGAAAAGACCAAACCUGAAAUUGUUCUGCUUCCUGAACCAGCCAGAGUGCUGGAAGGCGACAUUGCCCGAUUCCGCUGUAGAGUGACUGGUUAUCCAGCACCCAAGGUUAACUGGUACCUCAACGGACAACUUAUCCGCAAAAGCAAGAGAUACAGACUUCGUUAUGAUGGUAUUUACUACUUGGAGAUUGUCGACAUCAAGUCCUAUGAUGCAGGAGAGGUCAGGUUGGUUGCAGACAAUCCUCUAGGCACAACUGAGCACACUGUGAAGCUCGAGAUCCAACAGAAAGAGGACUUUAGAUCCGUGCUGCGUCGUGCUCCAGAACAGAAGGCAGAGGCUUCGCAUGAGCCCAGCAGAAUUGGAUUCGAUGUUGUGAAGGUUGACCGACCUGGCGAGUCCGCACAGGACAGGGAAGUUGUUAAGCUGCGUAAGACGCAGAGAAUUGUUCACGAGAAAACGUCAGAGGAGUCAGACGAACUGAAGAGCAAGUUCAAGCGCAGGACCGAGGAAGGGUUUUAUGAGUCCAUCUCUGCUGUGGAGUUCAAGUCUCGCAAGAAGGACGACUCCUAUGAGGAUCUACUGAAGAAGACCAAGGAGGAGCUGCUUCAUCACUUGAAGGAGAAAGAAGAAGCUGAGAGGAAGAGGUUGGAGGAACAAGGAAAAGUUACCAUCCCCACAAUCAAACCGGAGAGGGUCCAGCUGUCCCCAAGCAUGGAAGCACCCAAGAUCCUGGAACGCAUUGCAAGCAAGACAGUUGCUCCAAUGGAUGAGGUUCGCUUCCGAGUCAGAGUCGUUGGCAGACCAGAACCUGAGUGCCAGUGGUUUAAGAAUGGCAUUCAGGUGGAGAAGUCUGACCGGAUUUACUGGUACUGGCCUGAAGAUCAUCUGUGCGAGCUGGUGAUCAGAGAUGUCACGGUGGCGGAUUCUGCUAGCAUCAUGGUGAAAGCCAUGAAUGUUGCUGGCGAGGCCUCAAGCCAUGCCUUCCUGCUUGUGCAAGCCCAGGCAGCAGUCAGCUUUACACAAAACCUUGAGGACGCUAGAGCAAAUGAGAAGGACACCAUGGUGACUUUUGAGUGUGAAACCAAUGAACCUUUCGUCAAAGUCAAAUGGCUUAAGAACAACAUGGAGAUCUUCUCCGGAGACAAAUACAGAAUGCACUCAGACAGAAAGGUUCACUUCCUGUCUGUGCUGACAAUUGAGAUGAGGGAUGACGCCGAAUACAGUUGUGUGAUUGUAGACGAUGAGAGCGUCAGGACGAGCGCAAGGCUCCAUGUAGAAGGCGCUACCCUGGAGCUCAUCAAACACAUGGAGAACAUUGAGGUGCCAGAGACCUACACUGGAGAGUUUGAGGUUGAGCUGUCUCGUGAGGACGCUGAGGGCAGCUGGUUCUUCGGAGACAAGGAGCUCUCUCCCAGCAGUAAAUACAUCAUGUCCUCCCGCCGAGGAAGACACACCCUGUCCGUCAAGGAUGUCAAGAAAGUGGACCAGGGAAAAUAUACCUUCGUAUGUGGAGAUCUGACAACCAGCGCCUCACUGAAGAUGAAAUUGCGCCCGGUGACCCUGAUGCAGCCCUUGACCGACCUCACAGUGUGCGAGGGUGACAUCGCUCAGUUGGAGGUCAGGUUCUCCCAGGAGAACGUUGAAGGAACCUGGAUGAAGAACGGCCAGGCCAUCACCGCCUCGGACCGCGUCCACAUCGUAAUCGACAAACUGGUCCACAAGCUGCUGGUGGAGAAUGUCACCAGAGAUGACGCUGCUUCCUACUCUUUCGUGGUUCCCGCCCAAGACAUCUCCACCUCGGGAAAACUCAAUGUUCAAACGAUUGACAUUGUGGUGCCACUGAAGGACGUGUCCUCCAUCGAAGGCACCAAGGCUGUUCUGGAGGCCAAGAUCUCCGCUCAGGACAUCACCUCGGUCAAAUGGUACCAUAACGACAAACUGCUGAUGCCCAGUGAACGAUUCCAGAUGGUGGCAAAGGGAUCCAAGCAGCGUCUGGUCUUCAGUAGGACCUACGCCUCCGACGAGGGACAGUACAAACUGGUGGUCGGCAAGGUCGACACCAGCUGCAGCCUCACUGUGGAAAAGGUACACAUUGUGAAGCACAUGGAGGACAAAGUGUGCUCCGAGUCCCAGAACGUGACCUUUAACGUCGAAGUUUCUCACCCCGGAAUCGACCCAGUCUGGACAUUCAGGAACCAGCAGCUCAAACCUGGACCCAAAUACAAGAUGGAGUCCAAGGGCAAGGCUCACUCUAUGACGGUCAUUGACGCCAUGAAGGACGAGGAGGGCCAGUACAUGUUCCACGCUGGUGAAAAGACAUCCAGCGCCAAGCUCUCUGUCUCCGGUGGAGCCAUCACACGGCCCCUGCAGGACGUGACGGUGGCGGAGUCUCAGAUUGCUGAGCUGGAGUGUGAAGUCGCCAACGCCAACGCUGAGGGCAAGUGGCUGAAGGAGGGUCACCCCGUGGACUUCAACGAGAACGUGGUGAGCGAGGUGAAGGGCGCCGUCAGACGCCUCGUCUUCGUCAUCACAAGACCGCAGGACGUCGGCGAGUACACCUACCAGGUGGCCAACUCCAAAACCACCGCUAACCUCAGGGUGGAGGCGGUGAAGAUCAAGAAAACUCUGAGGAACCAGACUGUGACAGAGACCCAGGAGGCGGUGUUCACGCUGGAGCUCACUCACACCGACGUGAAAGGAUCCCAGUGGAUCAAGAACGGCGUGGAGCUUCAGAACAGCGACAAGUACGAGAUCUCCUCCGACGGCGUGGUCCACACGCUGAAGGUCAAGAACUGCAACACGCAGGACGAGUCGGUUUAUUCCUUCAAACUGGGAAAACUGUCCGCCAACGCUCGGCUCAACGUGGAGACGAUCAAAAUUAUAAAGAAGAUUAAGGACGUGACGUCGCUGCUGAAUGGCACCGCCUCCUUCGAGAUGAGCCUGUCACAUGACGACAUCCCCGUCAGGUGGAUGUUUAAAGGCGCGGAGCUGAAGUCGAGCGACAAGUGCAAGAUACUGUCGGAGCGGAAAGCUCACAAACUGAUCCUGCAGAAUGUCGACAGUGGCGACGCAGGAGAGUACACCGCCGUGGUGGGACACCUGCAGAGCAGCGCCACGCUCACUGUGGAGGCCCUGCGAGUCACCAAACCCUUAAAGAGCGUGAAGGUCCCAGAGACCCAGGUGGCCACGUUCGAGUGUGAAGUUUCUCACUUCAACGUGCCGUCCACCUGGCUGAAGGACGGCGUGGAGAUCGAGAUGAGCGAGAAGUUCAGGAUCGUGGUUCAGGGGAAACUCCACCAGCUGAAGAUCAUGAACACCAGCACGGACGACUCUGCAGAGUACACCUUCAUCUGCGGGAACGACAGAGUCUCUGCGACGCUCACCGUCAGCCCCAUCCUGAUCACCUCCAUGCUGAAGGACCUGAACGCUCAGGAGAGGGACACCAUCACCUUCGAGGUCACGGUCAACUACGAGGGCAUCACCUACAAGUGGCUGAAGAACGGCGUGGAGGUCAAGUCGUCGGACAGAUGUCAGGUCCGCAGCCGGCAGCUCACGCACUCGCUCACCAUCCGAAACGUUCACUUCGGAGACGGAGGAGAGUACCAGUUUGUGGCCGGCUCCGCCGCCACCGCCGCUAACCUGUUCGUCGAAGCUCGUGUGAUUGAGUUCACCAAGAAAAUCAAGGACAUAAAGAUCACAGAGAAGAAGAAGGCCAUUUUUGAGUGUGAGGUUUCUGAGCCGAACAUCCAGGUGAUCUGGAUGAAGGACGGUCAGGAGCUGGACACCACCGAGGACAGGUACAUUGUGACGGCAGAGAAGUACGUUCACCGCCUGAUGGUGCAGACGGUUCGCAUGUCCGACGCCGGAGAGUAUUCGGUGGUGGCCGGAUCCAGCGUCUCCAAGGCCCAGCUGAUCGUGGAAGGUCGCGACAUCCGGAUCUCCGAACCUGCCGAGCGGGAAAUCACGGUUCUGGAGAAACACAGAGCGACCUUCGAGUUCGAGGUGAACGAGGACGACGUGGAGGGUCGCUGGCUGCGGAACGGGGUGGAGAUCCAGUUCUCGGUGGAGGAGAGGUUCAGCUACGUCGCCAUCAGGAAGCUGCACCGCCUCACCAUCUCCGAGACCUACAGGAGCGACGCCGGGGAGUACACCUUCAUCGCCGGCAAGAACAGGAGCACCAUGCACCUCCGAGUCAACAUCCCGGAGCCUCCUCAGAUCCUCCGACACAUGGAGCCCCAGUCGGUGGAGGCGGGUAAACCGGCUCGCUUCUCGGUGCAGGUGAGCGGCAUCCCUCAGCCUCAGGUCUUCUGGUACAAGAACUCCCAGGCCCUGUCCCCGGGCUUCAAGUGCAAGUUCCUACACGACGGCAACGAGCACUCGCUGCUGCUGAUCGAAGUGUUCCCCGAGGACGCCGCCGUCUACAACUGCGAGGCCAAGAACGACUACGGCACCGCCACGAGCACUGCGGCGCUCAACGUAGAAGUGUCAGAGGUGGUUUCUCCGGACUCCGCCGCCACCGUCGCUCCUCCUGUCGUCAUCUCGCCCAUCGCCAGCACCUCAGCCCGCGAGGGAGAGCCAGCUCGCUUCCAGUGCCGAGUCCGCGGAGACGAUGUGAAGAUCAGCUGGUUCCACAAGGAGAAGGAGAUCAAGCAGUCGGACUUCUUCAGGAUGUCUCAGUUCGACGACAGCUGUCAGCUGGAGAUCUCCAGGGUUUACCCAGAGGACGAGGGCGAGUACAGCUGCGUGGCCACAAACGGCGCCGGAACCGUGUCCUGCUCCGCCACGCUCACUCUGGACGGUGAGAGUCAAACAGCGAGCAGCCCUGCUGCGCCUCAGUGGCACGUCUCCACCAGCCUCACCAGCCUAAAGAAGCCCUCCAUCGGCCAAAAGCCAGUUUUCAUCCAGCCAAUCACGAGCUGCACGGUGCCGCACGGAGCGGUGGCCCGCUUUCACGCAUGUGUGUCCGGCAUGCCGAAGCCAGAGAUAAGCUGGUUCCACAACCGGCAGCCGGUUCGGCCCACCAAGAACGUGGUGUUUCACUUCGACGAGGUGACGAACACCGCCAUGCUCAUCGUGGUCGAUGCUUUCCCCGAGCAUGCGGGGCAGUACACCUGCAGAGCGGCCAAUACCGCCGGAGAGGCCGCGUGCUCGGCCACCCUCACGGUAACCACAGAAGAAGAAGUGACUCAUGUGAGAGAGCACAUUGAAGCCAAGAUUGAGCAAGAAGUGAAAGAACGUUGUAGCACCACCAUCACCACUGUGGAAGAACAAGAGGAAACCUACUACACUGGUGUCCAGUUACCACAGAAAACAAAAACACUUGAACUCAAGCCAGAGACCAAACGUUACUCUUCCAGUUUAGAGAAGAAAAAAGAAAAGCCAAUUUUCCUAAGCCAGCUCUCCCCAGCAGCUGUAACCAGCGGGGAAACAGCCAGGUUUACCGUUAAACUGUCCGGCUUUCCAAAGCCGACCGUUCAGUGGUCUCACAACGGAAAAUUCAUAAAGAGCUCCACUAUUUACAAGUUUAUAGAAGAGAAGGAGGAGUAUACCUUAGUUAUCACCAAGGUCACAUCUGAGUAUGAGGGCGAGUACUCUUGCACUGCCACCAACAGAUUUGGCCAGACAACAUGCACCACAUACCUCGAGGUGAAAAAGCCUGAUGUUAGCCAGGCGGAGAAAUGGGUUGAGAAGAUGUUUAAGGUCACAGGCCAACCUCCUGCUUUCACAGUUCAGAUCCAACCUGUACGGUGCUCAGAAGGAGGAGAGGUUUAUUUUAAUUACAAAGCCAGUGGUGAUCCAGUCCCUGAUGUGAAGUGGUUCAAGGGGGCUUUCCAAAUCCAGCCCAGUUCAAACUGUAUUGUUAUAGCGAACCCAGAUGCAUCUGGCUUCAUCAAUAUUAAGAGCGUCAAACAGGAAGACAGUGGCCUGUAUACAUGUAGAGCCUCCAACCAGUUUGGGGAGGCAUCUUGUAGCGCUGAGCUCGUUGUGUUCAAAGAACCAGUCUCUGUUUCUCACAAACAGGAACAGAUGACAGUGGUUCAGAAGAAAGGCUAUAAGGUUUCAAUGACAGAACAGGCAACAGAGUCUCGCUUGUACCAGGUCAGCCUCCCAGGCCAGGACAGAGCUAGGGCAGAUCAGAUGGUUUACACCAUCGGCACUGAAGACCGGCAGAUAAUUCCCAGUGAGCAAGUUGGCUCCCUUAGAGAACUAGAUAUCUCUGCUGCCACUAUUCAUCGCGAGCAGCUGACCCACCGGGCAGCAGUGCUUCAGUCUCAUGAGAUAGAGGAGAGGGUGUCUGUGGUUCCUACCCACCCGCCUCAGGUUUCAGCUGUUCCUGCAAAACAGCUUCACAUGGCAGCGUUUACAUCGUCUGUUGAAGAGAGUCAGGACCUCACAGAGCAGCACUGUGAUCGCAUUCAAAGCCCUGAGGUCACUGAACUUCAGGCAGCCAGAGAAAAGAGGUCAAUGGUGAUGUCAGCGGUUGCUGAGGAGCUCACCCCACUUUCUACUGUUAGCACAGAGCCUCUGGCUGACCGGAAGUCUACUACUGUCAGACCCACCUCAGAAGGUAAACAUCUAGUCAGUGGGCAUCAAGUAGAGUCACAACUGUCCAUCUUAAAAGAGCAGUCUCAGGAUAUCCCCAAACCACAAGAGGAGAAAGGUUACAAGGUUAAGGAAGGCGUUAAGAUUUUAUACUCAGCCCAGUAUGCAGAGAAACAGGUGCUUGCAGAGGGCCACACAACUAAACUAGCAACAACAGAUUCUGCUGUGAAGUCUUCUGUUGGGAAAGAACAGCACCGGCCAAUGUUGACCUCAGUCAACGAGUCUAAACAGACUCUUUCCAAGGAGACUAAGUUCUCCAUCCAGAGGCCUGCUGAGGAGACAGCCCAUCUCUGCAAAGAUAAAAUGAUGAAGGCAGCUCUAACUGCUGAAGAGAAGCAAACGCUGCAGGCUGAGCCCACUCAGCAGCUGCCAAGUCUGGACAGCGCCAUGUCCAUUCAGUCACAGGUAGAAGGAGAGCAGUUGUUGCACCUGCAGGUUAUCACAGACCAAGACCUCCUUCCAUCUGAGAAGGGCUUCUCCUGUGAGAAACCUGCACCAGAACAGGCAGUAACCAGUAAGAGUCCCACUCUGCUGCACACUGUUAGCCAGGAUGAGCAGAGGACAGUAGUUUGUGAGGACACGUCAGAGUUUGAGGCCAAGGCUAGCACCAUGACUAUCCAGCCCCAGAAAGAGGCCCCUACACUGCUGCAUCUCCAGUCAACCCAACCUGUGGAGGCACUACCCAAAGAGGGUAUUCUCAUAACUGAGAAGCCUGACCAGCAGGUGGCAGUGCAGAAACAAGAAAAGGCAAGGAGACAUGCUGCCAUUUUGGAAGAGCAAAGGGAGCUCACAGCAGAUUUUCACACCGAGCUGGAUUUGUCAGUGACUGGCAUUCAAUCUCAGCUUCGAACUGAGCCCAGGCCUCAAAACAUCCUCCAGGUCUCCUUCCAGCCCAUGCAGCUGCCAAAGGAGACCCCAGUAACUACAGAUGUCAAGCAGCAGCGAGCUUUGGUGCAGAAGGAGGAUCGCUUGAAUGUGAUGCAUGUCACCAGUGUGGCAGACAGUCAGGCCUUAGAGGAGGGUCACACUGAGAGUCUUGCAGCUGUGGAUAAAUUCACCUGCCAGACGGCUGUAGAGCCAAAAGUUCCCACGGAGCCAGUCCAGAUCGAGGAGAAAGAGAUCUCCACUGAGAGUAGUGUCCUUCUCAAGGCAGCAGAACAGGACUUUGCUGUUCAAAUCCAGGAGGGCCAAUCAGUCAGGCAGUCAAUAGUUAUGGAUGAGAAGCGAGUGCUGAAAGGUGAGCUCUCUCAGGAGAUCACCAAAUCUGAGUCUACUAAAGUCGUUGUCACCACACAGCCGAAACUGUCCCUUAUGGCUUCAGAAUCGAAAGACAGCACAGCUCUUCCUAAAGAGAUGACGUUUGUGAUUCAGAUCCCUAAACCAUCCAGUGUGAAUAUACGGCGUCAGCUCAGAGAUGCCCUUCAGUCUGCUGUGGCCAGCGACCAACCAGUGUUACUGGCUGACGUCGUAGGAAGGUUACAGGCUGUAGACGUUCAGGAAGUCAAGGUUCAACGAGAGCCCAAGAAGGCCAUGUUUACAUACCUGAUCACAACAACAGGGGCCCCCAUGGAGAUCACUCUGGCUUUUGAGGGUAAAUACCCUCAGACAGCUGACCUCAGGACUGAACUCCAGGCGGCUUUCCACUCCAUAGUGUACCAGGAAGCCCAUGUUCUAACUUCCGAACAGCCAGGCACUAUGCAGCUGGACAAACCUCAAAGGGCUCAGGUCACCUCGGCCCGCUCUAAGCAAAUGCUGUCAUCCAUGGUGGAGACAGUGAGCGUGGCAGAGAGUGCAGUGGAUUUCACUGCUGUUAAAUCUUCGUCUGCUGCACUCAAGACUGAAUCUAAAAUGGUAGUUGAAUGUGCAGCAGCUGAGCACCAGGUUGUGGUGCAAGAAUCAAAAUCAGCAAAGAAAGAACAGUCUGUCUCAUCCCAGAUGAAGAUGUCCACCGAGGCUCACAUGGCUUUUGAGCAGUCGGUGCAGGUGUCAAGGCAGGAGGUGAGGUCAGUAACAGUGAAAAGAGAUAAGGAUGUAGGAGCAGCUAUCGUUACCACUGCCCUGCCCCCCACCACCAUCCCCACAGAACAGGUGGCGGAUGUCUGCAUCCAGAAGGAGCACAGGGAAGAGAUCUUUAAAGAGGAGAUUACAGUAGUCAGGCCAGAACAGAGAGAAUGUCCUGUAAUGGUCACAUCCCUUGAAGACCUAUCCAUCGUGGAAGAUAGUAAAGUCACCUUUAGCACCACCAUUAAAUAUGUCACAAAGGUAAACUGGUUUUUCAAUGGGCAAUUGGUGAAAUCUGGCAAAGAGUUCAAGUGUUCCAAAGACCACGACACAUACACAUUGGUUAUCAACAAAGUUGUCAAGGAGAAGCAUCAAGGAGAAUAUGUUUGUGAGGCUGAGAAUGAAGCCGGCAGGACUACAACAUCUUCAAGACUCACUGUGGUCUCAAGAGUGCCACCUGUCUUUAGGCAGAAAAUCACACCUCUGGAGAUAAACAUCGGCAGCCACGCCAAGUUCGAAUGUGAAAUCGAGGAUGCUCCGAGUGUGACCUUCAAAUGGUACAGGUCUGGCAUUGAGAUCAAACAAAGUGAGAAGUAUAGGAUCCUUAGCAGCCACAUCAGUUCCUCCCUGGAGCUCCUGAACCCGGUCAAAGCCGACAGCAGUGAAUACACCUGCAAGGCUUCAAACCAGCACGGCACUGACAGCUGCACUGCCUCACUCAUUGUCACCGAAAUGUACCCACCGGUAUUUGUAUCAAAACCAGACCCAAUGACUUUAUAUGUGGGCAAACCGGCUGUGUUCCAGUGCUCACUCACUGGAUCCUCACCCAUGGAAGUUGUCUGGCACAAGGACAACAUAGCCAUCUCCUCUGAAGGGAACUAUGUCAUGAAAUUUGAAAAGAACAAGUAUUCCCUUAACAUUAAAAGUCUUGAGCUGACUGACCAAGGAGUGUACCUGUGCAAGGCCUCCAACAGUGUCGGCACUGCUACCUUUACCACAGAACUCAGGGUUAUCAACAAGCCCAGCUUUGUUAAGACCAUUGAGCCAGUGUCAGCUGCUGUCAAUGACCCGCUGAGGCUGGAGUGCCAAGUGGACGAGGACACUGGUGUGACUGUCACCUGGGCCAGGGAUGGCAAAAAAGUCCACCAGAGCAUGGAUUGUAAACUGUCCUUUGAGGACAAGGUGGCUGUUGUUGAGAUACCCAAGUCCAAAGUAAAGGACUCUGGGAAGUAUGUGUGCACAGCCACAAAUGAGGCUGGGAGCUCAUCCUGUGAGGCUGUGGUAACAGUUCAAGAGCCCCCGGCUUUCGUAAAGAAAAUGGAACCUAAGAUUACAUGGAAACAAGGUAUAGCUGCACGCUUACAGUGCUCUGUUAAAGGAUCGCCCGAACUUCAUAUCCACUGGUUCUGGAAUGAGAGAGAGCUCAGUGAUGGAGAAAAAUAUAAAAUCUCUUUCAAGAGCGGAGUUGCCACUUUGGAGAUAAUGAACCUUGUGGUCACAGAUAGUGGGAGUUACACAUGUGAGGUGUCAAAUAAUGCUGGCAGCGAGAGCUGCAAUACACUUAUAGCUGUUAAAGAGCCACCAUCCAUUAGAAAAGACCUGCAGACAGUGGAGGCGGUGAAGGGAUCAGCAGCUCAGCUGGAGUGCGAGAUCACCGGAACGGCUCCUUUUGAAAUCAGCUGGUUAAAGAAUAAGAAAGCCAUCACCAGUGACCAGAAAUAUAAAAUAGUCUCCCAAGAGUCCUUGUCAAGGCUGGAGAUCCAGACCUUUGAAAGUGCAGAUGUUGGAGAUUAUCAGUGUGUCAUAUCUAACGAUGUGGGGAAAGUCACCACUAAGGCCAUAGCUAAACUUAAAGAACCACCAACUUUCUCAAAGAGGGUUGAGAGUGCCACAGCAGUGUUGGGAAAUACAGUGAAACUACAGGGAACCAUUAAGGGCUCGGCUCCCAUCACUGUUAAAUGGAUGAAAGACUCUGAAAUACUGAGAGAUGACGAUCCAAACAUCACGAUGGUGUUUGAGAACAAUGUUGCUAGCUUGUCGAUAACAACAGUGGCCAUCAGCCAUGGCGGCAAGUAUUCGUGUCAAGCUGAGAAUGCAGCUGGACAACAAAAAUGCGAAGCUACAUUGACUGUGCAAGAACCUGCCAGAAUCGUGGAACCUGCAGAAUCCAUUAGUGUGACUGCAGGGGAUUCAGCCACAUUGGAGUGCAUAAUUUCUGGUAGCCCAGAGCUCAAAGUGAAGUGGUUUAAAGAUGGGAAAGAGAUGAUCAGUGGCCGUAAAUACAAGAUGACUCUGAAGGACAAUACUGCCACCAUGAAGAUUCUUACGGCAGAAAGAGGAGACACUUCAGAGUACAAGAUGGAAGUGUCGAAUAAAGUUGGGAAAGACCAGUGCACAUGCUCAGUCACUGUCUUAGAUCGGAUAAUGCCCCCAACAUUCACCAAGUCUUUGAAAAGAGUUGAUGGUAACAUUGAUAAUGACGUCUCCAUGGAAUGUAAGGUGUCUGGGUCCCAACCCAUGACCAUAGCUUGGUUCAAAGACGACCAGGAGAUCAUGUCUGGAUCCAAAUUCCAGCCUGAUUUCAAAGACAGCUCUGCUACACUGAGAAUUCUUCGGCUGGAGAAGGCUGACUCUGGAGUGUACAAAUGCCGAGCCAACAAUUCAGCCGGCUUCAAAGAAACCAGCGGCACGCUCUAUGUCAAAGAGCCCCCAGUGUUCACAGGGAAACCAGACAACCAGGAUGUUAUACCAGGAACCACUGUUUCCUUCAGAGCAGCCUUUACUGGAACAGCUCCUUUAGCUGUGAAGUGGUUCAGAGAGGAAAAAGAGAUUAUAACUGGAGGCACAUAUUUCAUAAAGAAAGAUGCCUCGUCGAGCUCUUUGGAGCUCAACUCAGUGAAACCCAGUGACUCUGCUAAAUACACAUGCCAGGUGUCCAAUGAUGCUGGGAAGGUGGAUUGCACCGCAGUCCUCUUUGUGAAAGAGCCUCCCGUGUUUGUGAGGAAGCUUGAGGCGACCAAGCUCGUCACCAGUGGCGACUCCACCAGGAUGGAGUGCAAAGUCACGGGCAGCCCCGUCAUCAGUUUUAAGUGGUUCAAGGAUGAGAUGGAGAUCAGCUCCAGUCCUAAAUACACAAUGGCCUUGACUGACUUAGAGGCCUCUCUUGAAAUAGUCAACUGUACAGUAGAGGAUAGUGGAGAUUAUGUCUGUGUGGCAUCCAGCGAGGCUGGUAGUGACCGCUGCAGCAGUACAGUCACCGUCAAAGAGCCGCCCUUGUUUGUGCGUAGCCUGGAGCCCAAAGAUGUAGUCAAAGGUUCUGAGAUGAUGCUGGAGGGCCAAGUCUCUGGCUCCGCCCCUUUCAGUGUGUCAUUUUAUAAAAACACAAAGCCAGUUAGGAAUGACAAGAGACACAGGAUCACUGUGAAAGACGACCUGAUAGCCCUGCAGGUGCUGGUGGUAGAGGCAGGAGACGUCGGUUUGUACCAGUGCAUUGUUGAGAACGAAGUGGGGAGGGCCUCCUGUGAUUGCCAAGUAACACUAAAAGAACCGCCAUCAUUUCUGCGAAAGCUGGAGAACCUCAGUUCCUUGGUGGGCAGCGAGGUUUCAUUGCAGUGCACUCUGAAGGGCUCUGAGCCCAUGACUGUGUCCUGGAUGAAAGACAACCACGAGCUCAAAGAGGCUGAAUACAUUCAGAUUACAUACGAGAACAAGACCGCUCUGCUGCUCAUCACCAACUUACAGGGCAAACAUGGUGGCAAAUACUCUUGCCAGGCGCAGAAUCAGGCUGGAAGCCAGACGUGCUCUGCUGUGUUGACAGUCAAAGAGCCAGCUAAGGUCACAGAGGAGGCCAAGUCUAUCAGUGUGACUCAGGGGGAUCCGGCCACGCUGGAGGCCAGAUUCUCAGGCACAAAACCGCUGAAGGCCAGAUGGCUAAAGGCCGGCAAGGAGCUGACCUCAGGCCAGAGGUAUAAAGUACACGGCACAGACACCAGCUCUGUGCUCAAGAUUAUUAAAACCGAGAAAAACGACGGCGGUGAAUACACCUUUGAGGUUUCAAAUGACGUUGGCCAAAGUUCUUGCGAGGCCACACUCACCGUUCUCGAUCAAAUAAUUCCACCGUCUUUUACAAGAAAGCUGAAGCAGACAGAAGGUAUCAAAGGAUCGUUUGCUCAUCUGGAGUGUCUUGUAUCCGGCUCCCUGCCGAUAACCAUACUAUGGUACAAAGACGAGAAAGAGAUCCAGACUGAUGAGAAACAUAAAUGCACAUUCUUUGAGAGUGUUACCUCUCUGGAAAUCUCUAACCUUGACAGUAAAGAUAGCGGCAGCUACACCUGCAUCGCUAAAAACAAAGCAGGAACUGUCCAGUGCUCUGGGAACUUGUUUGUCAAAGAACCACCAUGCAUUCUUGAAAAGCCCGAAUCCAUGAAUGUUUUGCCUGGCUCAAAGGUCCAGUUUAACGUACUAGUCUCUGGCACGCCGCCGCUGACCACCAAAUGGUUUAAAAACAAGAAAGAGAUUUUAUCCAGUGCUGAAUGCUCUGUGAUCAAAGACAACACCUCGAGCUCACUGGAGCUUUUCUUUGCCAAAACCUCAGAUUCUGGAGAAUAUGUCUGUGAAAUACAGAAUGAUGUCGGAUCCACUUCAUGCCAGACGACACUCUUUGUCAAAGAGCCUCCUAAGUUCACACGGACCCCGGCCCGUGUGUCCGUAGUCCGUCCCGGUCAGAGUAAAGUGUUUGAGUGCCAGGUGACUGGCACACCUGAGAUAGACAUCUACUGGUUCAGGGAGGGCUCCGAGAUCACCCCCAGUGAUCGGUACAAGAUGGUCUUUGUUAACUCUGUGGCCACUCUGGAAGUCUGUGGGGCUGACACCAAAGACAGCGGGCUUUACUACUGCGAGGCUCGCAAUGAGGCUGGCAGUGAGAGCUGCAGCAUGGAGCUCAAGGUCAAAGAACCGCCAUCAUUUAUUAGAGAGCUGGCCCCAGCUGAUGUUGUGAAGGGCUCCAGUGCCUGUUUUGAGUGUCAGGUCGCUGGGACUGCACCGUUUGAGAUAACGUGGCACAAAGAUGCAAAGGAGAUCAAACCCAGUGCUAAACAUGGCUUCUCCCAGAUGAAUGGCACUGUAGGUGUAGAGGUCCACAAGUGUGACACUGUAGAUGUCGGUGAAUACCAGUGCACUGUUGCUAAUGAGGUGGGAAGUUGUACUUGUAAGACUACGCUAAGCCUCAAAGAACCACCAACAUUUACCAAGAGGAUUGAGAACACUGCCACUGUUCUGGGUAAAAUGGCAGAGUUUCAGUGUAUUGUGGUGGGUUCUCCCACUCUCUCUGUACAAUGGAAAAAAGAUGAGAACUGGAUUUUGGAGGAUCCAAAGAUUGAGAGAACAUUUGAGAACAAUGUGGCCACUCUCAGGAUUCCUGCCUGUGAGGUGACGCACAGCGGGAAAUACACCUGCCAGGUGGUAAACAAGGCUGGGCAGGAUAAGUGCUUUGCCACGCUCACGGUGCAAGAGCCUCCUCAGAUCACAGAGAAACCUGAGGUGAUAAAGGUUACAGUCGGAGAUCCAGUCAGUCUGGACUGCAAGGUAACUGGCUCCCCUGAGCUCAAAGUGAAAUGGAUGAAAGAUGGCCGGGAGCUUCAGUCCAUCAGGCAGCACAAGCUGAUCUUUGAGAACAACAUCAGCAGCCUAAAGAUUCAGUCUGCUCAGAGAGAGGACGAAGGGGAAUAUGUCUUUGAGGUGGCAAACCACAUUAGUAGCUGCACCUGCAAAAUCAAAGUGAUCGUGCUAGAACAAGUCAUUGCCCCAAGCUUCAUCAAACCCCUGCUAGACAUGCAAGAGAUACUGGGCUCCUUUGUUCAGAUAUGUUGCAAAAUAUCCGGUUCCCUGCCCAUAUCUGUGGAAUGGCGGAAAGACGGGACCAAAAUCUCUAGUGGUGUAAAACACAAACUCAUCCAGCAGGACAAUUCUGUGUCCGUCGAAAUUGAGCAGCUGGAGAGAUCUGACGCGGGAUCCUACUGUUGCAAACUGACCAAUGCAGCAGGAAGUUGUGAAUGCAGUGGAUCCCUCAUAGUAAAAGAACCUCCCAGCUUUGUGACGCUGCCAGAGUCCCAGGCGGCUCUACCCAAUGCCACUGUGCGCUUCAAAGGCACAUUUAAGGGAACGCCGCCCUUCACGGUCAAAUGGUUCAAGGAUGAAACAGAGCUCAUGACGGGGCCCACAUGUUUUACCGGGCUGGAUGGGCUUUCUUGCUUCUUAGAGCUCUUUUCAGUGGGAGUCACCCAGAGUGGAGUUUACUCUUGCCAAGUCAGCAAUGAUGCUGGUUCUGUACGCUGCAGUGCAGACUUGACGGUCAAAGAACCUCCAGAGUUUGUGCUGAAACUCCCUGCCACUAAGUUUGUGAAGCAGGGUGAGUCACUCCGCCUGGAGUGCAAAGUCAAUGGCACAGCCCCUCUGAAAGUGACCUGGUACAAACACGACACCAAGGUCACGGACGGGGGUAACUACAGGACUUCAUUUAUUGACUCAGUAGCAGUCCUGGAACUGCUCUCCGCCAGCUUUGAUGAUGAUGGGGUUUACACCUGUGAAGCUCAGAACGAUGCUGGCAGUGUCAGCUGCAGCACCACACUUUCUGUUAAAGACGCCCCAUCGUUUGUCAAAGUGCCUCAGCCCAUCGAAGGGCUGAAGGGUAAGGACGUGAGUCUGUACUGCGAGAUGAGCGGUACAGCUCCGUUCCAGAUCACUUGGUUCAAAGACAGGAAGCCUCUAAUGGAGAGCAGGAAGUAUAAGAUGGUGAGCGAGGGCAGCUCGGCCACGCUGCAUGUCAUUGGGAUAGAGCCCUCGGACGCCGGCGAAUACGAGUGCAAAGUGUCAAACAGUGUAGGAAGUGACACCUGCCAGACGUCAGUUAAACUCAGAGAGCCGCCGUCGUUUGUGAAGAAACUGUCACACAUGACAGUGAUACUGGGAGAGGAGGUGACCCUUGUGGCCACUGUUAAAGGCUCUGAACCCAUUACUGUGUCCUGGGUUCAAGACAAGGAUCACAUUCUCAGGGACGGUGACAACAGGAAAAUCACCUUUGAGAACAACCAGGUCGCACUUAAAGUCUUUAAGGCUGAUGCAACCACGGCAGGCAAAUACACCUGCCAACUCAGAAACGAUGCUGGGAGUGUGGAGUGUUUCGCUAACUUGACUGUUCUAGAACCAGCAAAGAUUGUGGAUAAGCCUGACGCUCUGAGCGUGACAGCCGGCGAUAUCGCCGCCCUAGAGGUCAAAGUGUGCGGGACCCCCGAGCUCACACCGAAGUGGUUCAAGGAUGGUGUUGAGCUGGCCUCCGGGAGGAAAUACAAAAUCUCCUUUUCCCGGAUGAUUUCCAGCCUGAACGUGCUCUCUGCUGAGAAAAUGGACUCGGGAGAAUAUACGUUUGAGGUCAUGAACGAGGUCGGGAAGGACCUGAGUAAAAUUAAUCUCACUGUCUUAGAUAAGAUCGUUCCUCCAACAUUCUCCAGGAAGUUGAAGGAUUGCAACACAGUUGUUGGACAAGCCGGAGAGAUGGAGUGCAAAGUGUCGGGCUCCCCACCUUUUACCAUCUCGUGGUACCACAAUGGGGAGGAGAUACAGAGCGGACCAAAUUAUGAGAUUUCAUUCAGUGACAACAGCUGCACGCUCAAAGUGCCCACGCUGAAGCUGUCCGACUCUGGAGCGUACAAAUGUAAAGCUGUCAACAAGGCGGGAUCCAGUGAAACCACAGCCUCCCUGGUUGUAAAAGAACCUCCAUCUUUCGCGGUGCCGCCCCAGCCGGUGGAAGCCAUGCCGGGCUCUAACGUGACUAUCUCAGCCAUGGUGAAAGGCAGCGCCCCCCUCAAACUGAAGUGGUUCAGAGGAACGAAGGAGAUCCUGGCCGGACGGGACUGUAAUUUCUCCCUGAAGGAUAACCAAGUUAUUUUGGAGCUUUUCAACGUGGACAGAUCUCACGCUGGAGAGUAUACCUGUCAGAUCAUUAACGACGCAGGAAAGGAAAGCUGCACAGUCAAUCUGGCUGUCAAAGAGCCCGCAGCCUUCACUAAGAAGCUGAAGGACGUGUCGGUCGAAAAGGGCAAGCCGUUAACGCUGGAGUGUGCGUACACCGGAACGCCUAAAAUCACAGUGAACUGGUACAGAGACGGCCAGCAGAUCUUCGCCUCAUACAAACACAACAUCACCACGACCGAAAGCUCCUGCAUCCUGGAGUGCCUCAGCACCGACGACAAGGAGGCCGCAGGAAGGUACUCCUGCGAAGUGUCCAACGACGCCGGGAAGGACACGUGCGAGGCCAACGUGUCCAUCCUCGAGCCACCGUACUUUGUCGAGUCCCUGGAGCCCAUGGAGGUGACAUCAGGAGACGCCGUGUGUCUGAAGUGUCAGGUGGCGGGCACGCCUGAGAUCAAGGUGUCCUGGUUCAAAGCCGACGGCAAAGUCCGGUCCAGCCCCACCUGUAGGUUAGAGUACACCAAGGGCGUCGCCUGUCUGAAGCUCAGCAAGGCCACCAAGGCCGACAUCGGAGAGUACACCUGCAAGGCGGAGAACAAGAUAGGCUCCGCCUCCUCCACCUGCAGACUCAGUGUGCAAGAGGCCAAAACGCCGCCGUCCUUCCCCAAGAAGAUCACCAGCCUGCAGCAGACGGAGGGUCAGGCCGUCAGGUUCGAGUGCCGCGUCGCCGGCUCGUCGCCCAUCGAGGUGUCGUGGCUGAAAGACGGCGAGCCCCUGAGGCAGGGAGACGAGUUCUCCAUGCUGUACGACGACAACACGGCCGUGCUGCAGAUCGGCCGCGGCGAGAUGAGGCAUUCUGGGGAGUACACCUGCGUGGCCACCAACAGCGUGGGCUCGGCCUCCUGCAGAGCCAAGCUCACUCUGCAAGAACCAAGGUACCCACCGGUCUUUGACAGGAAGUUGUCACCGCAGGAGGUGACGGUGGGUGACAGCAUUGAGCUGGAGUGUCACAUGACCGGCUCUGCCCCCAUUAAAGUCACGUGGUCCAAAGACCAUAAAGAUAUUCGCACUGGGGGGAAUUAUAAGAUGAGCUGUGUGGAAAACACGCCCCACCUGACCAUUCUGAAGGCCGAUAAAGGCGACACGGGGAGAUACUUCUGCCAUGCCUCUAAUGACAUGGGGAAGGACUCUUGUUCCUCUGAUAUCACUGUCAAAGAGCGUAAAAACCCUCCGGUGUUCACCAAGAAGCCCUCGGAGAGUAUGGAGGACACGGAGGGCAAGCUGGUGAAGAUCGAGGGCAGGGUCACCGGCUCGCAGCCCAUUUCUGUCAGCUGGUUCAGGGACGACACGGAGAUCCUCAGCUCCGACAAAUACGACAUCAGCUUCAAGAGCAACGUGGCCGUGCUGUGCAUCAAGAGCAGCCAGGUGUCGGACAGCGGCAGGUACUCGUGCCAGGCCUCCAACGAGGCUGGGAGAGCCUCCUGCAGCGUCACUGUGGGCAUCUCAGAGGCCAAGAAGCCUCCGGUGUUCGACGUCCCCCUCAAACCGGUGACUGUGGACGAGGGCGAGAAGCUGAGUCUCAGGUGUCACGUCUGCGGGUCUCCUCCUCUGAAGAUCCAGUGGAUGAAGGACAGGAAGGACCUGACGUCCGGCGGCAGCACCAGGAUCAGCUUCUCCGACGGGACGGCCUGUCUGGAGAUCAGCCCGGCCUCCAAACACGACGCCGGCGAUUACCUCUGCAAGGCCACCAACGACGCCGGCAGCGAGUUCUGCAAGGCCAAAGUCACCGUCAAAGAGAAACCAGGAGCAGCUCCGGCUCCCGCUGCAGCUCCUGCAGCCGCUCCGGCCAAGAAACUGGAAAACCUGUUCUUCAUCGAGGAGCCCAAAACUGCACACGCCACUGAGAAGGGCGUCGCCACCUUCAUCGCCAAAGUGGGCGGCGACCCCAUCCCCAGCGUGAAGUGGAUGAAGGGGAAGUGGCGGCAGAUCACGCACGGCGGCAGGAUCUCCAUCGAGCAGAAGGGCCAGGAGGCCAAACUGGAGAUCAGGGAGGUGACCAAGUCGGACUCGGGUCAGUACAGGUGUGUCGCCUCCAACAAGCACGGAGAGAUCGAGAGCAGCGCCGACAUGCACGUGGACGAAAAGAAAGAGGCGGCGCUGCUGGAGGGAGACCUCCGAGCCAAACUGAAGAAGACGCCGUCGAAGCAGAAGAGUCCACAGGAGGAGAAGGACAUCGACAUCGUCGAGCUGCUGAGGAACGUGGACCCCAAAGAGUACGAGAAAUACGCCCGAAUGUACGGCAUCACGGACUACCGAGGCCUGCUGCAGGCCAUCGAGCAGCUGAAGAAGGAGAAGGCUGAAGAAAGUGGAAGACCGGAACUGGAACGUGGAGACAGAGAGUCUGAUGAGGACAUGGCCCGACUGGUGGCCGACCUGCAGAAGAGGAUGGAGCGGACAGAGCCCGUCACCGUGGUGAAGGACAUCUCCGAUCAGUCCGUCUUCACCAACAAGGUGGCGGUGUUUGAGUGCGAGAUCAAGAUCAACUACCCAGAGAUCACCCUGUCCUGGUACAAGGGCACCCAGAAACUGGACACCAACGACAAGUACGACAUCAGCAUCAGCGGCGACCGCCACCUGCUCAAGAUCAAGAACUGCCAGUCGUCCGACCAGGGCAACUACCGGGUGGUCUGUGGGCCGCACAUCUCCAGCGCCAAGCUCACCGUCACGGAAGCGGAGGUUGAGAAGCAUCUGCAGGACACAUCCGGUAAGGAAGGACAGUCGUGCACGCUGUCUUGUCAGUUGUCCAUCCCUAACGUAGAGGCUCAGUGGUUUAAAAACGGCAAGCAGUUAGAGAUGAAGGGCAGGUACACAUCCGAGGUGAAACACAAGGUUCAGAAGCUUCUGAUCAGAGACCUGAAGCCUGAAGACCAGGGCAGAUACGCCUGCAGGUACCAGCACCUGGAGUCCUCGGCCGACCUCUGGGUGGAAGCUGAACAAAUUCAUUUCACCAAACGCAUCCACAACAUCGAAGUCAACGAGCGCCAGUCGGCCACCUUUGAGUGUGAGGUGUCCUUCGACAACGCUAUCGUUUCAUGGUACAAAGACACCUGGGAACUGAGAGAGAGCCCUAAGUACAACUUCAGAAGCGAGGGCCGAAGACAUUUCAUGGUCAUCCGAAAUGUGGCCAUUGAAGACGAAGGCGUGUACUCAGUGAUUGUGAGGUUGGAGCCCAGAGGAGAGGCUAAGAGCACAGCUGAGCUUUAUUUGUCUGGCAAAGAAAUUGAAUUAGCAAUGGUGCCCUUCGAUGUCCCAGACUCCUCAGUUCAGAGGCCAGAGGUGCCUUCAUCAGUGGCAAUUCAAGAAUCUGCUGAAUUCUAUCAUUAUGAAGAAGAGAUUGAACAUAGAGCUGAAUAUUCAUAUCACUAUGAAGAAGAGGUGGAGGUGGAGCAGCGAGCUGCCAGAGUUCCCAUUGAGGAGACAGUGGAGACCAAGGAGGUUGAACUGAGAGCAGAAAUCCCAACUAAAGUUCCCAAAGCUGAGAAGAAGCCUGAAGAGAAGCCAACACCAGCUGUGAAGGAGCCAUCAGCACCUAAAGUACCGGAGGCGAAAAAGCCAGUGGAGGAAAAGAUUCCUGCGGUUAAAGUCCCAGAGAAGAAGGAGGUUUCUGCUCCCAAAGCAGAGGAGGUUAAGGCGCCCGCUGCUCCCUCACCACCUGCCGAGAAGCCUGGAGUGCCAAAGAAAGAUGAGCCCAGGCCUCAGGUACCAGCUGAGCCCAAAAAACUGGCUCCUGCUGCUAAGCCUGAGCCUGAACCCAAGCCUAAGCCCACACCGGCUCCUAAAGCAGAACCUGAAGCCAAACCAGCGGCGAAGGUCGAGCCGGAGCCUGAAGCUAAGCCGGCGCUGGUAAAGAAGCCGGCGACGCCGCCAUCCAAAGUCCCCGAAGAGGCUCCAAAACCAGAGCCGGCAAAGAUCAAGCCUGAACCGGCAGUAAGAAAGCCAGAACCAGAAAAAACAAAACCAGAAGUCCGUAAACCUGAGCCUCUUGUGACAAAGCCGGAACCUGCCGUCGCCAAGCCAGAACCUCCAGUUCCAAAACCAGAACCUGCGGCGGUCCCCAAACCUGAACCAGCAGUGAAAAAAGCUGAAGCGACAGUGCCAAAACCAGAACCGAGGCCCGCACCACAGGAACCUCCGAGGAAAGUUCCUGUGGAGGAAAAAAUACCUGAGCCUCCAAAAGCCGCCAAGAAACCAGAACGUGUUGUUGUUCCUCCCAAAGAAGAGGCGACAAAGAAAGAGAAAGCUUUGAAGCCCAAACCUAAAGUCGUACCUGAAGAGGUGCCUGAAACAGAACCUCAGAAGGUGUUUGAUGAGGUGGUUGUGUUGGAGGCUGAACCUGAGAAGCUGCCUGAUAAAGUACCUAAAGCAGUACCUGACAGACGGCCUCCUGGGAAAGUUGAGGUGAAGGAAAAGACCCCUGAGAGGGUCCCAGAGAAGGUACUGGCACCUGAGAGAAAAGGGGAGGAAAUUCCAAAGACGGUGCCUGAAAAAAUACCUGAGAAAAAAGUGCCAGAGAAGCCUCCUCCUGAGAGGAAGCCGGAAAAAGUUCCCCUAAAGGUGGCUGAAGAAGAGAGGAGUCCUGAGAAGAAGCCACCUGCAGAGCUUCCUGUUAAGGUUGAGGAAGUGAAACCUGAAAGGGUGUCUAAGAAACAGACAGAGCGGAUCUCUGUAGAUAAAACAGUUCCGACAAAGACCCCCGAUAAAACACCGGAGAAGGUGCCUGAGGUUAAAGCUAAACGAGAUGCAGAAGAAGCUCGUCCUAAAGAAAUAGAAACUAAGAAGAUUGAGAAGAUUCUGCCCGCAGAGGUUGAACAAGAGAAAAAAGUGUCUCCUCCAGAAAAAGAAACAGAAGCUAAGGCCGAGACGAUUCCCACGACCGCUCCUGCUGCUCUGCCUCCUGAAGUCGAGAUGAAAGGGAAAAGACCAGACAGAGUUCCUGUGAAGGAGAAGGAGUCACCACCACAAGUCAAAGAAGCACUGGUAAAGCCAGCUGCUCCUCAAGAAGAGAGCAAACUCCCGGCAGCUGUUAAAGUUCAAGAAGCUGCCAAAAGGCCUGAAGUCACUGACAAAACCAAAAAGUUGGAGAAGAGAAUUACUCCACAAGAAGAAACAAAGCCAGUGACCAAGCCACAGCCUGUCAUCAAGGCUGAAGAACCAACCAAGACAGUUGUGGAAGAAGAAAAACCGAUUGUGAUAGAAAAGAUAGCUCCUGAGACAGAUGAAACCAAAGGGCCUGUCCAAGCACCGGGAGGAGUCAAGAAAGAAAUGGUUCUGCACAAAAAAGGUAUAAUUCAUCCAGAUGAUGAUGGGACGUUUGAGAUUCCCACUUUGAGAAAAACAACCAGAGUCAUGAAGGAAGUGGAAGAGGAGCAGGAGAUUAUCAAACUGAAGAAGAUUCCAUCAGUUCCAGCUAAAGAGGCUGAAGAAGAGGAAAAGCCUCAGAAGGUCACCAAGACCACCAUCUUUGAUGUUGAGCAGAUGGUGCAUAAAGAAGAGGCUGUUGAGAUGUCAGUCGCCACCAGGAGACGUGUGGAGGAGAAGAAACCUCGAGACAAAGCAGAUGUGGUGAAAAAGCCAGAAAUUGUGAAGCCUAAAGAAGAGGAACAGAAAGAAGCUCCAAAAGAUGCAUGGACACGCCAGAAACCCGUCCCAAAAGAUGAGAAACCGGAAGAUAAGAUUUCUUUGAAGAAAACUCCCAAGGCACCAAAGGAAGAGGAACCUACCCCACCUGCUGCAGCUUUGAAGAAAGUGAAAAAACUGCCUUCAGAUGAAGUGGAACCAGAAGUAGUCAAACUAAAACCAUUUGAAAAACCUGUUAAACCAGCUGAGGAGCCAGAGAAAGAUCAGAAGGAGAGGCCAGACAGGGACAGUGUUCCUUUCCAGAAGGGAGAGAGGAUUCCCAGAGAGGUGGAACCCAAAGAACCUGCCAAGAAAGCAGAGAAAGCUCCUCCAGAGGUUAAGGAGCCCCCAGCAAAAGUACCAAAGCCAGUAGAUAAAAAGAAAACUCCAGAGAAGGAACCUGAGGAGGUCAAACCACCCACCAAGGUGAAGAAAAUCCCAACACAGGAACAAGAGACAGAAAGCAUCAAGCUGAAGCCCUUCUCCAGGCCUUCCAAAGAGGCUGCAGAGCCUGAGAAGAAACCAGCCGAGGAGAAAGAGAGGAAGCCAGCCGAUGACCUGCGGCGUGUUCGCACAAGCGCUGAUGAAAAACCAAAAGAACAAGAGCCAGAGGCUAGACCCAAAAAACCUGAGAUCCCAGAAGCUCCAGAGAAGAAGCCGGAGAAGCCGAAGGAAGUAGAGGCAGUGCCAGCAAAGAAGACAGUGUCUCCGGCUCCCGCUGCUAUUAAGAAGCCUGAAAAGGUUCCUGAAGAGCCCAAGCCUCUGCAACUGAAGAAGGGGGUCACACCCAAGGCAAAAGAGGACAUGGAAGAAGUGGCUUUGAAGCCUGUGGAGCAGCUGAAGAAGGUUGAGCUGAAAAAGACACCAUCUCCUAAGGUUGAGAAGCUUAAGGAAGAAGAGGCAAUCCCUGUUGAGAAGAGGCCGAGUGUUGAUAAACUCAAAAAGAUUCCUAAAACUGUUUCACCCAAAGACUCUAUUGAAGCUGUGACUCUCAAAAAGGUCCCAAAGAGGCCAUCACCAAAGGAGGAGAAGGCUGCAGAACCAGCAAAGCCUGGUAAAGGGAAGGUUCCUCUUGUGAAGGAGGUUUCUCCUGGAGCUGUGCAGAUGAAGAAGGUCGCCACCCAGCCGGAGGAGGAGAUAUUUGAAGAGGAGUUUGAAGCCCAGGAAGAGCAGGAGCAGGAUGAAGAAGAGGCCUGGGGCUGGGAGCUGGUUCCCCGGGACAGUUACGGUUCCGAAGACUGGGAAGGUGAAGGAGAGGAAGGUGCUCUUGAGGUUCCAGGGGUGACCAGGAGAGAGGGGCAACCAGCAGAAGAAGCAGGAAGAGGUAGAGGUAGAGGGCUGAAACCCAAGCAGACGCCAUCCCCUGGAGAAGGCAGGGGCCGCGGCCUAAAGCCUGGCGGAAAAGGCCCAUCACCACCAGAGGAACCCUUCGGAGGAUUCAAGCUCAAAGCCGUCCCCCUAAAGUUCAUCAAGAAGAUUCAGGACAUCGUGUUGCAGGAAGCCGAGUCUAUUGGCUCGUCUGCUGUGUUUGAGUGUGAGGUCUCUCCUUCCACUGCCAUCACGUCAUGGAUGAAAGAUGGCGGUAAUCUGCGCGAGAGUCCCAAGCACAAGUUUACUUCUGAUGGCAAAGAUCGCAAGCUGAACAUUAUUGAUGUCCAGCUGUCCGACACUGGAGAAUACACCUGUGUGGCAAAGAACGCCGGCAAGGAAAUAUCAUGCACAGCUAAGCUCAUUGUUGAAGAGCUACCUGUGAAAUGGAUCAAAGAGCUGGAGGAGGAGACGUCAGCUAUUAAGGGUCAGGCCUUAUACAUGACCUGCGAGUUGAACAAAGAGAGAGAUGUGAUAUGGAAGAAGAAUGGAGAGGUCCUGAAGAAGCAGGCCGGGAAAGUUCAGAUCAAUAUCAUUGGUAUGCAGCACGCUGUAACCAUCCAGAACACCUCUGAGGAGGACACUGGUCUCUAUACUUGUGAAGUGGCCGGCCAGGAGGAUGUCCUGACGAAAACAAAUGUCAAAGUGAUUGAAAUUAUCAAAGAUUGGAUUGUGAAACCACUGAGGGACCAGCAUGUGAAACCAAAGGCUGCCGCUACAUUUAAAUGCGAGCUCUUCAAGGAGACUCCCAACUGGAAGUGGCUGAAAGGAGAGAAUGAGAUCACUCCUUCUGACAAGGUUGAGAUCAAGAAGGAUGGAAAGGAGCUGACGCUCACAAUCAAGAACUGUCAGCCUGAUGAUGUAGCAGAAUAUUCCAUGGAGGUGGAAGGACGCAUCUACACUGCCAAGUUAACCCUAGGAGAGCGGGAGGCUGAGAUCCUGAAGCCCCUGGCCAGCGUUGAGGUGGUUGAGAAGGAAAACGCCACGUUUGAGACGGAGAUCUCUGAGGAGGAUGUUCCAGGGGAAUGGAAGCUCAAAGGAGAGGUUUUGACCAGAUCCCCGAUGUGCGACAUCCAGAUGGACGGUGCAGUGCGUAAGCUCACGCUGAAAAAUUGCCAGUUGGAUCACGCCGGAGAAGUGUCCUACCAGGCGCUGAACGCUAUAACCAGCGCAAUGCUCAACGUCAAAGAAAUCGAAAUGGACUUUGUUGUCCCGCUGAAGGACGUUUCUGUGCCUGAAAAGAAACAGGCUAAGUUUGAGUGCACCAUCACGAAGGAUGUCACUAAGGUCAUGUGGUAUAGAGGGGCUGACAUCAUCACCCCAGACCAAAAGUACGACAUCAUCGAUGAUGGAAAGAAGCAUAUGCUGGUCAUAAACUGCUGUGAGUUUGACGAUGAGGAUGAAUAUACAAUCGAGGUUUUGGGCAAAACUUCAACUGCUAGACUCACAGUGGAGGGUAUCAGGCUCAAAUUUAUCUCGCCAAUAAAGGACCAAACUGUGAAGGAAGGCAACACGGCUUGGUUUGAGCUGGAGCUCUCUCAUGAGAACAUCCCCGUCUCCUGGUACAAGAACGAUAUUAAAAUUCAUCCGAGCAGAACAGUGGUCACUCGUGUGGACGGAAAGAAACAUGUGCUAGAAUUAAAGGAGGUGACUCUAGAUGAUACUUGCCAAGUUAAGGCUGAGGCCAAAGGAAUUCCUUCCAUGGCCAACCUGACAGUCAUAGAGGGAGAUGCGUACUUCACAGUUAAGCUGCAAGACUAUACCGCAGUGGAGAAGGACGAGGUGGUUCUAGAUUGCGAGCUAAGCAAAGACGUCGAUGUCAUGUGGUACCACGAGGAGGCCGAGAUCAAGACCUCUAAGACGGUGGCCAUUAAGGCCGAGGGCAAACGCAGAACCCUCGUCAUCAAGAAAGUCGGGGACAAAGACAAAGGACAGUACCUAUGUGAUUGUGGAACGGACAAAACGACAGCAACGCUUCACAUUGAAGCUCGCCACAUUAAGGUGGUUCGGCCGAUGUACGGCGCUGAGGUGUUUGACGGAGAGACCGCUCGAUUUGAGGUCGAGCUCAGUGAGGACGACGUCCAUGGCCAGUGGAAACUGAACGGAGAAGUCCUCAGUCCAUCCGCCGACGUCGAGAUCGUGGAGGACGGUGCCAAACACACUCUGGUCUUGUACAACUGCAGAGUGCCUCAAACGGGCGAGGUGGCGUUUACUGCCGCCAACGCCAAGUGUUCUGCCAAGCUGAAAGUGAAGGAGCUCCCAGUCUCGUUCAUUACCCCGCUGGCUGACGUGCACGUGUACGAAAAGGAUGAGGCAAAGUUUGAGCUGGAAAUUUCUAGAGAGCCCAAAAGCUUCCGCUGGCUGAAGGGAUCUCAAGAGCUGUCAAACGACGAUAAGUUUGAACUCCUGGUGGAGGAAAAGAGACACACUCUCAUUGUAAAAUCUGCCAGAUAUGAAGAUGAAGCCAAGUACAUGUUUGAGGCUGAAGAUAAAAGGACUUCUGGGAAGUUGAUUAUCAAAGGUAUUCGCCUCGAAUUUAUCAGGCCGAUUAAAGAUGUGACCGUGAAGGAACGAGAAACUGCGGAGUUCAGCGUCGAACUCUCUCAUGAAAAGAUCCCGGUGGUCUGGUACAAAAACGACAUCCGUCUGCACCCCAGCAAGGUGGUGCACAUGUCGGAGGACGGAAAAGUCCACACGCUGGCCUUCAAGGAGGUCACCAUCGACGACACCUCCAUGAUCAAAGUGGAGGCCAUGGGCAAGACCUCAGAGGCCAUGCUCACCGUGCUCGAGGGCGACCUGUACUUCACAGUUAAGCUCCAGAACUACACCGCCGUCGAGAAGGACGAGGUGAUUUUGUCCUGCGAGCUGAGCAAGGCGGCCGCCGAGGUCAAAUGGUUCAAGGACGGUAACGAGAUCUUUCCCUCCAAGAACAUUCUCUUCCAGUCGGACGGCAAGAAGCGCACGCUGGUCAUCAAGAAGGCGGCAAAGAGCAGCAUGGGAGCGUACGCCUGCGACUGUGGCACUGACAAAACCGCAGCAGACCUGAACAUCGAAGAGCGCGACAUCAAGGUCGUUCGCCCGCUGUACAGCGUGGAGGUCACGGAGACCGAGUCGGCCAAGUUUGAGACGGAGAUUUCAGAGGAGGACCUUCACGGCGUCUGGAAACUGAAGGGAGACACGCUGCACCCGUCUGCUGACGUGGAGAUCAAGGAGGAGGGAACCCGUCACAUGUUGAUCCUCUUCAACUGCAGGAAGGACAUGGCCGGAAGUGUAGACUUCUCUGCAGCGAAUGCCAAAUCCUCAGCUCAGCUCAGGGUCAAAGCCCGAGUGAUCGGCCUGAAGAGGCCGCUGAAGGACGUCACCCUGACUGCCGGAGAGACGGCCACCUUCGAGUGCGAGCUGUCGUACGAAGGCAUCGCUGCCGAGUGGUUCCUGGGGGGUACAAAGCUGGAACCGAGCGACAGAGUGGUGUUGAAGGCGGAGGGUAAAGUCCACAGUCUGACUCUGCGGGACGUCAAGCUGGAUGAAGCCGGACAAGUCAAACUCACCGCCAAAGACUUCCAGACCGAGGCCAACCUCAUCGUCAAAGAGCCUCCGGUGGAGUUCACGAAGCCUCUGGAGGACCAGACGGUGGAGGAGGAAGCCACCGCCACGCUCGAGUGUGAAGUAUCCAGAGAGAAAGCAGAGGUACGAUGGUUCAGGGACGGACAGGAGAUCAGAAAGACCAAGAAGUACGAGAUGAUCGUCGACGGCCACAAGAGAGCGCUGGUCAUCCACGACUGCACUCUGGACGACUCGAAGACGUACGCCUGCGACGCUAAAGACUUCAAAACAUCCUGCUUCCUCAACGUUGAACCUCCACAUAUCGAGUUCAAGAAGCCGCUCCAUGAUGUCGAGGUCAAAGAGAAGGAAUCCGCCAGGUUUGAGUGUGAAGUCUCCAGAGAGAACGUCAAAGUCCGCUGGUUUAAGGAUGGAAGUGAAAUCAGAAAGGGGAAGAAGUACGAAAUUAUCGCUCAAGGCCGACAGCACAUCCUCAUCAUCCACAAGUCUGUGUUUGACGAUGAGGCCGAAUACGAAUGUGAGGCGAAGACCGCCAAAUCCUCCGGCAUGCUCACUGUCGUCGAGGAGGAGGCGAGGUUCACCAAGAACCUGUCCAACGUGGAGGGAACGGAGACGGACAGCGUGAAGCUGAUCUGCGAGGUCUCCAAACCCAGCGCUGAUGUUACCUGGUACAAAGGAGACCAAGAGCUGCCGGAGGGCGGCCGCUACGAGCACAUCGUGGACGGGAGGAGGAGGAUCCUCCUCAUCCAGGACCUGAAGUUGGCCGACACCGGAGAGUACAACUGCAGGCUGAGUCCCAGCAUCAAAACCUCCGGAAAUCUCAAGAUUAAUGAACUGGCUGCUGAGUUCAUCUCCAGGCCUCACAGCCAGGAGGUGGUUGAGGGCGAGAAGGCGGAGUUCACCUGCUCCGUCUCCAAGGACACCUACGACGUCAAAUGGCUGAAGGACGACAAGGAGCUGGAGGCGGGAGACAAAUACGAAAUGGUGAGCGACGGCAAGAGGCGAACUCUGGUCAUCAAGAACUGCGAGCUCAAAGACGAGGGCGGAUACGUGGUGAUGAUCGGACCGACCAGAGCCAGCGCUGACCUCACUGUGCUCGAGAAACUGAAGAUCAUCACGCCGCUGAAGGACAUGGAGGCCCAAGAAGGUCAGGAGAUCGUCCUGAACUGCGAGGUGAACACAGAGGGAGCGAAGGCCAAGUGGCUGAAGAACGACGACACGGUGUUUGAGAGCAGCAAGCACGUGAUGGUCCAGAGAGACAACGUCUUCUCCCUGAGGAUCAGAGACGCCACGAAGGGAGACGAAGCCAACUACAGCAUAAACCUGACCAAUCAGAGAGGGGAGCAGGCCAAGAGCGCCUGCAACCUCACCGUCAAAGAGGAGAGUCUGAGGAUUGUGGUUCCUCUGGAGGACAUCGACACUCAGGAGAAGAAGACCAUCAGCUUCUCCUGUAAGGUCAACCGGCCCAACGCCACUCUGAAGUGGAUGAAGGCCGGCGUCGAGAUCGCCUUCAACAAACGCAUCGUCUACAAAGUGGACAAAGACAAGCACACGCUGAUCAUCAAAGACUGCACGCUGGCGGACGAGGGCGAGUACACCGCCGUGGCCGGAGACAACAAGUCCACCGCAGAGCUGGUCAUCAGCGAGGCGCCCACGGACUUCUCCAUGCACCUGAAGGACCAGACCAUCACCGAGUUCGAGGACGCAGAGUUCACGUGCAAGCUGACCAAAGAGAAGGCCGACGCAAAGUGGUACAGAAACGGACGUGAGAUCAGAGAAGGGCCGAGAUAUACAAUUAAAAAAGAUGGAAAGAUGUGCACCUUGUGUAUCAAGGAGUGCAGACCUGACGAUGAGUGUGAAUACGCCUGUGGAGUGGACGAGAAGAGAUCCAGAGCCAGGCUCUUCGUGGAAGAGACCCCGGUGGAGAUCGUCAGACCUCCUCAGGACGUGUUUGAGCCUCCGGGCUCAGACGUCGUGUUCGAGGUGGAGCUCAACAAGGACAGAGUGGAGGUGAAGUGGCUGAGGAACAACAUGACGGUCGUCCAGGGAGACAAGUACCAGAUGAUGAGCGAGGGCAAAGUCCACAGACUGCAGGUCUGUGAGAUCAGACCUCGGGACCAGGGCGAGUACAGGAUCAUCGUCAAGGACAAAGACGCCAGAGCCAAGCUGGAGCUGGCAGCUGUCCCUCAGAUUAAGACCACAGACCAGAGCUACGUCACAGACGCCAGGAAGCCCAUCGUCAUGGCCGUCCCCUACAGCGCCUACCCGCAGGCCGAGGCCGACUGGCUGUACAACAACUUGAGCCUGCCGAAAGACAACAUCUACACGUCCGCCGACCGCACGGAGUACCGGCUGAAGGACCCCCUGAAGUCCGACGAGGGCCGCUACAAGAUCAUCAUCAAGAACAAACACGGAGCGGGAGAAGCCUUCAUCACCCUGGACGUCAUCGAUGUCCCUGGACCCGUGAAGAACCUGCAGGUGGUCGACACCGCCGAUGGCGAGGUCAGCCUGGCGUGGGAGGAGCCUGAGAGCGAUGGCGGCAGCAAGGUCAUCGGCUACGUGGUGGAGAGACGUGACGUGAAGCGUAAGACCUGGACGCUGGCCACCGACCACGCCGAGAGUCCCGAGUACACGGUGACCGGCCUCCACAAGGACUCCAUGUACCUGUUCAGAGUCUGCGCCCGAAACAGGGUCGGCAGCGGACCCAACGUAGAGACCGACAAACCUGUACAGGCCAAGAACAAGUUUGACGUUCCUGAUGCUCCUCUGAACGUCAUCGUGGGAAACGUCACCAAGUUCGGCUGCACCGUCUCCUGGGAGCCUCCCGAGUCGGACGGAGGCUCUCCCAUCACCUCUUACAUCAUCGAGCUGCGCGACAGGACGUCGGUGAAGUGGUCGCCCGUCCACAUAACCAAAAAAGACGAGCUCAGCGCCGUCAUUAACGACGUCAUUGAGAACAAAGAGUACAUCUUCAGAGUCAAGGCUCAGAACAAAGCCGGUGUCGGCAAGCCCAGCGCCGCCUCGCAGCCCGUCAAGAUCAUGGAUCCCAUCGAGCGUCCCAGUCCCCCUCUGAACCUGGUCUGGCAGGACCAGAACAAGAACUCGGUGCAGCUCACCUGGGAAACUCCUCUGAAGAACGGAGGCAGCAUGAUUACCGGGUACAUCAUCCAACGCUGCGAAGACGGCACCGACAAGUGGCUCCGCUGCAACGCCCGCCUCUGCCCCGACCUCUUCUACAAGGUGUCUGGUCUGAAAUAUGGAACCAAGUACAACUACAAAGUAUGUGCUGAAAACGCAGCCGGAGUCUCCGACCCGUCGAACAUCAUUGGACCGCUGCUGGCCGACGACCCACACGUGGGUCCGACCUUUGACCUGAGCGCUUUCAAAGACGGCCUGGAGGUGAUCGUCCCUCAGCCUCUCACCAUCAGAGUCCCCAUCAGCGGGUACCCGACCCCCGUCGCCAAGUGGACCUUCGGAGAGAAGGAGUUGACCGCCGCCGAUGAACGUGUCACCUUGACGACCAAGUCGACGUUCACAGAGCUGAUCGUCACGCCAAGCGUCCGCCCGGACAAAGGCUCCUACACCCUGCAGCUGGAAAACGACGUCACAUCCGUCUCUGGAGAGGUCGAAGUCAACGUCAUCGCGGCGCCCAGCGCUCCGAAGGAUUUCAAGGUCCUGGAGGUGACCCGGCAGCACGUCCACCUGAGCUGGGAGGCUCCGGAGCAUGACGGAGGAAGCCCCCUGACCGGCUACCAGGUGGAGAAACGGGACGUGUCCCGUAAGACCUGGGUCAAGGUGAUCACAGGUAUCCAGGAUCAGGAGUUCACGGUCAGCGACGUGGUUGAAGGGAAGGAGUAUCUGUUCAGAGUCACCGCCUGCAACAAGUGUGGACCAGGAGAGCCGGCCUACAUCGACGAGCCCGUCAACGUCUCCUCUCCUGCCACCCCCCCCGACCCUCCGGAGAACCUGAGGUGGAGAGACAAGUCAGCCAGCGGCAUCUUCCUGACCUGGGAGCCGCCGAAGUACGAUGGCGGCACCGGUAUCCGAGGCUACAACGUGGAGCGCUGCCAGAGAGGAACCGACAAAUGGGAGCCCUGCGGGGACAUGGUGCCCGAGCUUAAGUGCCAGGUAACCGGUCUGACCGAGGGCCAGUGGUACGCCUACAGAGUCCGAGCCCUGAACAGACUCGGAGCCAGCCGGCCCUGCAAGGCCACAGACGAGAUCCAGGCCGUUGAUCCUAAAGAGCCUCCAGAGAUCCAACUGGAUGCCAAGCUGCUGGCCGGUCUGACAGCCAAGGCUGGCAGCAAGAUCGAACUCCCCGCCGAGGUGACAGGUAAGCCCGAGCCCCGGGUCAAAUGGACCAAGGCCGACCUGGUCCUCAAACCAGACGACAGGGUGUCCAUCGACACCAAGCCGGGACACUCCACCGUCACCAUCGCCAAGACCACGAGAGAUGACACCUCCACCUACAUCAUAGAGGCCACCAACAGCAGCGGCCGCGCCACUGCCACCGUCGACGUCAACAUCCUCGAUAAGCCCGGCCCUCCGGCUGCCUUCGACAUCUCUGAGAUCACCAAUGAGUCCUGCUUCCUGGCCUGGAACCCUCCGCGUGACGAUGGCGGCUCCAAAGUCACCAACUACAUCGUUGAGCGCCGGGCUGCCGACAGUGAGAUCUGGCACCGGCUGUCCUCCACCGUUAAACAGACCACGUACAAAGCUGUGGGCCUGGUCAAGUUCAAGGAGUACAUCUUCAGAGCCUUUGCUGAGAACCAGUUUGGUGUCGGCCCACCGGCUGAACACCCAUCCAUCAUCGCCAGAUACCCCUUCGACACUCCUGGAGCUCCUUACAAGCUGGAGCCUUCAGAUAUCGCCAAGGACUCUGUGACUCUGAACUGGUACGAGCCUGAAGAGGACGGAGGAAGCCCCAUCACUGGAUACUGGGUGGAGAGAUAUGAACCUGACCACGACAGAUGGAUGAGAUGCAACAAGCUGCCCAUCAAGGACACCAACUACAGAGUCAAAGGUCUUCCCACCAGGAAGAAGUACAAGUUCAGAGUCCUAGCUGAGAAUCUGGCCGGAACUGGAAAACCCAGCAAGGAGACAGAUCCGAUCCUUGUCAAAGAUCCUAUCGAUCCUCCAUGGCCUCCCGGUAAACCCACGGUGAAGGAUGUGGCUAAGACUUCCUGCUUCCUGAUGUGGACCAAACCAGAGCACGACGGCGGAGCAAAGAUCGACAGCUACGUCAUUGAGAUGCUCAAGAGCGGCACUGUGGACUGGAUCCGCGUUGCAGAGGACAUCAGCAUCCUGGAGCACUUCCUGAAGGGCCUCAUGGAAAAGCAGGAGUACUCAUUCAGGGUGCGAGCCGUUAACGUGGCCGGGGAGAGCGAACCCAGCGAACCCAGUGAUCCAGUGCUCUGCAAAGAAAGACUCAACCCUCCUACGGCUCCUCGCUGGUUGGAGGUCAUCAGCAUCAGCAGGAACAGCGCCGAGCUGAAGUGGACGGUGCCCGAGCGCAAUGGAGGCUCGGCCAUCACCAACUACGUGGUGGAGAAACGUGACGUCAGGCGUAAAGGUUGGCAGGCUGUUGAUACCACGGUCAAGGAGCUAAAGUAUACCGUGACGCCGCUCAACGAAGGAUCGCUCUACGUGUUCCGCGUCGCAGCCGAGAACGCUGUGGGCGUCGGACCGUUCUGCGAGCUGCCUGACUCUGUGCUGGCCAAAGACACUUUCACUACUCCCGGGCCACCAUACGCCCUUACUGUUGACGCUGUGAGCAAGAGAUAUGUGGACCUGCAGUGGGAGGAACCUAAAAAUGACGGUGGCAGACCCAUACUCAGGUAUUCGCUUGAGAAGAAGGAGAAGCUUGGAACUCGCUGGGUGAAGUGCGGGAAGACUUCCGGUCCAGACUGUAAGUACAGAGUGACAGACGUCAUCGAGGGAACAGAGGUUCAGUUCCAGGUCAGAGCCGAGAACGAGGCCGGCGCCGGUCAUCCGAGCGAGCCCACUGAGAUCCUCACCAUCGAAGACCCAACAGGUGCCCCAUCACCGCCCGUUGAGCUGCACGUUACCGGUGCCAGCCGGGACUUCCUGUCCAUCGCCUGGAAGCCUCCACAGAGGGAUGGCGGAUGUCCCAUCAGCGGCUACCACAUUGAGAUGUGCCAGGCUGGGACAGAGAAGUGGAUGAGGGUUAACUCCCGUCCAGUGAAGGAGCUGAAGUAUCGAGUGGAGGAGGGCGUGGUCCCCGAGAAGGAAUAUAUCCUGAGAGUUCGAGCCAUCAACGCUGUUGGAGUCAGCGAGCCCUCCGACAUCUCUGAGAACGUCUUCGCCAAAGAAUCUGACUGUAACCCGACGCUGGAGUUCCAGACUCUGGACCUGGUUGUUGUGGAAACAGAGAAGCUGCACAUCCCGGUUCCCUUCAGCGCCGUCCCCUCGCCCAGAAUCACCUGGCACAAAGACGGCAAGGAGCUGAAGGCCGACGAACGCCUCGGCUUCAGGUCGGAGUAUACUUCCUGUCACCUGGAGAUCGACAGCAGCCUUCACGCUGAUGCCGGACAGUACAAAGUUACUCUGGAGAACAAACUGGGAGCCGCCAGCGCCACCAUCAACGUCAAAGUCAUCGGUCUUCCUGGUCCCUGUAAGGAAAUUGUGGCCUCUGAGAUCACAAAGAGCUCCUGUAAAGUGACCUGGGAGCCUCCGGACUACGACGGCGGCAGCCCCAUCCUUCACUACGUCCUGCAGCGGCGUGAGGCCGGCAGGAGGACAUAUGUCAACAUGAUGUCCGGAGAAAACAAGCUGAGCUGGACCGUCAAAGACCUCAUUCCCAACGGAGAGUACUACUUCAGAGUCCAGGCCGUCAACAAGAUCGGAGGAGGAGAGUUCCUUGAGCUCCGCAACCCGGUCAUCGCAGAGGACCAGAAACAUGCUCCCGACCCUCCGGUGGACGUGGAGACCCACAACCCCACAUCCAGCACCGUCACCCUGACCUGGAAGCCUCCCAUGUAUGACGGCGGCUGCAAGAUCAUGGGCUACAUCCUGGAGAAGCAGCAGAAGGGCGAGGACAAGUGGGAGAGAUGCAACGACUUCCUGGUGCCCGUCCUGUCCUACACCGUCAGAGGGCUGACGGAGGGCAAGAACUAUACCUUCAGAGUCACAGCUGAAAACGCCGCCGGGCUCAGUGAGCCGUCACGCAGCCCACCGUUCGUCAAGGCCUCCAAUACCAUUGACCCUCCGAAGGUUUUCCUGAGCGGCAGCCUGCAGUCUGGCCUCAGCGUGAAACGCGGUUACGAGAUCUGCCUGGACGCCAAUAUCUCUGGCUCGCCGUACCCAGAGAUCACUUGGUAUUGGAACAACCAGGUGAUCCGGCCCGAGCCGCUCCGCAAGAGGCCCGAAAGACCCCUGAAGAAGAAGGUGGAGAAGAAGGAGGAGGUGAAGAAAGAGGAGGGAGAGGCCGAGAAGAAAGAGGAGAAGAAGGAGGGAGAGGAAAAGAAGGAGGAGGAGAAGAAGGAGGGAGAGGUGAAAGAAGGAGAGGAGAAGAAGGAGGAGGAGAAGAAGAAGGAAGAAGAGGCGGCAGAGCCGGAGGUGGAGGAGACCGACUACCCGACGAUAAACGAGCGUCUGGCCAUCGACAACAGCCGCAGAGGAGCGUCCUCUGUCGUCAUCAGGGACUCGUUCCGUGCCGACCACGGCGUCUACAUGGUGAAGGUGGAGAACGACCACGGCAUCGCCUCGGCGACCUGCGAGGUCAACGUGCUCGAUACGCCCGGGCCUCCGGUGAACUUCAGAUUUGAGGAGGUCAGGAAGAGCUCUGUGAUUUGCAAGUGGGAUCCUCCUCUGGAUGACGGCGGCAGUGAGAUCCUCAACUACACUCUGGAGAAGAAGGACAACUCAAAGGUGGAGAUCGGCUGGAGCAGCGUCACCUCCACACUGAGAGGAUGCCGCUACCUGGUGCCCAAGCUCAUUGAGAAAAAGGAGUACAUCUUCAGGGUCAGGGCCGAGAACAAGCACGGCGCCGGCCCAUUCUGCGUCUCCAAACCACUCAUCGCCAAAAAUCCUUUCGAAACUCCCGAGGCUCCUGAUAAGCCACAGAUUGAUGACAUUACAGCCCACAGCAUGCUGGUCACCUGGAACCAGCCAAACGACAACGGCAGCCCCAUUUUGGGAUACUGGGUGGAGCGCCGCGAGAUCAACAGCUCACACUGGGCCCGUGUCAACAGGGACAUGGUCCCUGACACUGAGCUGAAUGUUGAAGGUCUACUGGAGGGGCUGACUUACAUAUUCAGGGUCGCGGCUGAAAACCAGGCCGGCCCCGGAAAGUUCAGCGCCCCCUCCGAACCCAAGACAGCUCAGGCUCCAAUCCUACCUCCUGGACCUCCAACUGCCCGAGUGGUGGAGACUACCGACCACUCCAUUGACGUGGAGUGGGACCCACCUGCUGACAAUGGUGGAGGAGAGAUCCUGGGAUACCACGUGGAUAAGGCCAUGGCUGGUACAAAGGACUGGUCCAGGUCUACAGAGCGUCCCUGGAAGACUCGGGCCUUCACUGUCUAUGGAGUCCGAGAGGGAGCCAAGUACCUAGUCAGAGUCAUCGCCUGCAACGCUGCCGGAGAGGGAACACCAGGAUUCACAGAGUCUGUGUUCGUCAGGAAUCCUGCAGAGUUGCCAGUGAUUGAACUGGCCCUGUCCGUCAAGAACGGUGUAGUCAUCAGAGCCGGCGAGACACUUCUUGUACCCGCUACAGUCACAGGUAAACCCUACCCAUCCAUCACCUGGACCAAGGACAACAGCAAACCUGACAAAGACCGUGUGGAGAUCCUCACAGAGGGCAAUGACAGCAUUGUUUCAAUCAAGAACGUCCAGAGGAAGGACUGCGGCAAAUACCAGAUCUCUGCUUGCAACCCCAGUGGCAGCAAGUCUGCUUCAACCAGAGUGGAGGUCAUGGACGUCCCCGGACCUGUGACGGACCUCAAGCCCGUUGUUGUCACUCGCAAGAUGAUCUUCCUGAACUGGGACGACCCUGAGGAUGAUGGAGGCAGCGACCUGACCGGCUUCAUCGUGGAGCGAAGAGACCUUAAGAUGCACACAUGGAGGCAGCCUAUUGAAACCGCCUCCUCCAAGUGCGAGUGCGUGGGCAUCAUGGAGGGACAGGACUACAUGUUCCGCGUCAUUGCCAAGAACAAGUAUGGCAUGGGCCCACCCGUAGAGCUUGGACCCAUUAAGGCUGUGGACCCACAGGGCCCACCAUCGUACCCUGAGAAGUUCCACUACACCGAGCGCACCAAGAACUCCAUCACGCUGACCUGGAAGCCACCGCGUAAUGAUGGCGGAAGCCCUGUAAUCGGCUACUUCGUUGAAAAGAAGAGGCAGGACCAGCAGGCCUUUGAACUCUGCAACACAGAGAUCUGCCCCAACAUGACCAUGACUGUAGAGGGCCUAGAAGAAGACUGGAUGUAUGAGUUCAGGAUCAAGUGCGCCAACCUACUGGGAGAGAGCGAGCCAUCCAUCCCAUUCACUGUGGUCAUCCAAGACGAUGAAGUGGCUCCUGAGGUCCACAUGCUGAAGCACUUCAAAGGUGAUUCAAUUAUUGUGAGGAAGGGUGAGCCCAUUGAGAUCCCAGCUGAUGUCCUGGGCCUCCCCAUCCCUAAGAUCGAGUGGACAAAGGAUGACGUGGUGAUCGCGCCCACCGAGACUCUGCUGAUAGAGACGGUGGAGACCGGCCGGAUGAACUGCAAGACCACGCUGUCCAUCCCAGCAGCCAACAGGAGGGACCGCGGCAGCUACACCGUGUCUGCGUCUAACAACAUGGGCUCAGCCAAGCACACCACUACUGUCAUGGUGCUGGACCGGCCACUUCCACCCAGGAAUUUGGCAGUGUCCAACAUCAGGGCGGAGUCUUGCUACCUCAACUGGGACGCACCGCUGGAUAAUGGUGGCAGCGAGCUGACCAACUACAUUAUUGAGAAGAAGCAUGUAGUAAAAGAGGAGCCGGAGCUGGAAGAAGGUCAAGAAGCUCCACCUGAACCACAGUGGGAACAGGUUACCAACAGCAUCAUUGAGAGGAAAUAUGGGGUGUGGAACCUGGAGACCAAUAAGACCUACUUGUUCCGGGUUAAAGCCGAGAAUCGCUAUGGUAUAUCCGACCCCUGCACAACAGAGGAAGUCCAGAUCACAGACCCAUUCGGCCUUCCAGGCCCUCCAGAGAAACCAACCAUCGCAGAGUACUCCAAGACCUCCAUGACGCUAACCUGGGAGCCUCCCAGAGACAACGGCGGGUCUAUGAUUAUUGGCUACUGGCUGGAGAAGAGGGAGAAAGGCACUGCCUACUGGGCCAAAGUCAACAAGGUGCCAGUCACCAAGAGGGGCAUGAAAGGCUGGGAUUACCAGGUGACUCGUCUGAUCGAAGGAACAGAGUAUGAGUUCAGGGUUGCUGCCUGCAAUUCUGCAGGAACUGGACCAUUCAGUGGACCAUCCGACUCUGCUUUCGCUGUCGACCCACUCACUCCUCCUAGCAUGCCUGCAGCUCCUGUGGUGGCUGAUAAGACGAAGCACAGUGUCACGUUGUCCUGGAGUCCACCAGAGAGGGACGGAGGAAGCCCCAUCAAGGGCUACAUUAUCCAGAUCCAAGGUGAGGGCACAUCUGAUUGGGUGAGGGUCAACGACCCCGACACGCUGCACCCCACCACUGAGUUCACCGUGCCGAGCCUUCGCGAGCUGAAAAGGUUCCGCUUCAGGAUCAUCGCUGUCAACGACAUCGGCGAGUCCGACCCCAGCCCCCGCACCAGCGAGGUUCUCAUCGAGGAUGUCAAACUUGCGCCUUCUAUCGAUAUUCACGUAAUGGCCGACGAUCUGCUGUGCAUCCGUGCCGGAGAUCCGAUCAAGAUCCCCGCCAGCAUCAAGGGUCGCCCUGUUCCCAAGGUAACCUGGGACUAUGAUGGCAAAGCCAAGUCGCACAAGAAGAACAAGCUGCACACACUGCCUGUGGACUCUGAGGUUGAGUCUACUGACACCACGUCCACUGUGACCAUCCCCGUCAGUCUGAGGAGUCACUCUGGACGCUACACCAUCACCGCCAAGAACAAGUCCGGACAGAAACAUGUCAACGUCAGAGUCAAUGUCCUCGAUGUCCCCGGAGCUCCAAAGGAGCUGAGGGUUACUGACAUCAGCCGGUCAACCAUGAGACUGAUCUGGAAACUACCAGACAACGAUGGAGGAGAGAGAAUCAAGAGCUACUUUAUCGAGAAGAAAUGUGUCACUGACAAGGCCUGGACGAAGGUGAAUGCAGCCUGUGCUAGCCAGGCCUACGUCGUGCCAGGUCUGCUGGAAGGUCAGGACUACCUGUUCAGGGUUCGUGCUGAGAACAGACUUGGAUUCGGCCCGUUCACUGUCACCAGUGAACCCGCCCGGGCCAGAGACCCCAUCUACCCACCCGACCCCCCCACCAAGCUGAAGGUCAACCUGGUGACGAAGACCACCACCACUCUGAGCUGGGAGCCUCCCAAAAACAAUGGCGGCGCGCCGGUGAAGCAUUACAUUAUUGAGCGUUUGAGCUGGGACACCAGCGGCAAGGAGAAGGAGACCUGGAAGCAGUGCAACAAGAGGGAUGUGGAGGAGCUCACCUUCGUGGUGGAGGACCUGAAGGAGGGAACAGAAUAUGAGUUCAGAGUAAAAGCUGUGAACGCCGCUGGACCCAGCCGACCCUCCACCACUGCUGGACCCCUGGUCAUCAAGGAUCAGACAUGCGCUCCCACCAUUGAGCUGCGUGAGGCCAUGGAGGGCGAGGAGGGCUGUGAUGUCAGCGUUGUGGCGAGGGUGAGCGGCUGUCCUUUCCCCACGCUCACCUGGCAGAAGGCCAGCCUGGCCAAGCCUGAGGAGAAGGCCGCCAUCCAUUACGACCAGCACAUCAACAAACUGGUGACCCAGGACAAGUGCACGCUGCUGAUCCAGCAGGCCAGCAGGCUCGACAGCGCCCUCUACAGCCUGACAGCCAGCAACAGCCUAGGCAGCGUCACCAAGGACAUCAAGCUCAGCGUGCUUGGACCUCCCGGCCCACCUGUCGGACCAAUCAAAUUUACCGAGGUGUUUGCGGACAGGAUCGGCCUUGCCUGGAACCCCCCCACAGACGACGGCGGAUCCAAGAUCACCAACUACGUGGUUGAGAAGCGCGAGGACAACAGGAAGUCCUGGGUCCACGUUUCCAACGACCCCAAGGAGUGUGCCUACACGGUGAACCGGCUGACGGAGAACCACCAGUACGAGUUCAGAGUCAUGGCCCAGAACAAGUUUGGAGUCGGGCCACCGGUGGUCAGCGAGCAGGAGAAAGCCAGAAACCUCUUCACCGUCCCGGGUCAGUGUGAGAAACCGACUGUGACAGACGUCUGUCUGGAGUCCAUGACCGUCAACUGGGACGAGCCUAAAUACGACGGCGGCUCCUCCAUCACCGGCUACAUCGUCGAGAAGAAGGAGACCACCGCCAAGCGCUGGGCCCGCGUCACCCGCGAGCCAAUCCGCGCUCUGCCGCUGGGCAACAACUGGGACGUCACUGGCCUGCUGGAGGGCGCCAUGUACCAGUUCAGGGUCAUCGCUGUCAAUGCCGCCGGCUGUGGUCUUCCCAGCCUGCCUUCUGACCCCAUACUCUGCAGAGACCCCAUCAAGCCUCCCGGGCCGCCGACCCCGAAGGUGACGGACUGGACGAAGUCGACGGUGGAGCUGGAGUGGAUCCCGCCUCAGGUGGACGGAGGGUCAAAAGUCACAGGCUACAUCCUAGAGUACCAGGAAGUGAACAAGGAGGAGGAGGAGAAAAAGGCUCAGAGGAAGCUGCUGAUGAUGAGCGAGGAGGAGGAGAAGGAGCCCGAGAGCGAGGAGGGCUGGGAGAAGGCGAAGGACACAGAGAUCAGAGGAACCAAGUUCGUGGUGGCUGGCCUGAAGGAAGGUGGUCUGUACCGCUUCAGAGUCCGAGCAGUGAACGCCGCCGGAGAAGGAGAUCCAGGACUCGUGUCUGAGCUGAUCGAGCUCAAAGACAGAACAAUUCCUCCUGAGAUGGACCUGGACGCCUCGGUGAAGGAGAAAAUCGUGGUCCACGCCGGUGGCACCAUCCGCAUCAUCGCCUACGUGUCCGGUAAACCCGCACCGCAGAUCACCUGGUGCAGAGACGACGGCGAGGUGCCCAAAGAGGCCGUGGUGGAGACGACGGGCAUUUCGAAUUCGCUGAUCAUCAAGAACUGCAAACGCCAACACCAGGGCAUGUACACGCUGAGUGCCAAGAACGAGGGCGGAGAGAGGAAGAAGGCCAUCAUCGUCGAGGUCCUGGAUGUCCCCGGACCGGUUGGUGUCCCCUUCGCCGGCGAGAACCUGACCAACGACUCCUGCAAACUGACCUGGUACUCCCCCGAGGACGAUGGCGGCUCAGCCAUCACCAACUACAUCAUCGAGAAGAGGGAGUCGGACCGCAUGGGCUGGACCUCGGUGUCCUACACGGUGACGAGGAACAACGCCGUGGUGCAGGGACUCAUCGACGGCAAGGGCUACUUCUUCAGGAUCGCAGCUGAGAACAUCAUCGGCAUGGGACCUUUCAUUGAGACCGACAAGAUGGUUCUCAUCAAGGACCCCAUCUCCGUCCCGGAGCGUCCGGAGGACCUGAUCAUCACCGCAAUUACCAAGGACUCUAUCUCUGUUGCCUGGAGACCGCCCAAGUACGACGGUGGCGCCGAGGUGACCGAGUACGUCCUUGAGUCUCGCAUGAUCGGAAAGGACAACUUCACGCGGAUAGGUGGAGAGGACAAGCUGCUGGAUAAGAAGUUCACACUGACAGGACUGAAGGACGGCUCGAGCCACGAGUUCAGAGUCUCCGCCAUCAACCAGGUGGGACAGGGCAAACCGUCCUUCGCCUCUAAGCCUGUACAGUGCAAGGACGAGCUUGAACCACCCACUCUGGACCUGGACUUUAGGGACAAGAUGAUGGUGAAGGUGGGAGACACCUGCACACUGUCGGGACGCUACAGUGGUAAACCAGCCCCGGCUAUCGCCUGGACAAAGAAUGGAGAGGAGCUGAAGGCGGAUGACGAGAUCGGCCUCCACAGCACCACCCGCCACCUCAGCCUGACCAUCAGCAAGACCAAGAGAGAGCACAGCGGCCUCUACUGCGUCAGCGUGGAGAACGCCGCUGGGACUCGCACAGGACUCUGCACCAUCACCGUGGUCGACCGUCCUCAGCCUCCCAUGGGCCCCGUGGUGUUCAACGAGGUCUACAGGAACUACAUGGUGAUCUCCUGGAACCCUCCUCUGGACGACGGAGGCUGCGCUAUCUCCAACUAUAUCAUCGAGAAGAGAGACACCAACAGAGACCUGUGGAUGCCUGUCACCUCGUCCUGUACCAGGACCACCUGCAAGGUGCCGAAGCUGAUCGAGGGUCGCGAUUACAUCAUCAGGAUCAUGGCUCAGAACAUCUACGGCAUCAGCGACCCCCUGCUGUCCGCAGAAUCCAAGGCUAAAGACAUCUUCAAGGUGCCCGACGCUCCUAAACAGCCCACGGUAAAGGAGGUUUACCAUGACUCCGCCCUCGUCAGCUGGGAGCCACCUGCCGACGGAGGGAAACCUAUCACAGGCUACAUCGUGGAGAGGAAGGAGACCAUGGCCAACAGGUGGGUUCGCUGCAACACAGAGAGAAUCCAUCCGAAGGUGGAGUACUGGGUGACGGAGCUGCUGCAAGGCUGUGAGUACGAGUUCAGAGUCAGCGCUGAGAAUGAGGUGGGAGCCGGAGACCCGAGCCCACCAUCCAAACCCGUCUUCGCCAAAGAUCCCAUCGUGAAACCCAGUCCACCGGUGAACCUCCAGGUCAUCGACUUCACCAAGGAGUCAGUCACUCUGUCCUGGCAGCCUCCCACCGACACCGGCCGAGGAAAGAUCUUCGGAUACCUGCUGGAGUUCCAGAAGGCUGGAGAGGAGGAGUGGAGCAAGGUGAACCAGACUCCAGACUCCUGCCAGGAGACCAAAUUUAAGGUGAUCGGCCUGGAUGACGGUGCUCUGUACCGCUUCAGAGUCAUGGCUGUUAACGCUGCCGGAGAGUCUGACCCGGCUAACUUGAAAGAGCCAAUCAGAGUGCAGGACAGACUUGAGGCCCCAGAGCUGAUUCUGGAUGCCGGAAUGACCCGAGAGGUGAAGGCCAUGGCCGGUACUCACAUCACCCUGAUGGCCUUCAUCAAAGGCGUCCCGUUCCCCACCGUCACCUGGAAGAAGAACGACGCCGAGGUGCCCACCAGGGCCGACAUCGAGACCAACCAGGAAGGCACCAAGCUGGAGAUGAGGUUCUGUAACCGUGGUGACUGUGGAGACUACACCCUAACUGUGGAGAACUCCGUUGGAUCAAAGACCGCAACAUGCACCGUGCUAGUCCUUGAUAAACCUGGUCCCAUCCAGCACCUUCGGGUUUCUGACAUCAGGAGUGACUCCGCCUACCUGUCCUGGAAGGACCCAGAGGACAACGGCGGUGCUCGUCUCACUAACUUUGUGGUGGAGAAAAAAGACACUGCGUCCACUCAGUGGGUCCCUGUCUGCUCAACAUCCAAGAAACGCAGCAUGAUGCUGAAGCACCUGAUGGAGGGCACAUCGUACUCGUUCAGAGUCGCUGCUGAGAACCAGUACGGCCGCAGCGAAUACGUCGAGACACCAAAGGCCAUCAAAGCAAUGAACCCACUCUUCCCUCCUGGUCCACCUAAAGACCUGCACCAUGACGACGUUGACAAAACUGAAGUGUGGUUGGUCUGGAACUGGCCCGACCGCAAUGGGGGAAGUGAGAUCACAGGCUUCCUGGUGGAGUAUCAGGAAGAGGGAGAGAAGGAGUGGGACGAGUGGAAGACCGUCAGCAUCCCUGAGAGUCAUGUGACUGGUCUGGAGGAAGGAAAGACCUAUCGCUUCAGAGUAAGGGCUGAGAACGCCAUUGGCCUUAGCAGACCCGACACCACCGUGCCCAUCCUCUGCCAGGAGAAACUGGUGCCUCCAAUUGUCGAGGUGGACGUUAAGCUCACUGAAGGCAUCAUUGUGAAGGCUGGCUCCACCAUCAGGCUGCCAGCUAUCAUGAGAGGAAUCCCCGUUCCCACUGCCAAGUGGACCAUUGAAGGAGAGGAGAUCACCAGCCAGGGUAAUGUCAAGAUCGACACUGACAACUUCUCCACUGUGCUCAGCAUUAAUGACUGCACCAGGCACCACACCGGCACCUACCUCCUCACCGUGUCCAACCCAGCUGGAACCAAGACAGUGGCCUUGAACGUCACUGUCCUGGAUGUUCCCGCUGCUCCCAUUGGACCUGUCAACAUCCUGGAGGUCACUCCAGACUCCAUGAUGAUUGAAUGGCGUCCUCCCAAGGAUGAUGGCGGUAGCCCCGUCACCAACUACAUUGUGGAGAAGAGAGAGUCCAGCAAGGAGACCUGGGGAUGUGUGAGCUCUGGAAGCCUCGCUACCAGUCUCAAUAUCACUCGCCUGCAGAGGGGAACAGAGUAUGUGGUUCGCAUUCGUGCUGAGAACAAGAUGGGCAUCGGCGCUCCUCUGGAGAGCAAACCCACUGUCGCCGAGCACACCUUCAUGCCACCCAGCCCGCCUGGUAAGCCACAGCCCUCUGAUAUCGCAGAGGAUGCUGUUACACUCGGCUGGACCAUGCCCUUGGCUGAUGGUGGCAGCCAGAUAACUGGCUACAUCAUCGAGCGCAGACACAAGGGAGGAAAAUGGAUCCGUGUCAACAAGACGCCCUGUAAGGACCUGAGGUACAGAGUCCUGGGUCUGUUUGAGGGUAAUGAGUACGAGUUCAGAGUGUUUGCUGAGAACAUUGCCGGCUACAGUGGCCCCUCUCCCACCUCUGAUCCAUGCAAACCGUGUAGGCCCAUCACUGUCCCCAGCCCCCCUGUCAACCCCAAAGUUAAAGAUUACAGCAAGACUACCGCUGACCUGGUGUGGACCAAACCCAACAAAGACGGAGGCAGUCCCAUCCUGGGCUACACUGUGGAAAUGAAGAAGGCCGACACUGAAGAAUGGAAAAAAGUGAACCUGGACAACUUCAUCAAGCAGUGUGCCUACACUGUGAAGGGUCUGGAGGAGGGCGUGACCUACAGAUUCAGAGUCUAUGCUUCCAACAUGAUUGGAGAUGGAGAGUCCAGAGAAGUCCCAGAGUCCAUCACUGCUCAGGACAUCCUUAUUCCUCCAGAGAUUGAGAUGGAGGUCACCUGCCGCGAGCGUGUUACUGUGCGUGUCGGACACAACAUCAACAUCAUUGGCUACAUCAAGGCUCGUCCUGACCCAGAAGUGCUUUGGUCAAAGGAGGAGACCGUUCUGGAGAACAGCAAACGUGUCACCAUCAUUCAGAACUUCCCUGUGGUCCACUUGAGGAUCAAAGAGGCCACAAGAGCUGACCAUGGCAAAUACGUCCUGAAGGUUUCAAAUGAGGGCGGUGAGGCCUCUUGCACAAUCACAGUCAAUGUGUUAGACAGACCCAGCCACUGCCAGAACCUGCACACAACCUAUGCCACCAAGGACUCAUGCAUGAUCAAUUGGGAGGCCCCUAAGGACAACGGUGGAUCCGAGAUCACCAACUACAUUGUGGAGUGUCGUGAACCCAGCAUUAGCAUGUGGUCUAUGAUCUCUUCCAACUGCACCAAUCGCAAGAUCAAAACCAAGCUCAUGGAGGGCCAUGAGUACCUGUUCCGUGUCUGCGCCGAAAACAAGGUUGGACCAGGACCUUGUGUGGAGACCAAGACCCCUCUGCUUGCCAUCGACCCCAUUGAGAAGCCCGGUGAGCCUGAGAACUUCAGAGCCACUGACAUUGGUAAAAACUACGUCUAUUUGAGAUGGAGGAAGCCUGACUAUGAUGGUGGCAGCCCCAACAUCUCCUACAACCUGGAGUGCCAAGCCAAAGAUGCUGAGGAGUGGACGAAACUCAACACGGGCACUCUCACCGACACCUUCUUCCUGGCUGACAAGUGCACUGAGAACCAUACGUACACGUUCAGGGUGCAGACCGUUAAUGAAGGAGGAGAGAGUGCCUGGGUAAAACUUGCCGACAUUCUGGUGAAAGAGGAGAUCCAGAAGCCUGUCAUUGACCUGAAGCUGGCUGGAGCUUUGACAGUGAAGGCCGGAGAGUCAGUCAGGAUGGAGGCCGGCCUGAGAGGAAAGCCCCAGCCUGAGGUCAAAUGGACCAAAGACAAGGCUGUCGGAGACAACCCCAGAAUCAGCUAUGAGACUGGCCCAGACUACUCCAAGUUCCUUUUGGUCAAAUCCAGACGCACUGACACUGGAAAGUAUAUCAUUACAGCCACCAACCCGGCCGGCACCUUCACGGCAUACGCCAAUGUUAACGUCCUGGACGUCCCUGGCCCCGUGAGGAACCUCAGGCUUACGGGAAUUGGAGCCGACAAGUGCAGAGUGGUGUGGGACGGUCCAGAGGAUGAUGGAGGUUGCGAGGUGGACAGCUACAUCCUUGAGAAAUGCGAGACCAGGAGGAUGGUCUGGUCCACAUACUCCGCCUCUGUGGUCACACCGUACUGCAACGUCACUCGUCUGGUGGAGGGUAAUGAGUACAUCUUCAGAGUGAGGGCUGAGAACAAGAUGGGAACUGGCCCUGCCAUGGAGAGCAAGCCUGUCACUGUCAAGACUCAGUUCAGCAAACCUGGACCCCCUGAAGCCCCUGAGGUCACCAAGGUCAGUAAAGAUGAGAUGACUGUUGUCUGGGCUCCUCCUGAGAAUGAUGGAGGAAAGUCAAUCACCGGCUACAUCCUGGAGAGGAAAGAGAAGAGGGCAGUGCGCUGGGUUCCCUGCACCAAGAGCCCCAUCUCAGAGAGGCGCAUGAAAGUCACCAACCUGAUUCCCAACCAUGAGUACCAGUUCAGGGUGAAGGCAGAGAACGAGGUCGGCCUGGGAGAGCCCAGCAAACCUUGCAGACCCGUUGCAGCCAAAGAUCCCAUCGAGCCCCCUGGUCCCCCUGCAGGUCUGAAGGUGGGCGACAGCACCAAGACCUCAAUCACCCUGUCCUGGUCUAAACCUGUGUACGAUGGUGGUGCCCCCAUUAUCAACUACAGCCUGGACAUGAGGCUGAAAAGCGAGGCAGAUCCUGAGAAGCCCACAGAGGGCUGGAAGAGAAUUGACACCCAUGGCCCAUUGGUACUCACAGAGUUCACCAUCGGCCAGCUGGAUGAGAAGGUGGAGUACGAAUUCAAGGUGUCCGCCCAAAAUCAGGUGGGCUGGGGACGCCACGCCUACUUGAAGGAAGCCGUCUCCCCCAAGGAGAUCCUGGAGGCUCCAGAGAUUGACCUGGAUGCCAGUCUGAGGAAAGGCCUAGCUGUCAGGGCAGGCUGCCCAAUAAGGCUUUUUGCUGUCAUCAGAGGAAGGCCUUCCCCCAAGGUUACCUGGAAGCGUAUGGGUGUGGACAAUGUGGUCCGCCGAGGUCACGUGGACCAGGUCGACACCAUGUCCUUCUUGGUCAUCCCCGAGAGCACCAGAGAGGAUUCUGGGAGAUACUCGCUGACUCUGUCUAAUUCAGCUGGAGAGAAAGCCGUGUUUGUCCGUGUCAAAGUCCUUGAUACUCCCGGUCCCGUCGGUGGCCUGGAUGCAACCGACAUCACCAAGACAACAGCUCAGCUGUCCUGGUUGCCACCAGAGAAUGACGGUGGCAGCCCCAUCCUCAACUACAUUGUGGAGAAACGGGAGGUAGAUAGGAAGACAUGGUCCAAGUGCAUAGAGGACCUGAAGAAGACCAGUUUCAAGGUUACCAACAUGACGCCUGGCAUUGAGUAUUAUUUCAGAGUCAUGGCCUGCAACAAGUACGGCAUCGGAGUUCCUCAGGACUCGCCAAAGUCCUACCUGGCUGUUGAUCCCAUCAGUGAACCAGACCCUCCAAAGAAGAUGGACGUGUUGGAGGUCACCAAGAAUAGUGCCACACUGGGCUGGUUGAAGCCACUCAGAGACGGAGGAGCUAAGAUCAACGGUUAUGUGGUGGACUACCAGGAGGAGGGUGCACCUGAGGACAAGUGGACACCUUACUCUGUGGUCAAAGACCUGACCAUCGUGGUAGUUGGUCUGAAUGAAGGAAAGAAACACAAGUUCAGGGUGGCAGCAAGGAACUCAGUGGGAGUCAGCCUGCCGCGAGAGGCAGAGGGAGUGUUUGAGAUCAAGGAGCAGCUCAUGCCUCCUAAGAUCAUAUUGCCAGACAUUGUGACAUUUAGAGCUGGAUCCAAGAUGGUGGUUGAGGCCAUUGUGGCAGGUAAACCUGCUCCCUUCUGCAAGUGGAAGCAGGGCAACGAGGACGUGCUGACCUCUGACCGCCUGUCCGUCGUAAAGACGCUGACAACCUGCACGCUUAUCAUCAAGAAUGUGACGAGAAAGGACAGUGGCUACUACAGCCUAUCGGCUGAGAACAGCGCCGGCAAGGUCAACCAGAUCCUCAGAGUCACCAUCAUGGACAUCCCUGGACCCCCUGAAGCUCCUCUAGAGGUCACUGAACUAGACAUCGAUGGCUGCACGCUGCUCUGGAACUCCCCACAGGAGGAUGGUGGCAGCAACAUCACCAACUAUAUUGUUGAGAAGUGUGACGUCAGCCAGGGCGACUGGGUUACACUGUCCACAUCCUGCACCAAAACCAGCUUUAGAGUUACCAAACUGACAACUGGCAAAGAGUAUGGCUUCCGAGUCCGUGCCGAGAACAGGUUCGGCGUCUCCGAGCCCAUCUACUCUGAGAAGAUGAUAGCCAGAUAUCCAUUUGAUCCUCCCAGUGAGCCCAGAAACCUGCAGAUUAACAGAAUUAACAAGGACUUCGUCAUCCUGUCAUGGGAGCGUCCCAGCAGCGACGGUGGCAGCCCCAUCACUGGAUUCUGCAUUGAAAAGAAGGAGAGGAACAGCCUUCUGUGGGUGAAGGCCAAUGAAUCUCUGGUCAAAGCCACCCAGUACACCUGCACUGGCCUGAUGGAAGGCCUGGAGUACACCUUUAGGGUGUCUGCACUCAACCAAGCUGGACAGGGCAAACCUUGCAAACAGACUGACUUCAUCAUCGCCAGGACCGCUGUUGACCCACCAGGUAAACCCGAGCCCAUGGAUGUGACCAAGAACUCUGUGUCAUUGAUCUGGAGCCGUCCCAAACACGACGGCGGCAGCAAGCUGAUUGGCUACUACGUGGAGUACACAAAGCUCCCAGAGGAGAAGUGGACACGCUGCAACGCCAACUGCAUGAACAUCCAGACAGAGAGCUACAUGGUGACCGGCCUGGAGGAGUACCAACAGUACCAGUUUAGAGUCAUCGCCAAGACCGCCAUCAACAUCAGCCAGCCGUCUGAACUGUCAGACCCCAUCCCUGUCAUUGCAGAGAAUGUUGCUCCUCGUGUGGAUCUGGGCGUCAACAUGAAGAACCUGAUUGUGGUGAAAGCCGGAGAGAACGUCUUCCUGGAUGCUGAGGUGUUCGGCAAGCCACUGCCGAAGGUGUUCUGGAAGAAAGAUGGAGCGCCUCUGGUCCUUGCUGAGGGAAUGAAGAUGGCCCAGAAGAAACAUGUCCAUCUGCUGGAGCUCUUCUCCGUCACCAGGAAGGAGUCUGGAGACUACACCAUCACUGCUGAGAACAUCAAUGGCAGCAAGUACGCAACCAUCAAGGUCAAGGUGCUCGACAAACCAGGCCCCCCGGCUUCAGUGAAGAUUUCUAAGGUGUUUGCUGACCGUGUUAAGCUGCGAUGGGAGCCCCCACUUGCAGAUGGCGGCUCUGAGAUCACCAACUACAUCAUAGAGAAGCGCGAGACCAGCAGGGCCAACUGGGCGCUGGUGUCAUCCAACAUCCAUGGACAUUCGACCGACUGCUCAGUGGAGAAACUCAUCGAAGGACAUGAGUACCAGUUCAGAGUCAGUGCUGAGAACCAGUAUGGUGUGGGAGACCCAAUCAUGACUGACCCCGUCAUGGUCAAUAACCCAUAUGAUGUUCCUGGUCCAUGCGAGCCGCCUGUCAUCACCAAUAUUACUAAGGACUCCAUGACAGUGAGUUGGAAGGCCCCAGCCAAUGACGGCAAGGCCACCAUCCUGGGCUACAUGGUGGAAAAACGUGAGGCCACUGAGCUGGCAUGGGCUAAGGUCAACCGCCGUCCGGUCAUCGACAGGACUAUCAAGGCCAUUCAGCUGACCGAGGGCUCUGAGUACGAGUUCAGAGUCAUCGCCGUGAACAAGGCUGGUCCGGGAAAACCCAGCGACGCAUCCAAUGCCGCACUGGCUGUCGACCCCGUCUAUCCUCCCGGCCCGCCUGCCUUCCCCAAGGUGGUGGACUCUACCAAGACCUCCAUCAGCCUUAACUGGACAAAACCGGCCUACGAUGGUGGCUGCGAGAUCAUCGGCUACCUGGUGGAGUGUAAGCGAGCUGACUCUGAGACCUGGAUGAAGUGCAACGUUGCAAAAAAGCUUCAGGCCACCAAAUUCCUUGUGACCGGCCUCCUUGACGACACUGAGUACCAGUUCAGAGUCUUCGCUGUCAACAAGAUCGGCUUCAGUGAGCCCAGUGAGGUCCCUGGAAACCACAUGCCCAAGGACAUCCUAAUCGCUCCUGAAGCUGAGCUGGAUGCCGACCUAAGAAAAGCUUUGGUUCUUCGAGCCGGCGUCACCAUGAGGCUCUACGUCCCACUGAGAGGACGCCCGGCACCAAAGGUGACGUGGACGAAGGUGGACGCCAACCUGAAGGAUAGGCAGGGCGUGCUGAUCCAGACGUCAGAGUGGGACACCCUACUGAUGAUUGAGGACAUUAACAGAUACGAUGCUGGCAAAUACGUCCUGUCGCUGGAGAACAGCAGUGGCUCCAAGAGCUACACCAUCGUGGUCAAGGUCCUCGAUUCUCCUGGACCACCUUUGAACCUGAUCGUAAAGGAGACCUCCAGAAGCCACGCCUGCAUCACCUGGGACGCCCCACUGAUUGACGGCGGCAGCCCAGUCAAGAGCUAUGUCGUAGAGAAACGUCUGGCAGAGAGGAAGGCCUGGACCUGCGUGUCAGCAGACUGCCACAAAAUCUCCUUCAGGGUCACCAACCUGGAGGCGGGACAGGCCUACUGCUUCAGAGUGCUGGCUGAAAACGCCUACGGCAUCGGAGAGGGCUGUGAGACUGCCGGGAUCGUCCGAGCCUCAGAGCAAUCUGGUCCAGUGACAGACUUCAAAGCCCUGAAGACCACCAAGGACUCUGUCGUCCUGGGCUGGAAGAAGCCCUUCAGCGACGGUGGAAGCCACAUUACCGCUUACAUCCUGGAACAAAGCGAAGGCGAGGAGAAGUGGAAGGAGAUCAUGAAGGGCAAGAACACCUCACACACCAUCGGCGAGCUGACUGAGGGCAAGGAGUACUUGUUCAGAGUCAAGGCUGUCAAUGAGUCUGGAGAGGGACCACCCACUGAGCUCACUGUCAUUGCAAAGGACCAGUUUGUGCUGCCGGACUGCAACUUAAGUUGUCUGCAGGACAAUUGCUACGUGGCGAAGGAGGGCAGCACCACACGGAUCAACAUCCCCAUCAUCGGAAUUCCCUACCCCACCACCACCUGGAAGAAAGGCGACACGAUGCUUGGAGACACCGGCCGAAUGUGCGUCGAGGCGUCUUCAGGCAUCACCACUCUGCUGAUCAGAGACUGCCAGAGAGGAGAUGCCGAUACUUACACCAUCAAUGUCAGAAACAGCGCUGGCUCCAAGGACUGCAAGAUCCAGCUGAAGGUGGUCGGUAAGCCUGGCAUCUGCACAGGACCCAUUAAGUUUGAUGAGAUCACUGCUGACGGCAUAACCCUGGAGUGGGGACCGCCCAAAGACGAUGGUGGUGCGGAGGUGUCCAACUACAUUGUGGAGAAGAGGAGGACAACGGACAACAAGUGGGUUACAGUGGCUUCAGCCAUCCAGAAGACCACCAUGAGGGUGAUCAGGCUCCACGAUGGAGUAGAGUACAUCUUCAGAGUGUUCGCUGAAAACAAGUAUGGGGUUGGAGAGUAUCUGAGGUCUAACCCAGUCAUCGCACAGCAUCCAUUCAAUGUGCCCGGGGCACCUGCUCCUCCAGAAAUAGCGAGCAUCCGCCACGAGAUGGCCCUCUUGACUUGGGCUGAUCCAAAGGACACUGGUGGCUCCACAAUAACUGGAUUUCAUGUGGAGUUUAAGGAGAGGAACAGUCAAAUGUGGAAACGAGCCAGUAAGACUCCUCUGAGAGUAAAGGAAUGCAGAGUCACUGGCCUUAUAGAGGGACUAGAGUACGAGUUCAGAGUGAUGGCCAUGAACAUGGCUGGCCUAGGAAAGGCAAGCAGGGCCACCGAGGCUGUGGUCGCCUUGGAUCCUAUUGAUCCUCCUGGCAACCCCGAAGUGAUCAGUGUCACCAGGAGUACAGUCACUCUGAUAUGGACUGCUCCCAAAUAUGACGGCGGCCACAAGCUGACUGGCUACAUGGUGGAGAAGCUGGAGGCUGGCGGCAAGGCCUGGAUGAAGGCCAAUCAUGUCAACAUCCAGAGCUGUGCCUUCACGGUCACAGACCUGACAGAGGGAUCCCAGUAUCAGUUCAGGAUCAGGGCCAAGAAUGCUGCUGGGGCUAUCAGUGUUCCCUCAGAGCUUACUGAGCUUCUGACCUGCAAGGAUGAGUAUGAGCCCCCGACGAUCACUAUUGACCCAGAUAUGAAGGACGGUGUGUCAGUCAGGGCAGGAGACACUAUUGUGAUCUCAGCCUCCAAAAUUGUGGGCAAACCUCCGCCCACGGCUGUCUGGUCGAAGGGAGGUCGUGAGUUUAAGAGCUCUGACAUUGUCACUGUCACCACCACCCCCACCUCCUCCACUCUGGCUAUCAAGUAUGCAAGCCGGAAGAACACAGGAGAGUACACUAUCACUGCCAGCAACCCCUUCGGUAUAAAGGAAGAACGCGUAAAGGUGAAGGUCCUGGAUGUGCCUGGACCUCCAGGCCCCAUUGAAGCCAGCAACAUUUCAGCUGAGAAGUGUACUCUGACCUGGCUUCCACCAGAGGAGGAUGGAGGCUGCUCUAUCAAGUCCUACAUCCUAGAGAAGAGAGAGACCAGCCGCCUGCAGUGGACCAAGCUAGCUGAAAACGUCAUGGACUGCAGAUAUGUAGCUGGCAAACUGAUCAAGGGCAACGAGUACAUCUUUAGAGUGUCUGCUGUGAACCAGUAUGGCACUGGAGACUCAAGCCAGUCUGGUCCAGUCAAAAUGGUUGACAGUUACCGCCCACCAGGCCCACCGUCAACCCCAGAGAUUGAUGCUGUCAGUAGGAACGCUGUCACCAUUUCAUGGAAGAGACCAGCACAGGACGGAGGAAGUGACAUCAGAGGAUAUUGUGUAGAGAGGAAAGAAAGGAGAGGAAUGAGAUGGGUGAGAGCCUCCAAGAGGACGGUUCCUGACCUGCGCUUUAAGGUGCAAGGCCUGAGUGAGGGAGUAGAGUAUGAGUUUAGAGUCACUGCUGAGAACAAGGCUGGAUUUGGGGAGCCAAGUGAGCCAUCACACCCUGUGAUGACCAAGGACAUUGUGUAUCCACCUGGUCCACCAUCCAACCCCAGAAUUACAGACACCACAAAAUGCACAGCCACUUUCGCCUGGGGCCGACCCCACUAUGAUGGUGGUCUUGAAGUAGAGGGAUAUAUUGUUGAGUACAAAAAGGAAGGGCUUGAUGACUGGGAGGUGGAGACACAAUUCCCAUUGAAAGCUACUGAAUAUGUUAUUGGUAAACUUCAAAAAGGAGCCAAAUACCACUUCAGAGUCAGUGCUGUAAACUCAGAGGGAGUUGGCGAGCCUGCAGAGGUUGAGAAACUGACUGAACUGGUAGACCAGGAGGUGCUGCCAGACUUUGAACUGGAUGCUGAACUCAGGAGAACCCUGGUGGUCAGGUGCCGUGCUUCAAUCCGUAUGUUUGUUCCCAUCAGAGGUCGUCCUGUUCCUGAAGUAACCUGGAGCAAAGAUGAUACCAACCUGAAAACACGUGCACAUAUUGAUACCACAGAGUCCUACACUUUACUGGUUAUUCCUGACUGCACAAGAUACGAUGCUGGAAAGUACCACCUCUGUCUGGAGAACGUUGCUGGAAAGAAGACCGGCUUUGUAAAUGUUAAAGUUCUGGACACACCAGGACCACCAGUCGAUGUUAAACCUAGAGAGAUCACUAACAGAAGCAUCACUCUCCAGUGGGAAAUCCCAAUAAUCGAUGGUGGUUCCAAGAUUCACAAUUACAUUAUUGAAAAGAGAGAGGCCACCAAGAAGGCCUACACGGUUCUUAGCACCACAUGGCAGAAGUGUUCCUUUAAGUUUGCAGACCUUGAGGAGGGAGCUUACUACUACUUCCGUAUCUCUGCUGAGAAUGACCUGGGCAUAGGUGAGCCUUAUGAAACCCCUGAGCCAAUCAGGGUGUCCCAGGCCCCCUCUGCACCAGAGAACUUGUAUGUCACAGAUGUGACAGCUGAUAGUGCCAGCCUGGCAUGGGCCAAGCCCCUGCAUGAUGGUGGCAGCCUAAUCACAGGAUAUGUCAUUGAGGCCCAGAAGAAGGACACUGACCAGUGGGUCCAUGUGGCCACCAUCAAGGCUCUGGACUACACUGUCACAGAUCUGAUUGAGGGUGCUGAAUAUACCUUCCGCAUAAUGGCUGUAAACGCAUCAGGCAGGAGUGACCCCCGAGAGAGCAGGCCUGCUAUUAUCAAAGAGCAAACUUCUGCUCCUUCCUUUGACCUGCGUGGAGUCUACCAGAAGACGGUCAUCGCCAAGGCAGGGGACCGUCUCAAGGUGGAGAUUCCAGUGCUCGGCAAACCCAGACCUGUGGUUUCCUGGAAGAAGGGAGACACAACACUCAAGGAAACGCAAAGGACCAACACUGAAACCACACCAACAUCAACUAUCCUCAACAUCGGUGAGAUCAAGAGGACUGAUGGAGGACAAUAUUCAAUGACUGGAAAGAACAUGCUGGGUACAGUGACUGAGACGAUCACAGUAUUGGUCCACGACAUUCCUGGUCCUCCCACUGGUCCCAUAAAGCUAGAUGAGGUCUCAUGCGAUUAUGUUCUCAUGUCCUGGGAGGCACCAGAGAAUGAUGGAGGCGUUCCCAUCAGCAACUAUAUUGUUGAGAUGCGGGAGACUACCGGUACUUCCUGGGUAGAGUUGGCAGCUACAGUGAUCCGUACCACAUUCAAGGCAGCCCGACUCAACACUGGAACCAUGUAUCAGUUCCGUGUCAAGGCCCAAAAUAGAUAUGGCGUUGGACCAUGCAUUAUCUCUGAACAAGUGGUAGCAGCCUAUCCAUUUGAUGUGCCAGGCCAGCCAGGCAUUCCUGUUGUCACAUCUUUCAACAAGGAUGCUAUGACUCUUAGUUGGAAUGAGCCUUCCUCUGAUGGGGGCAGUGCCAUCCUGGGCUAUCAUGUGGACAGGAAAGAGAAGAACAGCAUUCUGUGGCAGAGGAUCAGCAAAGCUCUUGUUGUCGGAAAUAUCUUUAAAUCAACAGGCCUUGUUGAUGGAAUCGCAUAUGAACACCGUGUUAUUGCUGAAAACAUGGCUGGUCUCAGCAAACCAAGCAAACCCUCUGAGCCUAUGGCGGCUUUGGACCCGGUGGACCCACCAGGCAGGCCUGUUGCACUGAAUAUCACAAGGCAUGAGGUGACAGUGUCAUGGACCAAACCAGAGGGAGAUGGUGGAUUUUCAAUCACUGGAUACACAGUAGAGAGAAGAGAGAUGCCCAAUGGACGCUGGCUCAAAGCCAACUUCAACAACAUCCUAGAAACCAUCUACACAGUCAGUGGUCUGAUCGAAGAUGCAACUUAUGAAUUCCGUGUGAUUGCUAGAAACUCAGCUGGUGCUGUUAGUGCUCCAUCCCAGUCAUCAGAAGCAAUCACGUGCAGAGAUGAUAUUGAAGAGCCAAGGCUUGAUGUUGACGCAUCAUAUAGCAGUAAUGUUAUUGUCAUGGCAGGAGAGAUGUUCAAGCUGGAGGCCAGUGUGACUGGCAGGCCAAUCCCAUCUCUGGUAUGGACCAAGGAAGGAAAGGAGCUUGAAGACACAGCCAAAAUAGAAAUAAAGACAUCUGACUUCCACACAGCUCUAAUAAACAAAGAUGCCCUGAGGAGGGAUGGAGGUGCUUUUACUCUAACUGCCAGCAAUCCCGGUGGCUUUGCCAAGUUCACAUUCAAUGUCAAGGUGCUCGACAGACCUGGGCCACCAGACUCCCUCACUGUUACUGAUGUCGCUGCUGAGAAAUGUGUCCUUAACUGGCUGCAUCCAACACAUGAUGGAGGAGCCAAGAUUGAAUACUUUAUUAUUCAGAAGCGUGAAACCAGUAGACUGGCAUGGACAAAUGUGGCCACAGACCUACAGGCAAACAGGUUCAAGGUCACCAAGCUUCUGAAAGGCAAUGAGUACAUCUUCAGAGUCAUGGCUGUUAACAAGUAUGGCAUUGGUGAGCCGCUGGAGUCCGAACCGGUCAUCUGUACCAAUCCCUAUGUCCCCAGUGACCCACCACAGCAGCCUGAGGUCACCACCAUUACCAAGGACUCCAUGGUUGUCUGCUGGGAUCGCCCCGAACAUGAUGGAGGCAGCAGAAUAAACACCUACAUAAUUGAGAGAAGGGAUAAGACUGGCCUACGCUGGGUGAAGUGCAACAAAAGAACUGUAACUGACCUGCGAUUCAAGGCCUCUGGCCUCACACCAGGACAUGAGUAUGAAUUCAGAGUUCUUGCUGAGAACAAUGCUGGUCUAAGCCAGCCUAGUCCUUCCAGUCCAUUCUACAAAGCUGUAGACACCAUCUUCCAGCCUGGACCUCCAGGGAACCCCAGAGUGCUGGACACAACCAAGUCUUCCAUCACCCUUGCCUGGAACAAGCCUGUAUACGAUGGUGGUUCUGAAAUCACUGGAUACAUUGUGGAGACCUGCUUGCCUGAGGAAGAUGAGUGGACAAUUCACACUCCCAAGAAGGGGUGGACAGCCACUUCCUUUACCAUCACCAACUUGAAGGAAAACCAAGAGUACAAAAUCAACAUCUGUGCCACUAAUUGUGAAGGGGUGGGAGAGCCUGCUGCUGUUCCUGGAACCCCCAAGGCUGAAGACAGGCUGCUUCCUCCAGAAAUUGAACUUGGAGCAGAGCUACGAAAGGUAGUCUGCCUCAGAGCCUGUAGCACACUCAGACUCUUUGUCCCUAUUAAGGGAAGACCAGCGCCUGAAGUAAAAUGGUCAAGAGAGCAUGGGGUAUCCCUGGACAAAGCUAACAUUGAAAUCACCCCAUCAUUUACUACUCUUCAGGUAGAAAAUGUUGACAGGUUUGAUGGUGGCAAAUACAUGGUGACUGUAGAGAAUGCAUCAGGAAGUAAAACAGCCUACGUUAAUGUCAGGGUGCUAGAUACUCCUGGAGCACCUCAGAAUCUGUUCAUUAAGGAGGUCACUAGAGAUUCAGUUUCCCUCAUUUGGGAUGCACCUCUCAUUGAUGGUGGCUCCAGGGUCCGAAACUACAUUGUGGAGAAGCGCGAGUCAAACAGAAAAGCCUACUCCACAGUCUGUGCCAGCUGCCAUAAGUCCAGUUGGAAGGUUGGAGACCUGGAGGAAGGAAAGAUGUACUUCUUUAGAAUCCUGGCUGAGAACGAGUAUGGCAUUGGCCUGCCAGUUGAAACUCUUGAACCAAUUAAAGUCUCAGAGAAGCCUCUACCACCAGGCAAAGUCACCCUUGGUGAUGUUACCAGCACCAGCGUCACACUAACUUGGGAAAAGCCUGACCAUGAUGGCGGCAGUAGAAUCACAGGCUAUAUUGUUGAAAUGCAGAGUAAAGGCAGUGAGAAGUGGACCCAGGUCAUGGUCGUAAAGUCCAAUGCAGCUGUUGUAACUGGCCUAACACAGGGACAGGAAUACAUAUUCCGUAUCUCAGCCACCAAUGAAAAGGGAGUUAGUGACCCACGUCCUCUCAGUGUGCCUGUGGUUGCUAAAGACCUGGUCAUCUCACCCACCUUCAAACUGCUUUUCAGCACAUUCAGUGUGCUGGCAGGAGACGAUCUGAAGAUAGAUGUACCAUAUGCUGCCUGUCCCAAGGCUACAGCAACUUGGCUCAAAGAUGGCGUUGUUCUCAAGGAGACAACAAGAGUUAAUACUGAAGCCACAGACAAAAACCUUCUUCUGGUUAUUAAGGAGGCUUGCAGAGAUGAUGUGGGCACAUACACUAUCAAACUAUCCAACACAGCUGGAGAGGCAUCUACAGAGAUCAGUGUUCUUGUUCUCGAUAAGCCUGGUCCACCAACUGGCCCAAUUAAGAUGGAUGAGGUCACUGCUGACAGCUUGAUCCUGUCUUGGAAUCCACCCGAGUAUGAUGGUGGUUGCAGCAUCAACAAUUACAUUGUUGAGAAGAGAGACACAUCAACCACUAACUGGCAGAUUGUGUCAGCUACAGUGGCCAGAACCACUAUCAAGGCAGCCCGUCUGAAGACUGGAUGUGAGUACCAGUUUAGGAUUGCUGCAGAGAAUAGAUAUGGCAAGUCCUCAGUCCUGCUCUCGGAGACAAUUAUUGCUCAGUAUCCAUUUGAAGUGCCCAGCCCACCACGUUCUGUUGUUGUUCAGUCAGCCACCAAGGAGAGCAUGGUGGUUGUAUGGGAGAAACCCAGCAAUGAUGGUGGAAGCAAAAUUUUGGGAUACCACUUAGAGCUCAAAGAGAAAAACAGUAUACUGUGGGUGAAACAGAACAAACAACUUAUCCCAGAGACCAGAUUUAAGGUUGUUGGCCUUGAGGAGGGUAUUGAAUAUGAGUUCAGAGUCUAUAGUGAAAACAUUGUUGGCCUCAGCAAAGUCAGCAAAGUGAGUGAAAUGCAAGUGGCAAGAGAUCCUUGUGACAGACCAGGAAAACCUGAGGCUGUCAUUGUGACAAGAAACCAAGUGACACUCAGAUGGACUAAACCUGAGUAUGAUGGCGGCAUCAAGAUCACGGGCUAUGUGGUUGAGAAAAAGGAUGGAGCUGGCCGCUGGAUGAAGGCCAGUUUCGCCAAUGUCAUUGAGACCAAAUUUGUUGUCACAGGACUUACUGAAGAUCAGAUUUAUGAAUUCCGUGUCAUCGCCAGGAAUGCAGCUGGUGUUUUCAGUCAGCCUUCUGAUUCUACAGGACCCAUCACUGCCAAAGAUGAAGUGGAUCCACCCACAAUUGACUUGGACGCUAAGUACUCCCAGGCUGUUGUGGUAAAUGCUGGAGAGACGUUCAGGCUUGAAGCUGCCAUCUCUGGUAAGCCUGUUCCCACGGUACAUUGGCUGAAGAACGGUGAAGAGAUUACUGAAGCAGCUCGCGUAGAGCUCAAGAACAAAGACUUUACAGCGUGUAUAGUUGUUAAAGAAGCUAUCCGUAUCGAUGGAGGUCAGUACACUUUGCUGAUAAAGAAUGUUGGAGGAGAGAAAUCUGUCAACAUCAAUGUCAAAGUUCUGGACAGACCAGGUCCACCCGAGGGCCCCAUCUCCAUCUAUGGGGUUACCAGUGAGAAAUGCUCCAUUUCCUGGAAACCUCCCUUGCAAGAUGGAGGUAGCGAUGUUUCCCAUUACAUUGUUGAGAGGAGGGAAACUAGCCGACUGGUUUGGACUGUGGUUGAACCAAAAGUUCAGACUCUGAACCUGAAGAUAACAAAACUUCUUCCUGGUAAUGAGUACAUCUUUAGAGUGAUUCCAGUCAACAAAUAUGGAGUUGGUGAGCCUCUGGAAUCUGAGGCAAUGAUUGCCAGAAAUCCAUUUGUCACUCCUAACCCACCAACUGAGGUAGAGGUUUCCACAAUUACAAAAGACUCCAUGGUGGUUACCUGGGAGCGACCAACUAAUGAUGGUGGCAGCCCCAUCCAGGGUUACAUUGUCGAGAAACGUGACAAGGAUGGUGUGAGAUGGACCAGGUGCAACAAGCGCACAGUGAGUGAGCUGCGCUUCAGAGUGACAGGGCUCCUGGAAAACCACAGCUAUGAAUUCAGAGUUGCUGCUGAGAAUGCUGCAGGUGUUGGCACCCCUAGCGCACCAACACUGUACUACAAAGCACUGGAUCCUAUCUUCAAAGCAGGCCCACCAAACAACCCCAAGGUGGUUGACACAUCUAGAUCUACUGUUUCCCUCACAUGGGGCAAACCUAUCUAUGAUGGUGGCUGUGAGAUUCAGGCUUACAUUGUUGAGGCUUGCGAUGUGGCAUCUGAUGAGUGGUUUAUGUGCACUCCUCCCACUGGAAUCACAGACACUAAGUUUACAGUGAAAAAGCUUCUGGAGAAGCAUGAGUACCAAUUUAGAGUGUGUGCCAUCAACAAAGUUGGUGUUGGUGAGCAUGCUGAUGUUCCAGGAAAAAUUCUUUUGGAGGAGAAACUUGAGGCUCCUGAUCUUGACCUGGAUGCUGAUAUGAGAAAGAUGAUCAACAUUAGAGCAGCAUGCACUCUCAGGCUAUUUGUUCCUGUGAGAGGUCGUCCGGCUCCUGAAGUGAAAUGGGCCAAGGCUGAUGGCGAGAUUAAGGAGACUGCCCAGAUUGACAAUACGGGCAACUAUGCUUCACUUGUCAUUGAAAAUGUUGAUAGAUUUGAUAGUGGUAAAUACAUCCUCACUGCAGAGAAUGCCAACGGAGUGAAGUCAGUCUUUAUUAGUGUCAGAGUCCUGGACUCACCUAGUCCACCAACUAACUUCAUAGUGAAAGAGAUUACCAAGAAUUCUGUCACCCUCACAUGGGAGCCUCCACUUCUGGAUGGUGGCUCAAAGAUUAAGCAUUAUCUUGUUGAGAAGCGUGAAAGCACUAGGAAAGUUUACACUCCCAUCACUACCUGCAACAAGAUGACAUGGAAAGUUGAGCCUCUUCCAGAGAGUGGAAUCUUCUUCUUCAGAGUUCUGGCUGAGAAUGAAUAUGGUGUGGGUCUCCCCGCUAAAACUACAGAACCAAUUAAGAUAUCUGAGAAGCCUCAGCCACCUGGUAAAGUCAGAGUUGUUGAUGUCACUUCCAGUAGUGUAACUCUUGCCUGGGAGAAGCCUGUACAUGAUGGUGGCAGUAGAAUCAGUUACUAUGAAGUGGAACUGGCACCUAAGGACAGUGAAGCUUGGUCUGUGUGUGCUAGUGGGAAGACAUUGGAGACUGUAGUAACAAACCUAAUUAAGGGAGAAGAGUACCAGUUCAGAGUUGUUGCUGUAAAUGACAAGGGCAAAAGUGACCCUAGACAACUGGCUCACUCAGUUGUAGCAAAGGACCUUGUGAUUGAGCCUGCUGUCAGACCCAAAGUGAGCACAUACAGUGUCCAGGUGGGGUAUGACCUCAAGAUAGAAGUCCCAAUUGCUGGUCAUCCAAAGCCAACCAUCACUUGGACUAAAGAUGGAGCUGCCCUUAAGCAAACCACCAGAGUCAAUGUCACUGACUCAGCACAUCACACCACUCUCACCAUAAAGGAUGCCACCAGGGAGGAUGGAGGCAUGUACAGCAUUAAUAUUGCCAAUAACCUGGGUUCCAAGGAUGCCACUAUUGAGGUGAUUACCCUGGACAAACCGGGCCCACCAACAGGCCCUGUCAAGUUGGAGGACAUUAGUGCUGAGAGUAUGACUCUUAGCUGGGAACCUCCUACAUAUACCGGUGGCUGCCCAAUCUCCAACUAUGUAGUGGAGAAGAAAGACACAACCACAACCAACUGGGUGGUUGUAUCUGCCACUGUGGCCAGAACCACUCUAAAAGUGAGCAAUCUGAAGACAGGCUCUGAAUACCAGUUCAGAAUCUAUGCGGAGAAUAGAUAUGGAAAGAGUUAUGCAAUUGAUUCCGAGCCUGUUGUGGCACAGUAUCCGUUCCAGGAGCCUGGCCCACCAGGAACACCAUUUGUGUCUGCAUACACUAAAGAUUAUAUGGUGGUUGAGUGGCACAAACCCCCAUCUGAUGGAGGGAGUGCCAUCUUAGGCUAUCACCUGGAGAGGAAAGAGAAGAACAGUAUCCUCUGGACCAAGAUCAACAAAAUGCUCAUCCAAGAUUGCAGGUUUAAAUCUACUCCUCUUGAGGAAGGCAUUGAGUAUGAGUACAGAGUAUAUGCUGAGAAUAUUGUUGGCAUUGGAAAAUGUAGCAAAGUCUCCGAGGUUUAUGUAGCCCGUGACCCAUGUGAUCCUCCUGGCCGUCCUGAUGCUGUAAUUGUGACCAGGCACUCAGUGAAGCUGAGGUGGACCCCUCCACAGUACGACGGUGGAAGCUUAGUUACUGGCUAUGUAGUGGAGAAACGCAAUCUUCCUGAAGGAAAGUGGAUGAAGGCUAGCUUUGCAAACGUCAUUGAACAUGAAUUUACAGUUACAGGCCUGACAGAAGACAGUAAAUAUGACUUCAGAGUAAUUGCAAAGAAUGCAGCUGGUGCUGUCAGCAAACCCUCUGAGAGCACAGGAUCCAUCACAGCCAUGGAUGAAGUUGACCCACCUAAGUGUGAGACAGAUCCCAUGUACAACCAGACCAUUGUUAUCAGUGCUGGAGAGACUUUCAGUCUGGAGGCCAGUGUUGAAGGAAAGCCUAUCCCAACAGCUCAGUGGUUCAAGGGAAAUGUUGAGGUUGAAAACUCAGCUAGAGCUGAAAUCAAAAACACAGAUUUUAAGGCUUUGCUCAUUGUGAAGGAUGCCAUCAGAGUGGAUGGUGGACAGUACACACUGGUUCUGACUAAUGUGGCUGGAACUAAGACUGUCCCAUUCAGUGUGAAGGUCCUGGACAGACCAGGCCCCUCAGAGGGACCUCUGACUGUUAGCAAUGUCACUGAGGAGAAGUGCUCACUGUCCUGGCUGCCACCCAGGCAUGAUGGAGGAGCUAGCAUUUCUCACUAUGUUAUUCAGAAGAGAGAAACAAGCCGUCUGGCAUGGACUGUGGUCUCCAGUGAAUGUGGAGCUACCAUGUUCAAGGUUACCAAACUGUUGAAGGGCAAUGAGUACAUCUUCAGAGUCAUGGCCGUCAACAAAUAUGGUGUGGGCGAGCCUCUUGAGUCAGCGCCAGUUAUCAUGAGAAAUCCAUUUGUUGCUCCUGGCUCACCUCAGGAGCUUGAGAUCACUAAUAUUACCAGGGACUCCAUGACUGUUUGCUGGAGCCGCCCUAAGACCACUGGAGGCAGUGAGAUCGUUGGUUACAUUGUUGAGAAGAGAGACAGAGCUGGAGUGAGGUGGACCAAGUGUAACAAACGCAGAGUGACAGACUUGCGUUUCAGAGUAACAGGACUAACUGAGGACCAUGAAUAUGAAUUUAGGGUAUCUGCUGAGAAUGCAGCUGGAGUGGGUCAGCCAAGCCCAUCUACACCCUACCUCAAAGCCUGUGACCCCAUGUUUGAACCAGGCUGUCCCACCAAUGCUAAUGUGGUCGACAUGACUAAAGACUCCGUCACUGUGGCCUGGCACCGGCCUAUCUAUGAUGGUGGUUGUGAGAUUCAGGGAUAUGCUGUGGAAGUGACUAAGGCUGAUGAGGAGGAGUGGACCAUAUGUACUCCACCCUAUGGAGUUAAAGCUACCAAGUUUACCAUCACAAAGUUGAUAGAGCACCAGGAAUACAAGGUGCGCAUAUGUGCCAUCAACAAGCUAGGUGUUAGUGAGCCUACUGAGAUCCAGGGAGUCGUGAAACCUAUGGAUAAGAUUAAUCCUCCAGAGAUGAUCCUUGAUUCAGGGCUCAGGAAGGGAAUAGUUGUCCGUGCAGGAGGAUCAAUGAGAAUCCGCAUUCCAUUCAAAGGCCGUCCUACUCCUGAGAUCAGCUGGGCCAAGGAGGAUGGAGAACUGCCGAGUAAAGUUCAGAUAGAGACGGGUGAAGAAUACACACAGCUCUCCAUUGAUAUCUGUGAUAAAUAUGAUGCUGGAAAAUAUAUCCUCAACCUGGAAAAUAGUGCUGGAACCAAAUCAGCCUUUGUCUCUGUUAAAGUUCUGGACACUCCAGGGGCCCCUCUGAAUCUAACAGUAAAAGACAUUAAGAGGGAAAGCGUCACUCUGACCUGGGAGCCUCCUCUUAUAGAUGGUGGGGCAAGAAUUAAGAAUUAUCUGGUUGAAAAGCGUGAGUCUACCAGGAAGGUUUACUCUAAUGUAGACAACAAAUGCACAAAGACAAGCUACCGUAUAACUGGCCUCACUGAGGGAACUAUCUACUAUUUCAGAGUCUUAGCGGAGAAUGAGUUUGGUGUGGGACAGCCGGCUGAGACAGAAGACUCAGUUAAGACCUCUGAGCCUCCUCUGCCAGUGGGUAAGGUCACUUUGACUGAUGUGACCAAAACCUCUGCCUCACUCUCCUGGGAGAAGCCAGACCAUGAUGGAGGCAGCAGGAUCAUGGGCUACCAAAUUGAGAUGCAGCCUGUGGGCUCAGAGGAAUGGGUGGUGGCUACCAUAACCAAAACUUGUGAGGGCACUGUCACAGGCCUCAGCACAGGACAUGAAUACCUGUUGAGAGUGUCAGCUUUCAAUGAUAAGGGAAAGAGUGACCCCAGGCCUCUGGCUGCACCAGUCACUGCCAAAGAUAUAACUAUCGAGCCCAGAUUUAAGAUGACAUUCAAAACUUACAGUUUACAGCUGGGUGAGGAUCUCAAGAUUGAUAUUCCAGUGAUAGGACGUCCCGUGCCCAAGGUUGAAUGGAAAAAGGAUGGACAUGCUCUUAAGGAGACAACCAGACUAAAUGUAUCCAGCACACAAUCAUCUACUAAGCUGUGCAUCAAAGAUACAAAUAAGGAAGACUCUGGUAAAUACACUGUCACAGCCACCAGCAGUGUCGGAACAGCCACAGAGGAGAUUACUGUUGUUAUUCUUGAUAAGCCUGGUCCACCCACAGGCCCUGUGAAGAUUGAGGAGGUGAGCUCUAAUUAUGUCCUUCUCUCCUGGGAGCCACCGGAGUAUACUGGAGGCUGUCAGAUCAACAACUACAUUGUAGAGAAGAGAGACACCACCACGACAGCAUGGCAGAUUGUAUCUGCCACUAUUGCCAGGACAACUAUCAAAGUCACCAACCUGAAGACUGGACUUGAGUAUCAAUUUAGAGUGUCUGCUGAGAAUAGAUAUGGAAAGAGUUCUGCCAUUGUCUCUCCUGCUGUUAUUGCUCAGUAUCCAUUUACUGAGCCUGCUGCUCCAGGAACACCAUUUGUUUCGGCUGCAACCAAGGAUAACAUGGUUGUUGAGUGGAAAGCUCCCAUCAACAAUGGAGGCAGCCCCAUCCUAGGCUAUCACCUCGAGAGAAAGGAGAAGAACAGCCUCUUGUGGACUAAACUCAACAAACUUCUAAUCGCAGAUGCACGUUUCAAGACUACCGAGCUGGAAGAAGGUAUUGAGUAUGAAUUCAGAGUUUAUGCUGAGAACAUUGCUGGAAUCAGCCCAGCUAGCAAGGUCUCUGAGAGCACAGUAGCCAGAGACCCAUGUGACCCACCAGGCACUCCUGAGGCUAUUGAAAUCACCAGAAACCAUGUGACACUCCAGUGGACCAGGCCUCAAUAUGAUGGAGGCAGUGUGAUCACUGGUUAUGUGAUUGAGAGGAGGAAGCACCCAGAUACCCGCUGGAUGAAAGCCAGCUUUACCAACAUCAUUGAUACCCAGUUCACACUCACUGGCCUGACUGAGGACUGUAUUUACGAGUUCAGAAUCAUUGCCAGGAACGCUGCUGGCAUUUCCAGCCAUCCUUCUCAGAGCACGGGAGAAAUUACUGCGAAAGAUGAAAUAGAAGCUCCAGAAGCCACCUUGGACUCUAAAUUCAAGGAUCUGACUGUUGUUCAUGCUGGUGAGACAUUCCUCAUUGAUGCUGACUACACUGGCAAGCCUGUGCCUGAGGUCAUAUGGUUAAAGGAUGGAAAGGAGAUUGACAAAACCACACCAAGAAUGGAGGUCAAGACCACACUCACACGUACCAUCCUGACAGUCAAGGAUUGCAUCAGAGUGGAUGGUGGCCACUUUGUCCUAAAACUUGUCAAUGUGGGAGGCGUCAAGAUGAUCCCAGUUAAUGUUAAAGUUCUGGAUAGACCUGGUCCUCCAGAUGGCCCGCUAGAAGUCAAAGGGGUCACAGCUGAGAAAUGUUAUCUGCACUGGAACCAUCCCUCACAUGAUGGUGGAGCCAGCAUCUCUCACUACAUGAUUGAGAAGAGAGAGACCAGUCGUUUGUCAUGGACCAUGGUUGAGCCCAAGAUCCAGGCUAUCAGCUACAAAAUAACCAAACUGCUGCCUGGCAAUGAAUACAUCUUUAGAGUCACUGCUGUGAAUAAAUAUGGUGUUGGUGAGCCUUUGGAAUCUGAGCCUGUUAUUGCUCGUAACCCCUUCACCACUCCCAGUGCCCCCUCCACCCCAGAACCCAGCGCUAUCACUAGGGACUCCAUAGUACUUACCUGGGAGAGACCAGAGAAUAAUGGAGGAGCUGAGAUUGAAGGAUAUAUCCUUGAAAAACGAGAUAAGGAUGGCAUCAGAUGGACUAAGUGCAACAAAAAGAGGCUGAGUGACCUGAGAUUCAGAUGCACUGGUCUCACAGAGGGCCACUGUUAUGAAUUCAGGAUCUCAGCUGAAAAUGCUGCUGGUGUGGGAAAGCCUAGCGCACCAACCCAAUAUAUCAAGGCCUGUGAUGCCACAUACCCACCAGGACCUCCAAAUAACCCCAAAGUCACUGACCAUUCAAGCACUACAGUGUCUCUGUCCUGGUCCAGGCCUAUCUAUGAUGGUGGAGCACAGAUCACUGGAUAUAUUGUUGAAAUGAAGGAGGCUACAGAUGAUGAAUGGAUCAUUUGCACACUAUCCACUGGUGUUCAGACUACUCACUACACUGUAAAGAAAUUGAAGGAGAAUGUAGAGUACAACUUCCGAAUCUGUGCUGUUAACUGUGAGGGAGUAGGAGAGCAUCUGGACCUACCUGGGUCUGUGAUUGCUGCGGAGAAGCUAGAGGCUCCUGAAAUUGAACUAGAUGCUGACCUGAGGAAGAUGGUCAAUGUCCGUGCCACCGCCACCUUGCGUCUGUUUGUGACAAUCAGAGGAAAGCCUGAGCCUGAGGUCAGAUGGUCAAAGGCUGAUGGCACUCUGAAUGAGCGUGCCCAGAUUGACGUCACAAGCUCUUACACAAUGCUGGUGAUUGAUAAUGUUGAUAGAUUUGACACUGGCAAAUAUGUACUGACGCUUGAGAAUCUCAGUGGCUCUAAAUCAGCCUUCAUUAAUGUCAGAGUACUGGACUCCCCCAGCGCUCCAACUAACCUGGAGGUUAAGGAUGUGAAGAGAACUUCUGUCUCUCUCUCCUGGGAGCCGCCUCUAAUUGACGGUGGGGCUAAGAUAUCACACUAUAUUGUGGAGAAGAGAGAGCAGAAGAGAAUGGCUUUCACCAGUGUUUGCACCAGCUGUGUGAGGAACUCCUACAUUGUUUCUGACCUGCAAGAGGGAGGCCGAUACUACUUCCGUGUGUUGGCUGUGAAUGAGCUGGGAGUAGGUCUGCCCGCCUCCACAGAUCAAGUUAAAGUGUCUGAGAUUCCUUUGCCUCCUGGUAAGAUUAGUCUAGUUGAUGUGACUCGACAUACUGUAACCCUUUCCUGGGAGAAACCUGAUCAUGAUGGAGGCAGCAAGAUUACAAAAUAUAUUGUGGAGAUGCAGCCCAAGGGAGAAGACAAAUGGAGUGUGUGCAGUGAAGUCAAAGCACUGGAAGCUACUAUAGAUGGUCUCACAGCUGGAGAGGAAUACUUCUUCAGGGUGACUGCUGUGAAUGAUAAGGGCAAGAGUGACGCCAAGCCUCUGGCUACCGCUGUGUUGGUGAAGGACAUCACGGUGGAACCCACCAUCAACCUGUUGUUCAACACAUACAGCGUAAAAGCAGGAGAUGACCUGAAGAUUGAUGUUCCCUUCAAAGGCAGACCUCAGCCUGAGGUGUCCUGGAAGAAGGACGGCCAGGUGCUAAAGCAGACAACCAGGGUCAAUGUUAUUACUUCAAAGACCUCAUCCAAGAUUUUGAUCAAGGAUGCAACCAAGGACGAUGUUGGAAAGUAUGAGAUUACGCUGACAAACCCAUUUGGCACCAAGACAGCUGAAAUCUCUGUUAUUAUCCUGGACAAACCUGGCCCGCCAAGUAACAUAAAGUUGGAUGAGGUGAGCGCUGACUUCAUCUCUCUGUCUUGGGAUCCUCCAACCUAUGAUGGUGGAUGCCAGAUUAACAACUAUGUGGUGGAGAAGAGAGACACUACCACAACUACAUGGCAGAUUGUUUCAGCAACAGUAGCCAGGACAUCAAUCAAGGUGUCUCGUCUCACUCAGGGAACAGAGUACCAGUUCCGUAUUGCAGCUGAGAACCGUUAUGGCAAGAGUCCUGCCAUUGAUUCUACUCCUGUUGUCGCUCAGUAUCCCUUCAGUCCUCCUGGCCCACCAACCAACCUCCAUGUUUCUCAUGCCACCAAGUAUGGCAUGCUCGUGGUAUGGGGCAAACCUGCAAGUGAUGGUGGAAGCCCUGUUAUUGGUUAUCACAUUGAAUGCAAAGACCAAAACAGCCUCCUGUGGACCAAGGUCAACAGAGGUCUGCUGGCUGAAAACCAAUUUAAGAUGACAGGCAUUGAAGAAGGCCUGCUGUAUCAGUUCAGAGUAUAUGCUGAGAAUAUUGCUGGCAUUGGUCCAUGCACUACUGCCAGUGACGGCGUGGCAGCCAGAAACCCAUGUGAACCUCCCUGUAACCUUAGAGUCACCAACAUUACCAGGACGUCAGUUUCCCUCUUCUGGGAGAAGCCAGAGUAUGAUGGCGGAGCAAAGAUUACUGGCUACAUUGUUGAGCGUAAAGAACUUCCCAAUGGCCGCUGGCUGAAAUGCAACUUCACCAACUUGCAAGACACCUACUUCGAUGUCACAGGCCUUACAGAAGAUGUACAAUAUGACUUCCAUGUCAUUGCUAAGAAUUCAGCAGAGCUCUUGAGUGCUCCUUCAGAGAGCACUGGUCCUGUCACAGUCAAGGAUGAUGUAGACCCUCCCACCAUUAUCCUGGAAGAUAAGUUCAGACAGCUACUUGUCAUUAAGUCCGGAGAGAUCAUUACAAUUGAUGCUGAAAUCGCAGGCCGUCCACUCCCAGUUGUCUCCUGGUUUAAGGAUGGAAAGGAGAUUGAGGCCAAGGCCAGGUGUGAAAUCACCUCGACCAACUUUGCAACCACCCUGAUUGUCAGAGAUGCUAUCAGGAGGGACUCUGGCCAGUAUGUCCUGAGCCUGCACAAUGUGGCAGGAACCAGGUCUGUGGCUAUCAACUGUAAGGUACUGGACAGACCUGGACCUGCCUCAGGACCUUUGGCAGUGUCUGGCCUCACAGCAGAAAAAUGCACCCUGACCUGGGGACCCCCUCAGGAGAACGGUGGUGCUGAAAUCAUGCACUACAUUGUGGAAAAACGCGAGACCAGUCGCCUAGCUUGGACUCUCGUCCAUGGUGACAUGAAAGCAACCACCUGUAAAGUGACGAAGCUGCUUAAAGGAAAUGAGUACAUCUUCAGAGUCAGGGGAGUAAACAAAUAUGGGGAUGGUGAGGCCUUGGAGAGUGAGCCAACAAAAGCCAUGGAUCCAUUCACCGUGCCUGCAGCACCCACUAAUGUCCAGGUCACCGCAGUUACUAGUGAGGCAAUGACCAUCUGUUGGGAUAGGCCAGUUUCUGAUGGUGGCAGCAGUAUCUCUGGCUAUGUCAUUGAAAAGCGCGAGAAAACUGGCCUUCGCUGGUGCCGUGUCAACAAGAAACCUGUUUAUGAUCUCAGAGUCAAAGCCUCACACCUUCGUAAUGGCUGUGAGUAUGAGUACAGAGUGUUUGCAGAGAACUCUGCUGGCCUCAGUGCUCCCAGCACCCCUUGCCCACUCACCAAGGCUGAAGACCCACAGUUCCUGCCUUCACCUCCUGCUAAACCCAAGAUCAUUGACACUACAAAAAACACAGUCACCCUGUCGUGGAAUAAGCCACUGUUUGAUGGUGGAGCACCUGUGACUGGUUACAGGGUAGAAUACAGGAAGACUUUAGAUGAUGAAUGGAUUGUUGGAGUCCAGAACACCAAGAACACAGAGUUUACAGUGGUGGGAUUGACAGCUGGGGCUGAAUAUGUCUUUGUUGUCAAGUCCAUUAACAAGAUUGGAGUCAGUGAGCCCAGUCCUGAGUCAGAUAAACAGGUCGCCAAAGAAAGAGAGGAGGAGCCAAUCUUUGACAUCAGUAAUGAGAUGAGGAAGACUCUUGUUGUGAAGGAUGGGAGCUCAUUUACCAUGCGAGUACCCUACAGAGGCAAACCCAUUCCCAGUGUUACGUGGACUAAGCCUGAUGUUGACCUUAGAGUUCGUGCUUUCAUUGACACCACAGACACUUUCACCUCCAUCACCUUAGAGAAAGCAACUCGUGACGACUCUGGCAAAUACACCGUCACCUUGUCCAAUGUAGCUGGAACCUCUACUUUGACACUCAAUGUCAGAGUCCUGGACUCCCCUGGACCUCCUGCCCAUGUAGAGGUCAAGGAGGUGACAAAGACCUCUGCUACUGUAACCUGGGACACUCCUGAGAAUGAGGGAGGAGGACCAGUCAAGAACUACCUUGUUGAUUUCCGAGAGGCCAGCAAGAAAGGCUGGACCAGGUUGACUGACACAUGCCACAGACUCACAUUCAAGGUGACAGACCUGCAGGAGGGAGGAGUCUACUACUUCAGAGUGACAGGCGAAAAUGAGUACGGUGUAGGUGUUCCUGCCGAGACGAAAGAAGGAACCAAGAUCACAGAAAAACCAAGCCCACCACCAAAGCUGGGUGUUACUGAUGUGACCAAGGAGAGUGUGUCCCUGGCCUGGGCCAAACCAGAACAAGACGGAGGCAGCAGAAUUAUUGGCUACUUGGUAGAAGCUCUGGAGAAAGGCCAGGAGAAGUGGGUUAACUGUGGCGUAACCAAGUCGAUCCACUUCACAGUGUCUGGUCUGAGGGAGAAUGCUGAAUACUUCUUUAGAGUCAGAGCUGAGAACCACGCUGGAUUCAGUGAUAUUAAGGAAAUGCUCAGCCCUGUAGUGGUCAAAGACCAGCUCGAAUCUCCUGAGAUCGAUAUGAAGGACUUCCCCCACAACACAGUGUAUGUUAGAGCCGGCUCCACACUCAAGUGUGAGAUCCCAGUGACAGGCCGGCCUUUGCCUAAAGUCACCCUGUCCAAGGAUAACGUGCUGCUCAAGUCAACAAUGAGGUUCAACUCUGAGGUCACCCUUGACAGCAUCAAGAUCACUUUGCGUGAGAGCAUUGCUAAAGACUCAGGGCGCUACGAUAUCAUUGCCUCAAAUUCCAGUGGAACCACCAAAUCCUUCAUAAAUAUUAUUGUUCUGGACCGCCCCAGUGCCCCUCUUGGACCUGUGGAACUGUUUGAUGUCACAGAAGACAGUGUCAGCCUGAAGUGGCUUCCACCAGCAUAUGAUGGUGGCAGCCCCAUCACCAACUACAUCAUCCAGAAGAGAGAGACAACCACAGCCAACUGGAUGGAUGUCUCUUCUGCUGUGGCCCGCUGCACCAUAAAGAUCAUGAAGCUGAACACUGGCUUGGAGUACCAGUUCAGAAUCAGGGCUGAGAACAGAUACGGAAUCAGCGAACACAUUGACUCCCCAACUGUCAGUGUCAGCCUUCCUUACACUGUCCCUGAUGCUCCAUCAACUCCAGAGAUCACUGCUGUAACCAGAGAGAGUAUCACUGUAAGCUGGAAGGAGCCCAAGUCAGAUGGUGGCAGCCACGUUUUCGGUUACCAUCUCCAGAUGAAAGACAGGAACAGCAUCCUUUGGCAGAGAGUCAACAAAAUGGUGAUCCGUGCUACACACUUCAAGGUUCCCAGCAUUGAAGCUGGACUUAUUUAUGAGUUCAAGGUGGCAGCAGAGAACGCUGCUGGAAUCAGUGCCUUCAGCAAGGUUUCUGAUGCAGUGCUGGCUAUUGAUGCCUGUGAACCACCCAUCAACUUGCGCAUUAGUGACAUCACCAAGAGCACCAUUAGCCUGGCCUGGCAGAAGCCCAACUAUGAUGGAGGAUCCCCAAUCACCGGCUACAUCAUUGAGAAGAAAGAGGGUGUUAGUGCCAGAUGGUCCAAGGCUAACCUCACCAAUGUCACAGACACCCACUACACUGUGACAGGCCUAACCCAGGACGAGACAUACGAGUUUAGAGUCAUGGCCAAGAAUGCUGUUGGCUCAGUGAGCAACCCAUCCAUGACCGCAGGACCAGCCACAUGUGUGGACACCUACGGUGCCCCAGAGAUUGAAACACCUCAGGAGUACUUAAACGAGAUCAAGCACGGGGCUGGCUCUGAUGUGGAGCUCAAGUUUAAUAUCAUAGCCAAACCCGCUCCCACUAUUGAGUGGUUUAAGGAUGGCAGAGAGCUUGUGCCCAACGCCCAGCUCUCUUUCAAACACACAUUCGAGUCCUCCAGUGUGUUCCUGAAGGACACCACGCGUCUGAAUUCUGGAACUUAUGAGCUCAAGGUGAAGAACUCCCUGGGAUCUGCAUCCGCCUAUGUCAGGCUGCUCAUUCAAGAUAAGCCAGGCCCCCCUGAUGGAGAGAUUGAGUUUAAGAAGGUGACGGCUGAUAACAUCACCAUCAUGUGGUCCCCGCCUGCUGAUGAGGGUGGUGCCAUGGUAACACAUUACAUUGUGGAAAAGAGGGAGACCAGCAGGGUCAUGUGGUCCAUUGUCUCAGAGAAACUGGUCGACUGCAUCGUUAACGUGCCCAGACUCAUCCGGGGCAAUGAGUACAUCUUCCGAGUACGUGGAGUCAACAAGUAUGGCAUUGGAGACCCACUGGAGUCUAAGCCUGUAAUCGCCAAGAACGCAUUUGUUCCUCCUAGCGAGCCAUCCAAGCCUAAAGUGACCAUGAUCACCAAGUCCACCAUGACAGUGGUCUGGGAGAGGCCGGCGUUGGAUGGAGGCAGUGACAUCGAUGGCUACUACCUGGAGAAGAGGGAGAAGAAGAGUCUGCAGUGGUUCAAGGUGGUGAAGGGCACCAUCAGAGACACCAGGCAGAAAGUCACCAACCUGGUGGAGAACAACGAGUACCAGUUCAAAGUUUGUGCUGUCAACAAGGCUGGAGCAGGAAACUAUUCCGAACCCUCUGAACUUUACAAGGCCUAUGAUCCCAUAGAUCUGCCUGGUGAGCCAACCAAGCUGCGUGUAGUCGACUCCACAAAGACCUCCAUCACCCUUGGCUGGGAGAAGCCUGUCUACGAUGGAGGCAGUGAAAUCACACACUACUAUCUGGAACAGAUGAACACAGAGGAAAAAGAAUGGGUAAUCACCAACCCACAGGUCAAGACCUGCGAGUAUGUGGUAUCCCACCUCAAACCUGGAACCUACUACUUCUUCAGAGUCUCUGCUGUCAACUGCAAGGGCAAAGGAGAGGACAUCAAAAUGUACCAGCCUGUGCAAGCCAAGGAUAUCUUGGAGGAAGCUGAUUUGGACUUGGACGUUCACAUGACGACCCAGUACACAGCCAGGGCCGGCCGUGACGUGGAAGUGUUUAUCCCCCUGAAGGGACGCCCUGCACCCAACGUCACCUGGCGCCGGGGCGACCGCAACAUAGCUGGUGACAACCGCUACACCAUCACCAGCUCUGAGCGAGCCACCACACUCCUCAUUACCAAGGUCACCCGUGAUGACUGCGGCAAGUACCUGCUGGAGAUUGAGAAUGGUGUGGGAGAACCCAAGAUUAUCACAGUUUCCCUUAAGGUUCUGGACAGUCCUUCCACCUGCCAGAAAAUGAUGGUCAAGAACGUGACAAGAGGAAAGCUGACCCUCAGCUGGGAGGCUCCUCUUAUCGACGGCGGUUCCCCUGUCACUAAUUACAUUGUAGAAAAGAAGGCCUCCACCAUGAAGGCUUACCAGGUGAUCACCGCAGAGUGUGCCAACACAAGUUACAAGGUGUCUGGCCUGGAGGAGGAUGUAGCUUACUUCUUCCGUGUGUCUGCUGAAAACGAGUACGGUGUGGGCGACACCUGCGAGACCACUGAGCCUGUCAGAGCCACGGAAACUCCAGGAGCUGUCAAAGACCUGGUGAUGCUGGACUCCACAAAGAACUCUGUUACUCUGCAGUGGACCAGACCUGACCACGAUGGUGGCAGCUACAUCACUGAAUACAUCAUUGAGAAGAGAACCAUGGAAGAUACCACCUGGACUUUGGGUGCAACAUGCAAGCGCUGCAGCUGCGAGGUGACAGGACUCAAGGAGAACGCUGUCAUGGACUUCAGAGUGUUUUCCAAGAAUGAAAAGGGCAACAGUGACUUCUCCCAGAUUGGUCCAAUCACAGUGAUGGACUUUAUCAUUCCACCUGAGGCCAACCUCAUCGACUACCCCAAUGGAGAGCUCGCUGUUCGUAUUGGUCAGAACAUCCAUAUUGAGUUGCCCUUCAAGGGUAAACCAAAACCUGCAAUCAGCUGGCUAAAGGAUAACUUGCCUCUUAAGGAAAGUGAUAGGAUUCGAUUCAGGACCACUGACAACAAGACUGCAGUCACAGUUAGAGGGGCCAAGAAGGAACAUGCUGGCCAGUACACCUUGGUUCUGGACAACAGAGUCAUCAAGAACUACUUUGACAUAAAUGUGAUCACUCUGGGACCUCCAUCAGUUCCAGUUGGUCCCAUCCGCUUCGAUGAAAUUAAAGCACAGAGCAUCAUCAUCUCCUGGGAUCAACCGAAGGAGGAUGGAGGAGGUGAGAUCACUUGCUACAGUGUAGAGAAACGUGAGACUUCCCAGGCCAACUGGAAGAUUGUCUGCUCCAGUGUUGUCAGGACCUCCUUCAAGAUUACCAACCUGGUCAAGGGAACCCAGUACCAGUUCAAAGUCCGUGCAGAAAACAAAUACGGAGUCAGUGAACCACUCAACUCGUCAGACAUUGUUGCAGAGCACCAGUACAAGCCUCCAGGCCCUCCAGGAAAGCCAGUGGCCUACAACAUCACCAGUGAUGGUAUGACCAUCAGAUGGGAGGCCCCUGGCUUUGACGGAGGAUCCCCCAUUUUGGGCUAUCAUGUUGAGAAGAAGGAUAGGAACAGCCUGUUGUGGCAGAAGGUGAACUCCACCAUCAUCUCCAAUAAAGAGUAUAGGAUCAUUAGUCUCAUCGAGGGUCUGGAGUACUCCUUUAGGGUGUAUGCUGAGAACAACGCUGGACUCAGCCCUGUUAGUGAACAGAGCAAACAUGCACUGGCCAUCUCCCCUGUUGAUCCACCUGGCACCCCUGUCUGCAUUGAUGUUACAAGAGACUCAGUCACCCUGCAGUGGGAUAUCCCCAAGAGGGAUGGAGGCAGCAAAAUUGUGGCCUACAGUGUGGAGAGACGCCAAGGUAGAAGCAAAUGGCUGCGGUGCAACUUCACUGAUAUCAGCGAGACCCAGUUCACUGUGACUGGUCUGUCCCCUGGAGACAGAUUUGAGUUCAGAGUUAUUGCCAGGAAUGCUGUGGGCACAGUCAGUCCACCAUCUAACUCCUCUGGAUACAUUAUGACCAAGGAUGAGAGCAUUGCUCCUGAGAUUGAGUGGUCUCCAGACCAAGUGCUUACACUGAGGGCCGGAGAGAACGUAAAGCUCAGCUGCAGCAUCACUGGACGUCCUGUCCCUCAGGUUGUCUGGUACAAGGAUGGCAAAGAGAUUGACAAGAGGACCAUGAUUGACAUCGAGAUUACCACCAACAUUGGCACCAGCAGCGUUUUUAUCCGUGAUGCUGACAGGAACCACCGUGGCAUCUACACCAUAGAGGCCAAGAACAGCUCCGGAACCAAGAAAGCUGAUGUCAACGUCAGAGUACAAGAUACCCCCGGACCCGUCGAGGGUCCCAUCCGUUUCACUGGCAUCACAGCUGAGAAGUGCACCGUGUGGUGGAACCCGCCGGAGAAUGAUGGCUGUGCCGCCAUCACCCACUAUGUGGUGGAGAAGAGGGAGACAUCCAGGCUCUCCUGGGCCAUGGUCACCUCUAAAUGCGAAGCCUGUUCCUUCAAUGCCGUCAACCUCAUCAAGGGCAAUGAGUACCAGUUCAGAAUCUCAGCUGUCAACAGGUUUGGUGUCGGAAAACCACUGGACUCUGAUCCUGUCAUCGCACAGAUGCAAUAUACUGUCCCUGAUGCCCCGGGUACCCCAGAUGCAACCCAUGUGACUGGAAACAGCAUCACCUUGUGCUGGACCAGGCCACGGUCGGAUGGAGGUAACGAGAUCAAACAGUAUAUCCUGGAGAGGAGGGAGAAGAAGAGCCUGCGGUGGGUGAAGGUUUCCUCUAAGAGGCCCAUCACAGAGCUAAGACACCGUGUCACCAACCUCACUGAGGGCAACGAGUAUGAGUUCCGCGUCAUGGCUGAAAAUGGAGCUGGCGUUGGACCAGCCAGCAGUACCUCCAGGCUCUUCAAGACCAGAGAGCCAACCAGUGCUCCUAGUGCUCCCACGUUAGUCAAGGUGACUGACUCCACAAAGUCCUCUGUCACCCUGGAAUGGACCAAGCCAGUGUUUGAUGGCGGCAUGGAAAUCAUUGGCUACAAUAUCGACAUGUGUAAGGCCAGUCUGGAGGAGUGGCACAGAGUCAACAGCCAGAUUUGCAUCCACACCAGGUACACUGCCAACGGCCUGGUCCCUGGAGAGCUCUACAAGUUCAGGGUCAGCGCUGUGAACAGCUCUGGAGAGGGCGAAGCAUCAGUUGUGCCCAACCCUGUUCAGGCUCUGGACAGACUUACAUCUCCUGAGAUCAACAUUGAUGCCAACUUCAAGCAGACUCACAUCGUGAAGAAUGGCGGCACUGUCAGCCUCCAAAUUGCCUUCCAAGGCAAACCAGUUCCUCUCGCCACCUGGUCUAAAGUAGACGGUGAGCUGCCCAUCAUGGCCGACAUCAACACCACAGAUUCCUUCUCUACCCUGACCAUCGAGAGUUGCACUAGGUACGAGGCAGGCAAAUACACCCUGUCCCUGGAGAACAACAGCGGGCGCAAGUCCAUCACAUUCACCGUCAAAGUGCUGGACACACCCGGACCUCCGGGUGUCAUCAGCUUCAAAGAUGUUACCCGUGGAGCCUUGACAAUGAUGUGGGAUGCCCCCACCAAUGAUGGCGGAUCCCGAAUCCACCACUACAUUGUUGACAAGCGUGAGGCCAGUCGUCUGGCCUGGCAGGAGGUCAGCACCAAGUGCUCUCGCCAGAUGAUCAGGGUAACUGGUCUGGAUAUUGGCGUGCCAUAUGUGUUCAGAGUGAUUGCUGUUAAUCAGUACGGCCAGGGAGAACCUCAUGAGAUGACUGAGCCCAUCAUAGCUACAGAAGAACCCGCACCGCCCAAGAGACUGGAUGUUGUCGACACCACCAGCUCCACAGCCUCCCUGGUUUGGCUGAAGCCUGAGCAUGAUGGAGGCAGCCGCAUCAGGGGCUACAUCGUUGAGUUCAGAGUUAAAGGCACUGACCGCUGGGUGGUUUACGGAGAGACCAAGUCCCAGAAGAUGCUGAUGGAGGGACUGAUUGAGAACACAGAGUAUGACUUCAGAGUCAAGGCCAAGAACGAUGCUGGAAUCAGCGAGCCUCAGGCCACCUUCAGCUCUGUGGUCAUUAAGGAGCCUCGCAUCGAACCAACUGCUGACCUCAGCAGCAUCACCAAUCAGCUCAUCACCUGCAAGACCUCCACCACCUUCACCAUCGACAUACCCAUUAGCGGCAGACCCGCGCCCAAGGUCACCUGGAAGCUGGAGGAGAUGAAGCUGAAGGAGACCGACCGAGUCUCCAUCAAAACCACAAAGGAGAGAACCACUCUGGUGGUGAAAGACAGCAAGAGAAGCGACAGCGGCAAGUACUACCUGACCCUGGAGAAUUCUGCUGGUGUGAAGACGUUCACAGUGACAGUGGUUGUCGUCGGCAGACCAAGUCCACCCACAGGCCCUGUGGAAAUUUCUGGAGUCUCCUCGGAGUCCUGUAACCUGUCCUGGUCCGAGCCAGCAGAUGAUGGCGGCACUGACAUCACCAACUACAUAGUGGAAAAGCGAGAGUCUGGCUCUGCCUCCUGGCAAGUGGUAAACUCCAGUGUGAAGAGAACCACCAUCAAAGUGACUCAUCUUACCAAAUAUAUGGAGUACACCUUCAGAGUGUGCGCUGAGAACAAGUUUGGAGUCAGCAAGUCCACAGAGUCUGCUUCUGUUGUCAUUGAGCAUCCAUUUGUUCCUCCAAGUCCUCCAACUCGUCCAGAUGUGGUAUCUGUGUCCGCCAGUGCAAUCAGCAUCAAAUGGGAUGUGCCAUAUGCCGAUGGCGGCAGCAAGGUGACGGGCUACUGGAUCGAGAAGAAGGAGAGGAACACGAUCCUGUGGGUGAGGGAGAACAAGCUGCCCUGCCUGGAGUGCCAUUACAAGGUGUCCAACGUGAUCGAGGGCCUGGAGUACCAGUUCAGGGUGUAUGCCAUGAACAUCGCCGGACUCAGCAAGGCCAGCGAGGCCUCCAGACCUGUGGUGGCUCUCAAUCCUGUUGAUCCUCCCGGUAAACCAGAGGUCACCGACAUCACCCGCUCCUCCGUGUCGUUGUGCUGGACCGUGCCGCUUAAUGACGGCGGCAGCAAGAUCAUUGGUUACGUGGUGGAGAGGAAAGUCUACAGCACGGAUGAGUGGGAUGACAACCGCUGGCUCAAGUGCAACUACACCACCGUCAGCGAGAACUACUUCACCGUCAUGAACCUGGGAGAGGGAGAGACCUUUGAGUACCGUGUCAUCGCCAAGAAUGCCACUGGUGUCCACAGCGCGCCCUCAGAGUCCACCGGACCAGUCACCUGCAAGGAUGAAUACUCUCCUCCCAAAGCCGAGCUGGAUAGUAAGCUGGUGGGCGAGACUGUCACCGUCACCGCCGGGUCUGACCUCGUCCUGGACGGCGCUGUGGGUGGUAAACCGCAGCCUACAGUGUACUGGUCCAAGGGCGACAAGAUUUUGGAGCUCGGAGAGAAAUACUCGCUGACCUACACUGCCACCAGAGCCAUGGCCGUCAUCAAAAACUGCGACAGAUAUGACACGGGAAGAUACAUCCUGACUGUGAAGAAUGCCAGUGGUACCAAGACCGCUGCCGUCAGCGUUAAAGUUCUGGACACCCCUGGACCUCCGGCUGAAAACAUUGUGAUCAGCAGAGUGACGGAGGAGAAGUGCACAGUGUCCUGGAAGAUUCCCCUGGAGGAUGGCGGAAGCACCAUCACCCACUACAUUGUGGAGCGCCGCGAGACCAGCCGCCUCAACUGGGUCAUCAUGGAGGCCGAGUGCAAGACUCUGUCAUGUGUCAGCUCCAGGCUGAUCAAGAACAACGAGUACAUCUUCAGAGUCAAAGGAGUCAACAAAUUUGGCCCUGGAGUUCCUCUGGAGUCCGAUCCCGUCAUCGCCAGGAACGCCUACACCAUCCCCUCCCAGCCGGGCACUCCGGAGGCUACAGGUGUGGGUAAGGAGCAUGUCGUCAUCGAGUGGCUGAAGCCCGAGAGCGACGGAGGCAGUGAGAUCAAAAAUUACAUCGUGGAUAAACGAGAGAAAAGCAGCACCAGAUGGACUCGAGUGAAUAGGACUUACACCAUCUACGACACCCGUCUGAAGAUCACGGGCCUGCUGGAGGGAAGCGAGUACCAGUUCAGAGUAACGGCUGUCAACGCUGCUGGAGACAGCCAGCCGAGCGACGCCACACCAUACAUCCUCUGCAAAGACCCCACAUAUACCCCAGCUCCUCCAUCAAUGCCUCGCAUCACCGACACAACCAAGCACAGCAUCAGCAUGACCUGGACCAGGCCCAUGUAUGACGGUGGCUCAGAUGUCACCGGCUACGUGGUGGAGAUCCUAGAGGAGGGCACCGAGCAGUGGUACCGCGCCACCACCAAGGCUAUAAAUACAAACAAGUACGUGGCUGCCGGCCUGGCAGCCAAUAAGAAGUACAGAUUCAGGGUCGCUGCUGUCAACAGCAAUGGCACCGGCGAGUUCAGUGAACCUAGCGAUGAGGUUACACCGCUGGAGAGAAUUGAAAUGCCCGACCUGGAACUGGCCGAGGACCUGAAGAAAACAGUAUGUCUGCGCGCUGGAGGAACCCUGCGUCUGGUCGUAUUUGUGACCGGCCGGCCGACACCGGUGGUGGCCUGGAGGAAGACGGGCGUGGAGCUGCAGAGCCGUGGCUACAUUGAGACCACCGAUAGCUACACCUCACUGAUGGUGGAGAAGGUCACUCGCUACGACUCCGGGAAAUACGUUGUGGAGGCAGAGAACCCAUCUGGCAAGAAGACUGCCACCAUCCUGGUGAAAGUCUACGACACACCUGGUCCUCCAGGUUCUGUGAAGGUGAAGGACUACACCAAGGAGUCCGUUGUGAUCACCUGGGACGUCCCGAGCAUUGACGGUGGCGCUCACGUCAGCAACUACAUCAUUGAGAAGCGUGAAGCCAGCAUGAAGUCAUACAAGACCGUCACCACUGAGUGUAGAAAAACCCUGUUCAGAAUCACCGGUCUGGAGGAGGGAGCGCACUACUUCUUCAGAGUCCUGCCAGAGAACAUCUAUGGCGUCGGCGAGCCCUGUGAGACAGCCGAGGCCGUGCUGGUAUGCGAGGUGCCGUCUGUGCCUAUGGACCUCCAGAUCGUUCACGUCACCAAGUCCUCCGUCACGCUGCACUGGGAGAAGCCACUGCACGACGGCGCCAGCAGGUUGACUGGCUAUAUCAUCGAGGCCUGCAAGGUGGGAACGGACAGGUGGAGUGUCGUGGCGACAGUCAAGGCGUCGGUGUCCCAGCACACCAUCCAGUCCCUGACAGAGAACGACCAGUACCUGUUCAGGAUCCGAGCCACCAACAGCAGGGGAUCCAGCGAGCCCAUGGACAUCGUCACUCCUGUCACCAUCCAGGACAUCAAGGUGAUGCCCAAAAUCGACAUGACCAGUAUCCCUCAGAAGAUCGUCCACAUCCACCGUGGCAAACCCAUCGACCUCAACAUCCCCAUAAAGGCGAGCCCGCCGCCUGUUUGCUCCUGGUUCUUCGGUGGUGUCAAACUGAAGGACAGCCUGGACCGCAUCAAGAUUGACAGCAACGGCAAAUACACCCACCUCGUCAUCCGCGAGACCACCAUCAACGACACCGGAGACUACACACUCGAGGUGAAGAACGCCAUUGGCGUGGCAACUGAGGUCAUCAAGGUCAUCAUUCUUGACAAACCCGGCCUCCCAGUCGGUCCGAUGAAGAUCGAGGAGGUUGACGGCGUGUCAGUGACAGUCAGCUGGGAACCUCCAGAGAAGGAUGGUGGUGCCAACGUCAGUGGCUACGUAGUGGAACAGCGCGAUGCCCACCGGCCCGGCUGGACCACCGUCUCAGAGUCUGUGACCAGACCCUGCUUUAAGUUCACCAGACUCUCAGAGGGAACAGAGUACGUGUUCCGCGUUGCUGCCAUGAAUCGCUUCGGUGUCGGCGGCUUCCUGCAGUCAGAGGUGGUGGAUUGCAAGAGCGCAAAGACCAUUCCUGGACCUCCAAGCAUGCCAGAGGUGCUUGAUGUCACUCACGAGGGCAUGACUCUGACCUGGCAGCCACCUGAGGACAACGGUGGCUCCACCAUUGCUGGCUAUAUCAUUGAACGUAAAGAGGCCCGCUCUGACAGGUGGCUGAGAAUCAACAAGAACCCCGUCACCAUGACCAGGUACCGCUCCUCUGGUCUGAUAGAGGGCCUGGAGUAUGAACACCGUAUCACCGCCAUCAACUCAAGAGGAGCCGGCAAACCCAGCGAGAGCUCCGCCAUCACUGUCGCCAUGGAUCCCAUCGAGCCUCCAGGUCCUCCAGUUCAGCCCAAAGUCACAGACAGCACUAGGACGUCAGUCACUCUGGCCUGGCUGCCGCCUGAAGAGGAGGGCGGUUCUGUCAUUACUGGUUACUUCAUCGAGAUGCAGAAGGUGGACCAGGUGGAAUGGACACUGUGCAACACCACGCCCACCAAGAUGUGCGAGUACAUCCUCACCCACAUGCCCCAGGGUGCUGAGUACAAGUUCAGGGUCAUUGCCUGUAACGCUGGCGGUACCGGAGAACCCGCUGAGAUUCCUGGAGUGGUUAAAGUCCAGGAGAUGCUUGAUUAUCCCGACUACGAGCUUGAUCAUAAAUACGAGGAGGGCUACGUGGUGCGGCAGGGCGGAGUCAUCCGUCUGUCUGUGCCUAUCAAGGGUAAACCCAUCCCUACAUGCAAGUGGACCAAGGACGGUCACGACAUCUCCCACCGGGCCAUGAUUGCCACCCACGAUGACAUAACUGAGCUUGUAAUCAAAGAGGCGCACAAAGAUGACACCGGAACCUACGACCUGGUGCUGGAGAACAAAUGCGGCAGGAAGGCCGUGUACAUCAAGGUGAAGGUGAUCGGUCGCCCUGACGUUCCAGAAGGCCCUCUUGAGUUCGAUGACAUUCAGGUUAGAUCAGUCCGGGUAAGCUGGAGGCCACCGUCAGAUGAUGGCGGCUCCGACAUCCUGGGAUACAUUGUGGAAAGGCGAGAGGUACCCAAGGCCGCAUGGUGUACGGUGGAUUCCCGGGUGACUGAAACCUCGCUUGUGGUGAAGGGCCUGAAGGAGAAUGUGGCGUACCACUUCAGGGUUUCCGCCGAGAACCAGUUCGGCAUCAGCAGAUCUCUCAAGUCUGAUGAGUCUGUCACGCCUAAGACACCACUUUGCCCACCAGAACCUCCCAGCAACCCACCAGAGAUCAUGGAUGUUGCCAAAUCUACGGUGUCCCUGUCCUGGGCCCGGCCCCGGGAUGAUGGAGGCUCCCGCGUCACAGGAUACUAUGUGGAAAGGAGGGAGGUGUCGACAGAGAAGUGGGUCCGCCACAACAGGACCCACAUCACCACCACCAUGUACAACGUCACCGGGCUCAUCCCCGAUGCAGAGUACAUGUUCAGAGUGGUGGCUCAGAACGACAUUGGGCAGAGCGAACCUGGUCCUGCUUCAGAGUCUGUGGUCUGCAAAGAUCCGUUUGACAAACCCAGCCAACCAGGAGAGAUCGACAUCAUCUCCAUCACCAAAGACUGCAUCACCAUCCACUGGCUAAGGCCCGAGCAUGAUGGUGGCAAAGAGAUCCUGGGCUACUGGAUUGAGUUCAGGCAGGCUGGAGAGAGUGCCUGGAAGAAAUGCAACAAGGAGCGCUCCAAGGAUCGUCAGUUCACGAUGGGCGGCCUGAUGGAGGCCACAGAGUACGAGUUCAGAAUCUUUGCUGAAAAUGAGACUGGUCUCAGCCGACCUCGUCGCACACCCAUGGGCAUCAAGACCAAACUGAGCGUUGGUGAGGCUCCAGCUUUGAAGGAAGAGAUUGAAGACGUAACCACCAAGCUUGGCGAGUCUGGCACACUCACCUGUGGCAUCGUCGGUAGACCUUUGCCUGAGAUCAAGUGGUACCGCUAUGGCAAGGAACUGAUCCAGAGCCGCAAGUACAAGAUGAGCUCAGAUGGCCGGAACCACUCUCUCAGCAUCCUGACAGACGAGCAGGAAGACGAGGGCUUGUACACCUGCAGGGCUGUCAACGAGGCUGGAGAGAUUGAGACCAGCGGCAAACUACGCCUUCAGGCAGCGCCCCAGUUCCACCCAGGCUUCCCUUUGAAGGAGAAGUACUUUGCCGGGGCUGGCACCAGCCUCCGCCUCCAUGUUGUUUACAUUGGGCGUCCCAUCCCCCAGAUCAUGUGGUUCUAUGGCAAGAAGCCUCUGAACGCGUCUGAAAAUGUGAUUAUUGAAAACACUGAAAGCUACACCCACCUGGUAGUGAGGAACGUCCAGAGGAAGACCAACGCUGGCCGCUACAAGGUGCAGCUCAGCAAUUCAUUUGGAACUAUCGACACUUCGCUACGUGUUGAAAUCCAAGAUAAACCAUCCAUCCCUGAGGGCCCCGUGGUUGUUGAUGCCCUGCUGAAGAGCUCAGUUGUCAUCAGCUGGAAGGCUCCCAAGGAUGACGGAGGCUCCAUGAUCACUAACUACAUCGUGGAGAAGCGUGAGGCCAAAGAAGGCGAGCAGUGGCACCUGGUGUCCUCCUCCAUUUCUGGCAACACCUGCCGUGUCCCCAACCUGAUCGAGAGUGCUGGCUACUACUUCAGAGUUUCUGCCCAGAACCAGUACGGAGUCAGCGAACCUCUGGAAAUCCCAUCAGUAGUCAUCGUCAAGAGUCCAUUUGAAAAACCUGGCAUCCCACAGCAGCCCUUCAUCAUCAGCUCUACAAAGGACUCCUGUGUUGUCUGCUGGAAGCCUCCAACCAGCGAUGGUGGAGCUAAAAUCACCAGCUACUACCUGGAGAAACGUGAGAAGAAGCAGAACAAGUGGAUGUCGGUAACCAGUAAGAAGUUUGUAGAGACCAGCUACGAGGUCACCGGCUUGAUCGAGGGCUUCGAGUACGAGUUCCGUGUCAAGUGUGAGAACAUGGGCGGCGAGAGCGACUGGAGUGAGCUCUCUGAGCCUAUCAUCCCCAAGUCUGACCAAACUCCUCGUGCUCCUGUGUUCAGGGAGGAGAUCAGAGACAUGACUGUUAAAUACCAUAACAAUGCCACAUUUGUCACUAAGGUGGUGGGAUAUCCCAAGCCUGUGUUGAAAUGGUACCGCAGUGGAAAGGAGAUCCAGGCAGAUGGAACCAAGAUCAAAGCCCUGGAGUUCAAGGGAGGCUACUACCAGCUGGUCAUCACUGCAGCUGAUGAGAAUGACGCCACAGUUUAUCAAGUCAGAGCGACGAACUCCUCAGGAUCCGUCUCUACAACAGCCAACCUGGAGGUGGAAGUUCCUGCUAAGAUCCACCUGCCCAAGGAGCUCCAGGGAAUGGGAGCAGUCCAUGCAGCCCGUGGUGAUCACAUCACCAUCAAGAUCCCCAUCUCUGGCAAGCCUGAGCCAGCAAUCAUUUGGCAGAAGGGUCAGGAGAUCCUCUCCAACUCUCCUUAUUACCAAGUCAUCACCACUAGGUCUUUCACCUCCCUGGUCUUCCAGAAGGGAGUGCAGAGAAAGGAUAGUGGCUACUACAUUAUUACUGCAAAGAACAGGUUCGGAACGGACAAGCAAACCAUUGAGGUGGACGUGGCUGACAUUCCUGAUGCUCCAAAGGGACUCAUUGUCAGCGACAUAUCUCGGGACUCCAUCACCUUGACCUGGGAGCCUCCUGCCAGUGAUGGUGGAAGCGAUAUCAUUAGCUACAUCGUGGAGAAGUGUCCCACAACUGCUGACAGGUGGAUCCGCGCUGGACAGACCGCUGAUUGCAGCAUCACUAUCAUCAACAUAUUUGGAAAGACCAAGUACCAGUUCCGCGUCAUUGCUGAAAACCACUUUGGCUUGAGCUCUCCUUCUGAGCCAACUGAGCCUAUUACCACAAAGGAAGACAAGUCUGUGAUCAGGAACUAUGAUGAGGAAGUGGACGAAACCAGAGAGAUCACCAAGGAGGAGGCUCCAUUCUACAAGGUGAAGGAGCUGUCCUCCAAGUACGUCAUCACUGAGGAACUUGCUCGCUGCCAGUUUGGAGCGGUCCACCGCUGUGUUGAGAUUGCCACCAAGAAGACCUUCAUGGCCAAGUUUAUCAAGGUCAGAGGAACUGACCGUGAGUUAGUUCUCAGGGAAAUUGAAGCCCUUAACCUAGCAAGGCACAUGAAUAUCAUCUACCUACAUGAAUACUUUGAAAGCAUGGACGAGAUCGUCCUAAUCUUUGAAUUUAUUUCUGGAGUUGACAUCUUCGAGCGCCUUGGGACCAGCAACUUUGAGCUUACAGAGCAGGAGAUUGUCCGCUAUCUAAGACAAGUCUGCUCUGCCCUCAAGUUCUUGCAUAGCCACAACUUUGGCCACUUUGAUAUCCGCCCAGACAACAUUGUGUACACCACAAGGAGAAGCACCAACAUAAAGAUUAUUGAGAUGGGCCAGGCUAGGCUUCUGGUUCCAGGAGAAAACAUCAGAAUGCUGUUCUCAGCUCCGGAGUAUUGCGCCCCUGAGGUCCACCGUCACGACCUAGUCACAACAGCUACCGAUAUGUGGUCUGUUGGUGUGAUGGCCUAUGUUCUGCUCAGUGGCCUCAAUCCAUUUGCAGCAGAGUCCACUACAAAGAUGAUUGAGAACAUCUCCAACUGUGAAUACAUCUUUGACAGUGAAGCAUUUAAGGACAUCAGCCUAGAGGCAAUGGACUUUGUGGACAGACUUCUUGUCAAGGACAGGAAGCUCCGUAUGACAGCCCAAGAGGCUCUGGACCACCCAUGGCUCAAGAUGAAGAUUGAGCAUGUCAGCAACAAGAUCAUUAGGACAUUGAAACACAGAAGGUACUACCAGAGUCUGGUAAAGAGGACAGAUACUAUUGUAUCAGCAGCUCGUGUAGCCUAUGGUGGCGCCUUCAAGAACCAAAGAGGACUGGCUGUGGGUAAAGUGAAGAUUGGAACUGAGUACCAUGGCCUCCGCACUGGUCCUGUCAUGCAUGGCUCAGCUGAAGAAGGUGGCCAUGUCAGAUUCACUUGUAUCAUCUACCACUAUGACAAGAGUACACAGGUGUCAUGGUACUUCGGUAACCGCCAGCUACACCCAAGCCCCAAGUAUGAAAUUACUUACAGCAAUGGUUUUGCCAGCAUCUAUGUAAAGGACAUUGAAGUGAGUGAUGAUGGUGUGUACAGAUGCAAGGUAGUGAGUGACAAUGGAGAGGACAGUGCUUAUGGAGAGCUCUUCGUUGAGACAGUGAGGAGCAUCAGAGAGCACUAUAUAAGCCGCUCCAUCAAGAAACUGAGGAAGAGAGUCGACAAGACUAAAAUCCUGCAGAGACCACCCGAGUUCACUUUGCCUCUCUACAAUCGCACAGCCUACAUUGGCGAAGAUGUGCGCUUUGGUGUCACUAUUACCGUGCACCCAGAGCCUCAGGUAACAUGGCUUAAGAAUGGAGAGAGAAUCAAGCCAGGUGACGAUGACAGCAAGUACACGUUCACCAGUGAUAAGGGUCUGUACCAGCUGAUGAUCCACAACCUGGACUUGAAUGAUGAUGCCGAAUACACCGUCAUGGCCCACAACAAGUUUGGGGAAGACCGUUGUGAGGCCCGUCUCACUGUGAUACCUCAUCCUGUGAUGGAGGAAACUAUGAGGCCCAUGUUUAAACGUCUGCUGGCUAAUGUUGAGUGUGUCGAAGGACAUAGCGUCCACUUCGAGCUCAGAGUCUCAGGAAUCCCAAUUCCUACUUUGAAAUGGGAGAAGGAUGGUCACCCACUACAGUUAAGCUCCAAGGUAGUUGUCAUACAGGAGGACGUUGACUAUCAUAUUCUGCACAUCAGAAAUACUCUGCUCGAGGAUGCUGGUGUGUACAAGGUUACUGCAACCAACUCUGCUGGCUCUGCAAGCUGCCAGGCUGUACUGAAGGUGGACCGUCUUACCUACACUAGGAGAGAGUACAAGAGCGAGGAGGAGAAAUACUUACACGUACAGAAACAAAUUGAAAAGACCAACAAGAUGGCUCAGCAAAUUGUUGCCACUGAGGAGCUCAUACCUUUCAACCCCACAGCCCAGGAGGCUCUCAAAUUUGCUGCAGAGAUAUACAAGCCUGCAGUGAGCACUAAGAAUGUUGAGGGUGAGUUCGACAUCACAGUGGUAAAGUCAGAGACCAAGAAGCUGGAGGAGGAGAGGCGGAUCUUCAUGCCAUAUGAGAUCCCUGAGCCUAUGGUUCAUGAUCCCAGAGUUCUGGAUGAGGACAAAGCUAUCAAACAGUUUGUGCCGCUCUCUGACAUGAAGUGGUACAGAAAACUGAGAGACCAGUAUGAGAUUCCAGAGAGGAUGGAGAGGAUUGUGCAGAAGAGGCAAAGACGUAUUCGCCUGUCCAGGUGGGAACAGUUCUAUGUCAUGCCCCUCCCCAGAAUCACAGACCAGUACAGGCCAAGAUGGCGUAUUCCAAAACUCACUUUGGAUGAUUUGGAGACAGUCAGGCCCGCCCGCCGUUCACCUUCUCCUGAAUCCGAGGUUUCCUUCAGGUCUAGGAGGAGGUCUCUGGGAGACCUUAGUGAUGAGGAGCUGCUGAUGCCUGUGGAUGACUACCUUUCCAUGAGGAGAACAGAGGAGGAGAAAAUGAUGCUGGAGGAUGAACUGGAGCUCGGCUUUUCUGCCUCUCCUACCCGCAGCCCUGUCCGUGUUGAGCGGCAAGCCAUGGAACGUGAAGAGAGGAGGCAGGAGGUCAGGCACGAGGCUGUCGAGGUUGUGGAGACAAAGAAAAAACGAACCAUUUCUCAAUUUAUGAGGCGGAGAAGGUCACUGUCUCCCACAUACAUCGAGCUGAUGCGUCCAGUCUCAGAGCUGAUCAGACGACCACAUGCCAGGUCUCCAGUGGAAGUAGAGGGAGAGAUCGUGGGGAGGAGGUCCCCCACCCCUGAGAGGACCCGUCCCCGGUCUCCCAGCCCCAUCAGGUCCGUUGAGAGGUCCUCCCGCUCCUCCUCCAGAUUUGAGCGUUCUGCCCGCUUCGACAUCAUGUCCCGCUACGAAGCCAGAAAGGCUGCUCUGAAGUCUGAGAGGAAAUAUCAGGUGGUUAGCCAGACACCUUUCAGCCUGGACCAUGCUCCCCGUGUGACCGUCAGGAUGCGCUCUCAUCGCAUACCAAUUGGCCAAGAUACCAAAUUCACCUUGAAUAUCCAAGCCAAGCCAGAGGCCGAGAUAAAGUGGUUCCACAAUGGAAAUGAAAUCUCUGAAAGCAGCAAGAAAUACAUCUUCUCCAACAUGAGUGGUGUUUUGUCAGUCACUAUUCUGGACUGCCAGGAAGAGGACAGUGGAACAUACCGCUGUGUAUUCUCCAACUCCAAGGGAGAAGCUUCUGACUAUGCCACUCUUGAUGUGUCAGGUAGUGGCUACACCACCUUCUCCUCUCGCCGCAGGGAUGAGGAAGCUCCCAAAGCUUAUGUUCCUGAAGUCACUCGAGUUGACCACUACCACACCACCCACUUCAAAGCUGGCUAUGCUUCCGAGACCCACUUGGAGGUGGAAGAGAGCAAGUCUAAGCUAACGGAGACACAUGAAGUUGUCACACGUGAAAGAUAUGCUGCGUCCUCUGAGAGAUACUCUUCUGCAGAGAGGUAUGACUCAUCCAUCAAGUACGCCUCUACAGAAUACCUUUCAUCUGGUUCUUCCUAUUCUUCCGACAAGUUUUCUCUGACUGGGAAACACACCACAUCUGAAGCUAAAUUGAAGUCAUCUUCUACUGCUGUUGCUGAGGACGUUUCUGUCCUUAAGGUGAAGCCUUCUCUUCCUGCCAGUAUCCUCACCAAACCCCAGUCGGUGACAGUUGCAGAGGGAGAGACGGCCAGAUUCUCCUGUGAUAUCGAUGGAGAGCCUGCACCCACUGUAACAUGGAUUCACGAGAGCAGAACCAUCGUAUCCUCUCACCAUGUCAAGGUCACCACUACUCAGUACAAGUCCUGCCUGGAGAUCUCCUCUGUCACUGCCUCCAAUGAGGGAAGUUACACUGUGGUGGUAGAGAACUCAGCAGGCAGACAGGAGGCUCACUUCACCUUGACCAUCCGUAGACCAGUUCCCAAAGAGGAGGUUAAGGCUGUCAAGUCCCCUGAACCAUCUGUCAAGUCACCCACUCCAAGUGUAAAGUCACCAGAGCCUUCAGUGACGUCUCCUGCUCCCUCCAUAACCUCCCCAGUCCCCAGUGUCAAGUCCCCGGAGCCUUCAAUUAAAUCACCAGCUCCAAGUGUUAAGUCCCCUGAACUGGGUCUCAAGUCACCAACGCCAAGUGUGAAGUCUCCUGAACCAGAGGGAAUAAAAUCUCCUAGGAGCAUCAAGUCUCCCGAGCCAUCGGCUGCCUCUCCAGCACCCAGCUUAAAAUCGCCAGCCCCAAGUGUCAAAUCUCCUGAACCUGAGGGAGUUAAGUCACCACGGGGUAUAAAAUCUCCUGAACCCAGACUCAAGUCACCACCACCAAUGAAAUCUCCAGAACCUGCAGGAAUCAAAACACCGAAAGGUGUGAAGUCUCCAGAACCUGCUGGAAUCAAAACACCGAAAGGUGUGAAGUCUCCAGAACCUGCUGGAAUCAAAACACCAAAAGGUGUGAAGUCCCCAGAGCCUUCAGGCAUCAAAUCACCAAGGGCCUUGAAGUCCCCUGAGCCCGUGGGAAUCAAAUCACCUCCUAGGAUGAAGUCUCCCCCUCCCAUCAUGUCCCCCAAAAGGGUUGUGUCUCCACCCACUAUAAAAUCCCCAACCCCGAAACCUCCCAAGGUCCUGAGUCAGCUAACAGCAGAGGCCGUUGAGGGUUCGGUGAGGAUGUCCUGUUCCUGUGAGAGCAGCGUCAGGGAAGUGGUGUGGUACGUCAAUGGGAGAAGGCUUUCACAGAGCAGCCGCUUUGAGAUGCACUACUCUGACGGCUCCUGCAGCCUUGUAAUCCAGGAUUUGGCAGACAGUGAUCAGGGAGAGUACACUUGUGAGAUGACGUCAGAGGGAGGAGUAUCCAAAUCCUCCUUCUCCUUCACUGGACAGGUGUUCCAGUCCAUACGCAUGAAGAUCACGGCCUACAGGGAGCAGCAACUGGCACUUAAAGGAUCAAUGAUGAUGAGUCACAAGGAGGCGUCAUCCAUGAGCUCAUCCAUGAUGAAGAAAGAAAUGCACAUGGUGGAGGAGUCGUCCUCCUUAUCUUCUUCUGCCCAGCAGGCAAUGAUGUCCUCCAUGAUGGAGUCCAGCUCCUUCAGCAGCAUGGCAGCUGAGAUGAAGUUUGAGACCAUGUCCAUGUCCAGCAUGUCCUCCAUGACAUCUGAGACGUACGCCAUGAGCUCCAGCAGUCUCACGGAGAUGUCCUCCCACUUGGAGGGAUCCUCAUUCAGAGCAAUUGGUUCUGCUCCAAGGAUUGAGGCUCUGCCAGAAGACAUCAGCAUCGAGCCGGGCAAAGUCCUUACAGUCACCUGCGCCUUCUCUGGUGACGCCAAACACAUCGAGUGGUCACGUGGCGGUAAAACCAUCGAGGUGACUGCUGGAGGACGCUUCCACAUCGAGACCUCAGAGGACCUGACCACCCUCAUCAUCACCGGGGUGAAGGACGAAGAUGCAGGAAGCUACACCCUUAAACUGUCCAAUGAGCUCGGAUCCGACACAGCGACUGUUCAUAUUAGCAUCCGAUCAGUGUAAAAAAAAAAGAAUCUAAUCUUCCACUUCUCCCCUUUUCCCUACUUCCAGGCCUUUUUAUUUAUUAAUUGAGCGAAAUAAUCUACUUGAUAAAGAUCUGGAUUUCUGUUCUUGUAAAUAUGAACUAUUUUUGUACCAAUCUUGACAUUAAUUUAUGCCAAACUAGACUAAAGUCUAAAGUUGUUAUAAAAUGUGCCAUAUUGGAUAACUAUGACUUAGGAUUUUUGAUCCAUUUUUCUGUGACAUGUACAUAAUGUAUAUAGCCGAAUUUAACGGUUAUGGGAAAUGUAUGCAUUGUUAUUUAUGACAAUAUUAACUGAAACAAAAUGAAACUGAAUGUGGUUUAACAGGAGAAAGUUUCACCAGGAACGAAUACCCUGUCAAACCAAGAAACUAAACUCUGUGCCUCAACGAUAAGUUGAAGUCUUAAGAUUGCCUCAACAGGUAGAGAGGCUCCCUGUUGAUGUUAACUCAGAGACAAAGAUAUGAACGCACUGCCGGAGAGUGAGAGCGGUGCUAACAAGAGCGUGAGAUCCUGAGUGCUGUUUGCAUCUACCCUCAUGUAAGCAGGACGACUGGACCUCACGCUCUGACUGAUUAUGUCAUACCGCCAUUUCGAUGACAUGCUCACAGUGCGAGCGGCCUGCACUCCCUGAGCACAAGUGUUUCUUUUGUUUUGUGCUCUGCUUCUGGCAAACGAACACUCGCUCGGCUCUUCAGUCGUACCAUCAACCUGGCCAAUCACAUAAAAAAAACAAGAGUCCAUCCUGUGCUUGUUUGCAGAAGCAGAGCUGUCUCUUGGAGGUCUGCUGUGUGUUUGUGUGUUAGUUUUUAGAAGUUCACCUGUCAGCCAAGCAGAUGUACCGCAGCCGAAACCAACCUGGCGCAGCGUUCAACGUGGACGGGAAGAUUUGAUUGAAGUUAGAGUUGUAGAGUUGACUAUUUUCGCAGCCUCCUUGAGUUUUUCUCCAAUUAUUGAUUUAAUAAAGCAUGAUUAUCAGCACUA